CGCGACACGGCUCGGGCCCGCCAGUGCCCCAACGGGGCCCUAGUUAUUAUUAUUAUUUUUCCUCCCCUUUGAACUGGAAAAUGGCCCACUUCCCACUGGCGAAAACUCAUGAAAUUUGGCAGGACGACCGGGCCUGGUGAAAAAUUUGAUAUUCCGAAGUCGCCCAAACAAGAAAAUGCAAAAUGGCUCCAUAGCGCCCCCUAAGGUGAAAAUUCACACUAUUCACUGUCACGCCGGUACGCUUUGUCAAAAUGACACAAAAAUUGACACACACAUGUAUCUCAAUAAGAUCUACAAAAAAGUCAGUGCGGGCGUAUCUGUCAAAUGUACGGUUAAAGGGUUAUUUCGCAUUUUUUGCCGAUCCGCACACAUUGGAAUUUCGCUAACUCCUCCGAAGGCUUUCGUUCCACCGGCACCACAUUUGCUCAGGCCAAUCUACACCCCAUGGCCAUUAAAAGUUAUUCAAAUCAUGACGCUGCACCCCAAGGUUUAGGUUCUAGGGGGCGCCAAAGAUAACCCUAAGAUCCACAUAUUUAAAAGUCUUAUAACUUUUUAUUUUUGCCCUCACUGGCCUCCAAGUUUUCUAGGAUGAUGCAAUGUCCAGCCAUCAACACAUUUGUGAAGGAAUUUUUACUCCCCAAAAGAGCACCCCCCCAUGGCAGGAGAAAAAAGUCCAUUUUUUCUUGUCCCCUAAGGUGAAAAUACACAUUGUUGAGUGUAACACCUGUACGCUUUGGCAAAAUGACACAAAAAUUGACACACACAUGUAUCUCAAUAAGAUCUACGAAAAAGUCAAUGCGCGCGUAUCUGUCAAAUGUACGGUUAAAGGGUUAUUCCGCAUUUUUUGCCGAUCCGCACACAUUGGAAUUUCGCUAACUCCUCCGAAGGCUUUCGUUCCACCGGCACCACAUUUGCUCAGGCCAAUCUACACCCCAUGGCCAUGAAAAGUUAUUCAAAUCAUGACGCUGCACCCCACGGUUUAGGUUCUAGGGGGAGCCAAAGAUAACCGUAAAAUCCACAUAUUUAAAAGUCUUAUAACUUUUUAUUUUUGUCCCCACUGGCCUCCAAGUUUUCUAGGAUGAUGCAAUGUCCAGCCAUCAACACAUUUGUGAAGGAAUUUUUACUCGGCAAAAGAGCGCCCCCCCAUGGCAGGAGACAAGAGUCAAUUUUUUCUUGUCCACUAAGGUGAAAAUACACAUUGUUGAGUGCUACGCCUGUAUGUUUUGUCGUAUUGACACAAAAUUUUACAUACACGUGUAUUUACAUAAGAUCUUCGAAAAAGUCAAUGGCCACGUAUCUGUAAAAUGUACGGUUAAAGGGUUAUUUCGCAUUUUUUGCAGAUUCGCACACAUUGGAAUUUCGCUAAUUCCUCCGAAGGCUUUUGUUCCACCGGCACCACAUUUGCUCAGGCCAAUCUACACCCCAUGGCCAUUAAAAGUUAUUCAAAUCAUGACGCUGCACCCCACGGUUUAGGUUCUAGGGGGCGCCAAAUAUAACCCUAAAAUCCACAUAUUUAAAAGUCUUAUAACUUUUUAUUUUUGUCCUCACUGGCCUCCAUGUUUUCUAGGAUGAUGCAAUGUCCAGCCAUCAACACAUUUGUGAAGGAGUUUUUUCUCUUUAAAAGAGCGCCCCCCCCAUGGCAGGAGAAUAAAGUCAAGUUUUUCCUGUUCAUCAUUCAAUGGCUCAAACGCACUGCUCUCUCGGCAAAAGCGAAAGGACGAGCAACUUGCCAUUUGGAUAUAUCUUAGCUGUGUUUGUGCCCUCACUCAUGGUCCAGACUUUUUUCAAAUAGGACAUGGAGUUUUUCUGCAGCGAGCGUUUUGGUAGAAACUGCGCCUCCCGUUCAUUAUAAUGGUAAAUGACCACAAACAAGUGCGCACACCAUCUUUGGACCUUGAGUGUGACGCGAUCGGGUGGGGGAGGCGGUCGCGCUGGGGGCGGCGUGACACGGCUCGGGCCCGCCAGUGCCCCAACGGGGCCCUAGUUAUUUUUCCUCCCCUUUGAACUGGAAAAUGGCCCACUUCCCACUGGCGAAAACUCAUGAAAUUUGGCAGGACGACCGGGCCUGGUGAAAAAUUUGAUAUUCCGAAGUCGCCCAAACAAGAAAAUGCAAAAUGGCUCCAUAGCGCCCCCUAAGGUGAAAAUUCACACUAUUGACUGUCACGCCUGUACGCUUUGUCAAAAUGACACAAAAAUUGACACACACAUGUAUCUCAAUAAGAUCUACAAAAAAGUCAGUGCGGGCGUAUCUGUCAAAUGUACGGUUAAAGGGUUAUUUCGCAUUUUUUGCCGAUCCGCACACAUUGGAAUUUCGCUAACUCCUCCGAAGGCUUUCGUUCCACCGGCACCACAUUUGCUCAGGCCAAUCUACACCCCAUGGCCAUUAAAAGUUAUUCAAAUCAUGACGCUGCACCCCACGGUUUAGGUUCUAGGGGGCGCCAAAGAUAACCCUAAGAUCCACAUAUUUAAAAGUCUUAUAACUUUUUAUUUUUGCCCUCACUGGCCUCCAAGUUUUCUAGGAUGAUGCAAUGUCCAGCCAUCAACACAUUUGUGAAGGAAUUUUUACUCCCCAAAAGAGCGCCCCCCCAUGGCAGGAGAAAAAAGUCCAUUUUUUCUUGUCCCCUAAGGUGAAAAUACACAUUGUUGAGUGUAACACCUGUACGCUUUGGCAAAAUGACACAAAAAUUGACACACACAUGUAUCUCAAUAAGAUCUACGAAAAAGUCAAUGCGCGCGUAUCUGUCAAAUGUACGGUUAAAGGGUUAUUCCGCAUUUUUUGCCGAUCCGCACACAUUGGAAUUUCGCUAACUCCUCCGAAGGCUUUGUUCCACCGGCACCACAUUUGCUCAGGCCAAUCUACACCCCGUGGCCAUUAAAAGUUAUCAAAAUCAUGACGCUGCACCCCAAGGUUUAGGUUCUAGGGGGCGCCAAAGAUAACACUAAAAUCACUUUAUUUUUGUCCUCACUGGCCUCCAAGUUUUCUAGGAUGAUGCAAUGUCCAGCCAUCAACACAUUUGUGAAGGAAUUUUUACUCGCCAAAAGAGCGCCCCCCAUGGCAGGAGAAAAAAGUCAAUUUUUUCUUGUCCACUAAGGUGAAAAUACACAUUGUUGAGUGCUACGCCUGUAUGUUUUGUCGUAUUGACACAAAAUUUUACAUACACGUGUAUUUCAAUAAGAUCUUCGAAAAAGUCAAUGGCCACGUAUCUGUAAAAUGUACGGUUGAAGGGUUAUUUCGCAUUUUUUGCAGAUUCGCACACAUUGGAAUUUCGCUAAUUCCUCCGAAGGCUUUCGUUCCACCGGCACCACAUUUGCUCAGGCCAAUCUACACCCCAUGGCCAUUAAAAGUUAUUCAAAUCAUGACGCUGCACCCCACGGUUUAGGUUCUAGGGGGCGCCAAAGAUAACCCUAAAAUCCACAUAUUUAAAAGUCUUAUAACUUUUUAUUUUUGUCCUCACUGGCCUCCAUGUUUUCUAGGAUGAUGCAAUGUCCAGCCAUCAACACAUUUGUGAAGGAGUUUUUUCUCUUUAAAAGAGCGCCCCCCCAUGGCAGGAGAAUAAAGUCAAGUUUUUCCUGUUCAUCAUUCAAUGGCUCAAACGCACUGCUCUCUCGGCAAAAGCGAAAGGAGGAGCAACUUGCCAUUUGGAUAUAUCUUAGCUGUGUUUGUGCCCUCACUCAUGGUCCAGACUUUUUUCAAAUAGGACAUGGAGUUUUUCUGCAGCGAGCGUUUUGGUAGAAACUGCACCUCCCGUUCAUUAUAAUGGUAAAUGACCACAAAAAAGUGCACACACCAUCUUUGGACCUUGAGUGUGACGCGAUCGGGUGGGGGAGGCGGUCGCGCUGGGGGCGGCGUGACACGGCUCGGGCCCGCCAGUGCCCCAACGGGGCCCUAGUUCUUUCUUUUUUCUUUUUCCUCCCCUUUGAACUGGAAAAUGGCCCACUUCCCACUGGCGAAAACUCAUGAAAUUUGGCAGGACGACCGGGCCUGGUGAAAAAUUUGAUAUUCUGAAGUCGCCAAAACAAUAAAAUGCAAAAUGGCUCCAUAGCGCCCCCUAAGGUGGAAAUUCACACUAUUGACUGUCACGACUGUACGCUUUGUCAUAUUGACACAAAAAUUGACACACAUAUGUAUCUCAAUAAGAUCUACAAAAAAGUCAGUGCGGCCGUAUCUGUCAAAAUUACGGUUAAAGGGUUAUUUCGCAUUUUUUGCCGAUCCGCACACAUUGGAAUUUCGCUAACUCCUCCGAAGGCUUUCGUUCCACCGGCACCACAUUUGCUCAGGCCAAUCUACACCCCGUGGCCAUUAAAAGUUAUCAAAAUCAUGACGCUGCACCCCAAGGUUUAGGUUCUAGGGGGCGCCAAAGAUAACACUAAAAUCCACAUAUUUAAAAGUCUUAUAACUUUUUAUUUUUGUCCUCACUGGCCUCCAAGUUUUCUAGGAUGAUGCAAUGUCCAGCCAUCAACACAUUUGUGAAGGAAUUUUUACUCCCCAAAAGAGCGCCCCCCCAUGGCAGGAGAAAAAAGUCCAUUUUUUCUUGUCCCCUAAGGUGAAAAUACACAUUGUUGAGUGUCACGCCUAUACGCUUUGUCAAAAUGACACAAAAAUUGACACACACAUGUAACUCAAUAAGAUCUACAAAAAAGUCCAUGCGCGCGUAUCUGUCAAAUGUACAGUUAAAGGGUUAUUCCGCAUUAUUUGCCGACACGCACACAUUGGAAUUUCGCUAACUCCUCCGAAGGCUUUCGUUCCACCGGCACCACAUUUGCUCAGGCCAAUCUACACCCCAUGGCCAUUAAAAGUUAUUCAAAUCAUGAUGCUGCACCCCAUGGUUUAGGUUCUAGGGGGCGCCAAAAAUAACCCAAAAAUCCACAUUCUUAAAUGUUUCAUAACUUUUUAUUUUUGUCCUCACUGGCCUCCAAGUUUUCUAGGAUGAUGCAAUGUCCAGCCAUCAACACAUUUGUGAAGGAAUUUUUACUCCCCAAAAGAGCGCCCCCCAUGGUAGGAGAAAAAAGUCAAUUUUUUCUUGUCCCCUUACAUGAAAAUACACAUUGUUGAGUGUCACGCCUGAACGCUUUGUCAUAUUGACACAAAAAUUGACAAUCAUGUGUAUCUCAAUUAGAUCUACGAAAAAGUCAAAGAGCGCGUAUCUGUAUAAUGUACGGUUAAAGGGCUAUUUUGCAUUUUUUGCCGAUUCGCACACAUUGGAAUGUGGCUAUCUCCUCCUAAGGCUUUCGUCCCACCGAUACCAAAUUUGCUCAGGGCAAUCUACACCCCAUGCCCAUUCAAAGUUGUAAAAAUCAUGACGCUGCACCCCACGGUUUACGUUCUAGGGGGCGCCAAAGAUGACCCAAAAAUCCACAUUCUUAAAAGUCAUUUUGGCCACUGCAGGAGUACAGAGUACUGCAGUUCUAGGGGGCGCCAAAGAUGACCCAAAAAUCCACAUUCUUAAAAGUCUUUUUGGCCACUGCAGGAGUACAGAGUACUGCAGGAUACACACACAUAUACACACACGCCAACAUACACACACACACACACACACACACACACAGACACACACACACACUCAGAGUCUGUUUUUUAGCACCUGCAAAAACAUGCUGUUUACAUAUUUGACAAGAAUGCAGAGGCUUCCUUUUGCCCCUGAAAAAAAUCAAAUUUCAAACACAACUUGACUGUUCAUUUCUCCAAAAGACAACCAUGAAGCUCCAUUUCAAACCUGAAGCAGAUAGUUGGUGCAUGUGUACAGUAACCUGAGGGGAGUGAGGUGACUAUUUCUGAGGAGAACAUGAGCAGUGAAGAUUCACCUUGGAGCUAGAACAGGGACGUGCACAUGAUUAUACAGGGGCAGGGGCUCAAGUUUUUUCCAGUCGUUUAUACAAUAUGGAAAUUAAUGUGAAAUUAAACCACAAAUAUGUGUGAUGAACUGUUUUUAAAACUUAAACUUCAAAUAAAAAUUGUAAACUUCAAAACAUAUGCAAAUUUUUAACAAAGAACAUAGUGAUUUACCUCUAUUUACAUCAAAAUGCAGGCAAUGGCCCAGGCGUUCUUUGUAAAAUUAUUUACAAAACACUGUAUAGUCUCACAAAUGUCACUUUUUAUUUAUGCCACUACAAAAAAACAUGAUGUAAAUGAUGCAUGAUGUAAAACAUGAUGUAAAAAACUUGUGUAGAUCCUCCUCUAUGUCAGUCCAUGUGUAAUUUUUCCAUAAUUCUUUGUUUUUUGCAGCAUUUUUGUUAGUGUAACUGCAGAUUGUGCUGACAGUGUCUAUGGCACAAAAAAAAAAAAAAAAUUAAAAUGCCUCAACAUGAACCCCUGGUGGUCUCUGAGGGUGAAACCUGCUAACUGCUGCAGCUCUGUCAGCUUCAGUCUCCCAUGCAGAGCUCUGAGCGCAUGUGUGGCUCUGCACCCUUAGCAGCGUUGCCUGCUUCAUGUCAGAGUCUCUAAACUCCAGAAGAAGUCGAUAAAAGUCACUUUCUUUCUAAAAAAAAGUCGUUAGGGGGUCUGAAAAGUCAUUGAAUCUAACAACAAAGUCGCUAGGUUUGCAACUACGUGUCCCAGACUGCAUCCCUGCUGAGAGUCCCUCCCUCGCUUCUCAUGUUGCAGGAAGAACGUAAGCGCCCGCCCCUUGUCAAUCAGUCACCAUAUAAUUUUGGAUUGGUUGUUGUGGUGAAGUUUUCCACCAAUAGGAGAGAUGUUGUGGUGUGUUUUUUUUUUCUUUUGGCAAGCCUUUUCCGCCUGUGAGACCUGUCGCUAAUGUCUGCAUGCUAUGUUUUCCUGUCUCAUACAGCGCGAUCGAGCGCCGAACGUGAUCAAAAUAAGCAGAAAAAAAGUAUCGCGGACAUAAUUUAUCAUAACUCUGGUUUUAUUUGGCCUAUCAACACAAUCUAAAAACUGGUAUAUAGGUUGAGGUCCUCACUUUUGAGAUAAGUUGAAACGGAGAGUCAACGAGGCUCCGUCUUGCAGCUACAUCCGGUUAAAUAUGUCAUGUGACUUGAACGCACACACAGACACACACACACACACACACUCAGAGUCUGGUUUUUAGCACCUGCAAAAACAUGCUAUUUACAUAUUUGACAAGAAUGCAGAGGCUCCUUUUGCCCCUGAAAAAAAUCAAAUUUCAAACACAACUUGACUGGUCAUUUCUCCAAAAGACAACCAUGAAGCUCCAUCCAAACCUGAAGCAGGCAGUUGGUGCAUGUGUACAGUAACCUGAGGGGAGUGAGGUGAGUGCUUCUGAGGAGAACAUGAGCAGUGAAGAUUCACCUUGGAGCUAGAACAGAGACAUGCACAUGAUUAUACAGGGGCAGGGGCUCAAGUUUUUUCCAGUCGUUUAUACAAUAUGGAAAUUAAUGUGAAAUUAAAACACAAAGUAUUAAUAGAAAGGUAAUGACUGUCCUGUGUAGGUGACAGUGAUAUCCAAUAGGCUAGGCACUCACGAGGCUGGCUGUGGCAAGUGUAAGUGAAAGCAACACGCACUGGCAGGAAGAACAGCAAACGCCGAUGAAGGAAAAGGGUCUUUGCAGUGAUGGGCGUUACCAGAGAGGGCGAUGGCCAGAGGACACAAAUGGGACGGGGAGGCAGCACGUUGGGGGGGGGGGGGGGGGGGGGGGGGGGGGGGGGCGAGACGGCUCGGGCCCGCCAGUGCCCCAACGGGGUCCUAGUUAGGGCCCGAGCCAGCUGCAGAGCAGCCGGGCGUAGGCCCUAUUAUUCCCCAAGUGGUUUUUCUUUGUUUCUUUCUUUCUUUCUUUCUUUCUUUCUUCUUUUUCCUCCCCUUUGAACUGGAAAAUGGCCCACUUCCCACUGGCGAAAACUCAUGAAAUUUGGCAGGACGACCGGGCCUGGUGAAAAAUUCGAUAUUCUGAAGUCGCCCAAACAAUAAAAUGCAAAAUGGCUCCAUAGCGCCCCCUAAGGUGGAAAUUCACACUAUUGACUGUCACGCCUGUACGCUUUGUCAUAUUGACACAAAAAUUGACACACAUAUGUAUCUCAAUAAGAUCUACAAAAAAGUCAGUGCGGGCGUAUCUGUCAAAAUUACGGUUAAAGGGUUAUUUCGCAUUUUUUGCCGAUCCGCACACAUUGGAAUUUCGCUAACUCCUCCGAAGGCUAUCGUUCCACCGGCACCACAUUUGCUCAGGCCAAUCUACACCCCGUGGCCAUUAAAAGUUAUCAAAAUCAUGACGCUGCACCCCAAGGUUUAGGUUCUAGGGGGCGCCAAAGAUAACACUAAAAUCCACAUAUUUAAAAGUCUUAUAACUUUUUAUUUUUGUCCUCACUGGCCUCCAAGUUUUCUAGGAUGAUGCAAUGUCCAGCCAUCAACACAUUUGUGAAGGAAUUUUUACUCCCCAAAAGAGCGCCCCCCCAUGGCAGGAGAAAAAAGUCCAUUUUUUCUUGUCCCCUAAGGUGAAAAUACACAUUGUUGAGUGUCACGCCUAUACGCUUUGUCAAAAUGACACAAAAAUUGACACACACAUGUAACUCAAAAAGAUCUACAAAAAAGUCCAUGCGCGCGUAUCUGUCAAAUGUACGGUUAAAGGGUUAUUCCGCAUUUUUUGCCGAUUCGCACACAUUGGAAUUUCGCUAACUCCUCCGAAGGCUUUCGUUCCACCGGCACCACAUUUGCUCAGGCCAAAUUACACCCCAUGGCCAUUAAAAGUUAUUCAAAUCAUGACGCUGGACCCCAUGGUUUACGUUCUAGGGGGCGCCAAAGAUAACCCAAAAAUCCACAUUUUUAAAAGUCUUAUAACUUUUUAUUUUUGUCCUCACUGGCCUCCAAGUUCUCUAGGAUGAUGCAAUGUCCAGCCAUCAACACAUUUGUGAAGGAAUUUUUACUCCCCAAAAGAGCGCCCCCCCCAUGGUAGGAGAAAAAAGUCAAUUUUUUCUUGUCCCCUUACAUAAAAAUACACAUUGUUGAGUGUCACGCCUGAACGCUUUGUCAUAUUGACACAAAAAUUGACAAUCAUGUGUAUCUCAAUUAGAUCUACGAAAAAGUCAAAGAGCGCGUAUCUGUAUAAUGUACGGUUAAAUGGCUAUUUUGCAUUUUUUGCCGAUUCGCACACAUUGGAAUGUGGCUAUCUCCUCCUAAGGCUUUCGUCCCACCGAUACCAAAUUUGCUCAGGCCAAUCUACACCCCAUGGCCAUUCAAAGUUGUAAAAAUCAUGACGCUGCACCCCACGGUUUACGUUCUAGGGGGCGCCAAAGAUGACCCAAAAAUCCACAUUCUUAAAAGUCAUUUUGGCCACUGCAGGAGUACAGAGUACUGCAGUUCUAGGGGGCGCCAAAGAUGACCCAAAAAUCCACAUUCUUAAAAGUCUUUUUGGCCACUGCAGGAGUACAGAGUACUGCAGGAUACACACACAUAUACACACACGCCAACAUACACACACACACACACACACACACACACACACACACACACACACACACACACAGACACACACACACACUCAGAGUCUGUUUUUUAGCACCUGCAAAAACAUGCUGUUUACAUAUUUGACAAGAAUGCAGAGGCUUCCUUUUGCCCCUGAAAAAAAUCAAAUUUCAAACACAACUUGACUGUUCAUUUCUCCAAAAGACAACCAUGAAGCUCCAUUUCAAACCUGAAGCAGAUAGUUGGUGCAUGUGUACAGUAAACCUGAGGGGAGUGAGGUGACUAUUUCUGAGGAGAACAUGAGCAGUGAAGAUUCACCUUGGAGCUAGAACAGGGACGUAAACAUGAUUAUACAGGGGCAGGGGCUCAAGUUUUUUCCAGUCAUUUAUACAAUAUGGAAAUUAAUGUGAAAUUAAACCACAAAUAUGUGUGAUGAACUGUUUUUAAAACUUAAACUUCAAAUAAAAAUUGUAAACUUCAAAACAUAUGCAAAUUUUUAACAAAGAACAUAGUAAUUUACCUCUAUUUACAUCAAAAUGCAGGCAAUGGCCCAGGCGUUCUUUGUAAAAUUAUUUACAAAACACUGUAUAGUCUCACAAAUGUCACUUUUUAUUUAUGCCACUACAAAAAAACAUGAUGUAAAUGAUGCAUGAUGUAAAACAUGAUGUAAAAAACUUGUGUAGAUCCUCCUCUAUGUCAGUCCAUGUGUAAUUUUUCCAUAAUUCUUUGUUUUUUGCAGCAUUUUUGUUAGUGUAACUGCAGAUUGUGCUGACAGUGUCUAUGGCACAAAAAAAAAAAAAAAUUAAAAUGCCUCAACAUGAACCCCUGGUGGUCUCUGAGGGUGAAACCUGCUAACUGCUGCAGCUCUGUCAGCUUCAGUCUCCCAUGCAGAGCUCUGAGCGCAUGUGUGGCUCUGCACCCUUAGCAGCGUUGCUAACUCCUCAGUAAGGAAAGCCUGCUUCAUGUCAGAGUCUCUAAACUCCAGAAGAAGUCGAUAAAAGUCCCUUUCUUUCUAAAAAAAAGUCGUUAGGGGGUCUGAAAAGUCAUUGAAUCUAACAACAAAGUCGCUAGGUUUGCAACUACGUGUCCCAGACUGCAUCCCUGCUGAGAGUCCCUCCCUCCCUUCUCAUGUUGCAGGAAGAACGUAAGCUCCCGCCCCUUGUCAAUCAGUCACCAUAUAAUUUUGGAUUGGUUGUUGUGGUGAAGUUUUCCACCAAUAGGAGAGAUGUUGUGGUGUGUUUUUUUUUUCUUUUGGCAAGCCUUUUCCGCCUGUAAGACCUGUCGCUAAUGUCUGCAUGCUAUGUUUUCCUGUCUCAUACAGCGCGAUCGAGCGCCGAACGUGAUCAAAAUAAGCAGAAAACAAGUAUCGCGGACAUAAUUUAUCAUAACUCUGGUUUUAUUUGGCCUAUCAACACAAUUUAAAAACUGGUAUAUAGGUUGAGGUCCUCACUUUUGAGAUAAGUUGAAACGGAGAGUCAACGAGGCUCCGUCUUGCAGCUACAUCCGGUUAAAUAUGUCAUGUGACUUGAACGCACACAUAGACACACACACACGCACACACACACACACACUCAGAGUCUGGUUUUUAGCACCUGCAAAAACAUGCUAUUUACAUAUUUGACAAGAAUGCAGAGGCUCCUUUUGCCCCUGAAAAAAAUCAAAUUUCAAACACAACUUGACUGGUCAUUUCUCCAAAAGACAACCAUGAAGCUCCAUCCAAACCUGAAGCAGGCAGUUGGUGCAUGUGUACAGUAACCUGAGGGGAGUGAGGUGAGUGCUUCUGAGGAGAAUAUGAGCAGUGAAGAUUCACCUUGGGGCUAGAACAGAGACAUGCACAUGAUUAUACAGGGGCAGGGGCUCAAGUUUUUUCCAGUCGUUUCUACAAUAUGGAAAUUAAUGUGAAAUUAAAACACAAAGUAUUAAUAGAAAGGUAAUGACUGUCCUGUGUAGGUGACAGUGAUAUCCAAUAGGCUAGGCACUCACGAGGCUGGCUGUGGCAAGUGUAAGUGAAAGCAACACGCACUGGCAGGAAGAACAGCAAACGCAGAUGAAGGAAAAGGGUCUUUGCAGUGAUGGGCGUUAACAGAGAGGGCGAUGGCCAGAGGACACAAAUGGGACGGGGAGGCAGCACGUUGGGGGGGGGGGGGGGACGCGACACGGCUCGGGCCCACCAGUGCCCCAACGGGGUCCUAGUUAGGGCCCGAGCGUAGCUGCUAAGCAGCUGCGAGAGCCCUCUUGUUCCUGUAGUUUCCUUCUUUUGUUAUUAUUAUUAUUAUUUUUCCUCCCCUUUGAACUGGAAAAUGGCCCACUUCCCACUGGCGAAAACUCAUGAAAUUUGGCAGGACGACCGGGCCUGGUGAAAAAUUUGAUAUUCCGAAGUCGCCCAAACAAGAAAAUGCAAAAUGGCUCCAUAGCGCCCCCUAAGGUGAAAAUUCACACUAUUCACUGUCACGCCGGUACGCUUUGUCAAAAUGACACAAAAAUUGACACACACAUGUAUCUCAAUAAGAUCUACAAAAAAGUCAGUGCGGGCGUAUCUGUCAAAUGUACGGUUAAAGGGUUAUUUCGCAUUUUUUGCCGAUCCGCACACAUUGGAAUUUCGCUAACUCCUCCGAAGGCUUUCGUUCCACCGGCACCACAUUUGCUCAGGCCAAUCUACACCCCAUGGCCAUUAAAAGUUAUUCAAAUCAUGACGCUGCACCCCAAGGUUUAGGUUCUAGGGGGCGCCAAAGAUAACCCUAAGAUCCACAUAUUUAAAAGUCUUAUAACUUUUUAUUUUUGCCCUCACUGGCCUCCAAGUUUUCUAGGAUGAUGCAAUGUCCAGCCAUCAACACAUUUGUGAAGGAAUUUUUACUCCCCAAAAGAGCACCCCCCCAUGGCAGGAGAAAAAAGUCCAUUUUUUCUUGUCCCCUAAGGUGAAAAUACACAUUGUUGAGUGUAACACCUGUACGCUUUGGCAAAAUGACACAAAAAUUGACACACACAUGUAUCUCAAUAAGAUCUACGAAAAAGUCAAUGCGCGCGUAUCUGUCAAAUGUACGGUUAAAGGGUUAUUCCGCAUUUUUUGCCGAUCCGCACACAUUGGAAUUUCGCUAACUCCUCCGAAGGCUUUCGUUCCACCGGCACCACAUUUGCUCAGGCCAAUCUACACCCCAUGGCCAUGAAAAGUUAUUCAAAUCAUGACGCUGCACCCCACGGUUUAGGUUCUAGGGGGAGCCAAAGAUAACCGUAAAAUCCACAUAUUUAAAAGUCUUAUAACUUUUUAUUUUUGUCCCCACUGGCCUCCAAGUUUUCUAGGAUGAUGCAAUGUCCAGCCAUCAACACAUUUGUGAAGGAAUUUUUACUCGGCAAAAGAGCGCCCCCCAUGGCAGGAGACAAGAGUCAAUUUUUUCUUGUCCACUAAGGUGAAAAUACACAUUGUUGAGUGCUACGCCUGUAUGUUUUGUCGUAUUGACACAAAAUUUUACAUACACGUGUAUUUACAUAAGAUCUUCGAAAAAGUCAAUGGCCACGUAUCUGUAAAAUGUACGGUUAAAGGGUUAUUUCGCAUUUUUUGCAGAUUCGCACACAUUGGAAUUUCGCUAAUUCCUCCGAAGGCUUUUGUUCCACCGGCACCACAUUUGCUCAGGCCAAUCUACACCCCAUGGCCAUUAAAAGUUAUUCAAAUCAUGACGCUGCACCCCACGGUUUAGGUUCUAGGGGGCGCCAAAUAUAACCCUAAAAUCCACAUAUUUAAAAGUCUUAUAACUUUUUAUUUUUGUCCUCACUGGCCUCCAUGUUUUCUAGGAUGAUGCAAUGUCCAGCCAUCAACACAUUUGUGAAGGAGUUUUUUCUCUUUAAAAGAGCGCCCCCCAUGGCAGGAGAAUAAAGUCAAGUUUUUCCUGUUCAUCAUUCAAUGGCUCAAACGCACUGCUCUCUCGGCAAAAGCGAAAGGACGAGCAACUUGCCAUUUGGAUAUAUCUUAGCUGUGUUUGUGCCCUCACUCAUGGUCCAGACUUUUUUCAAAUAGGACAUGGAGUUUUUCUGCAGCGAGCGUUUUGGUAGAAACUGCGCCUCCCGUUCAUUAUAAUGGUAAAUGACCACAAACAAGUGCGCACACCAUCUUUGGACCUUGAGUGUGACGCGAUCGGGUGGGGGAGGCGGUCGCGCUGGGGGCGGCGUGACACGGCUCGGGCCCGCCAGUGCCCCAACGGGGCCCUAGUUUCUUCUUUUUCCUCCCCUUUGAACUGGAAAAUGGCCCACUUCCCACUGGCGAAAACUCAGGAAAUUUGGCAGGACAACCGGGCCUGGUGAAAAAUUCGAUAUUCUGAAGUCGCCCAAACAAUAAAAUGCAAAAUGGCUCCAUAGCGCCCCCUAAGGUGGAAAUUCACACUAUUGACUGUCACGCCUGUACGCUUUGUCAUAUUGACACAAAAAUUGACACACAUAUGUAUCUCAAUAAGAUCUACAAAAAAGUCAGUGCGGCCGUAUCUGUCAAAAUUACGGUUAAAGGGUUAUUUUGCAUUUUUUGCCGAUCCGCACACAUUGGAAUUUCGCUAACUCCUCCGAAGGCUUUCGUUCCACCGGCACCACAUUUGCUCAGGCCAAUCUACACCCCGUGGCCAUUAAAAGUUAUCAAAAUCAUGACGCUGCACCCCAAGGUUUAGGUUCUAGGGGGCGCCAAAGAUAACACUAAAAUCCACAUAUUUAAAAGUCUUAUAACUUUUUAUUUUUGUCCUCACUGGCCUCCAAGUUUUCUAGGAUGAUGCAAUGUCCAGCCAUCAACACAUUUGUGAAGGAAUUUUUACUCCCCAAAAGAGCACCCCCCCAUGGCAGGAGAAAAAAGUCCAUUUUUUCUUGUCCCCUAAGGUGAAAAUACACAUUGUUGAGUGUCACGCCUAUACGCUUUGUCAAAAUGACACAAAAAUUGACACACACAUGUAACUCAAUAAGAUCUACAAAAAAGUCAAUGCGCGCGUAUCUGUCAAAUGUACGGUUAAAGGGUUAUUCCGCAUUUUUUGCCGAUACGCACACAUUGGAAUUUCGCUAACUCCUCCGAAGGCUUUCGUUCCACCGGCACCACAUUUGCUCAGGCCAAUCUACACCCCAUGGCCAUUAAAAGUUAUUCAAAUCAUGAUGCUGCACCCCAUGGUUUAGGUUCUAGGGGGCGCCAAAAAUAACCCAAAAAUCCACAUUCUUAAAUGUUUUAUAACUUUUUAUUUUUGUCCUCACUGGCCUCCAAGUUUUCUAGGAUGAUGCAAUGUCCAGCCAUCAACACAUUUGUGAAGGAAUUUUUACUCCCCAAAAGAGCGCCCCCCCCAUGGCAGGAGAAAAAAGUCCAUUUUUUCUUGUCCCAUAAGGUGAAAAAACACAUUGUUGACCGUCAUACCUGUACGCUUUGUCAUAUUGACACAAAAUUUGACAAUCACAUGUAUCUCAAUAAGAUCUACGAAAAAGUCAAUGCGCGCGUAUCUGUAAAAUGUACGGUUAAAGGGCUAUUUUGCAUUUUUUGCCGAUUCGCACACAUUGGAAUGUGGCUAACUCCUCCUAAGGCUUUCGUCCCACUGACACCAAAUUUGCUCAGGCCAAUCUACACCCCAUGGCCAUUCAAAGUUGUAAAAAUCAUGACGCUGCACCCCACGGUUUACGUUCUAGGGGGCGCCAAAGAUGACCCAAAUAUCCACAUUCUUAAUUGAAUCCACAUCCCCCCCCCCAUCCCCCAUCCCCCAUGGCAGGAGAAACAGUCAAGUUUUUCCUGCCCAUCACUCAAUGGCUCAAUCGCAUCACUCUCCCGGCAACACCGUAACGAGGAGCAACUUGCCGUUUGGAUAUAUCCUAGCUGUGUUUGUGCCCUCACUCAUGGUCCAGACUUUUUUCAAAUAGGACAUGUAGUUUGUCUGCAGCGAGUGUUUUGGUAGAAACUGCGCCUCCCAUUCAUUAUAAUGGGAAAUGACCACAGACAAGUGCGCACACCAUCUUUGGACCUUGAGUGUGACGCGAUCGGGAGGGGGAGGCGGUCGCGCUGGGGGCGGCGCAACGCGACUCGGGCCCGACAGUGCCCCACCGGGGUCCUAGUUAGGGCCCGAGCCAGCUGCAGAGCAGCCGGGCGUAGGCCCUAUUAUUCCCCAAGUGGUUUUUCUUUGUUUCUUUCUUUCUUUCUUUCUUUAGGGCCCGAGCGUAGCUGCUAAGCAGCUGCGAGAGCCCUCUUGUUCCUGCAUGUUUCCUUCUUUUGUUAUUAUUAUUAUUUUUCCUCCCCUUUGAACUGGAAAACGGCCCACUUCCCACUGGCGAAAACUCAUGAAAUUUGGCAGGACGACCGGGCCUGGUGAAAAAUUUGAUAUUCCGAAGUCGCCCAAACAAGAAAAUGCAAAAUGGCUCCAUAGCGCCCCCUAAGGUGAAAAUUCACACUAUUGACUGUCACGCGUGUACGCUUUGUCAAAAUGACACCAAAAUUGACACACACAUGUAUCUCCAUAAGAUCUACAAAAAAGUCAGUGCGGGCGUAUCUGUCAAAUGUACGGUUAAAGGGUUAUUUCGCAUUUUUUGCCGAUCCGCACACAUUGGAAUUUCGCUAACUCCUCCGAAGGCUUUUGUUCCACCAGCACCACAUUUGCUCAGGCCAAUCUACACCCCAUGGCCAUUAAAAGUUAUUCAAAUCAUGACGCUGCACCCCACGGUUUAGGUUCUAGGGGGCGCCAAAGAUAACCCUAAGAUCCACAUAUUUAAAAGUCUUAUAACUUUUUAUUUUUGCCCUCACUGGCCUCCAAGUUUUCUAGGAUGAUGCAAUGUCCAGCCAUCAACACAUUUGUGAAGGAAUUUUUACUCCCCAAAAGAGCGCCCCCCCAUGGCAGGAGAAAAAAGUCCAUUUUUUCUUGUCCCCUAAGGUGAAAAUACACAUUGUUGAGUGUAACACCUGUACGCUUUGGCAAAAUGACACAAAAAUUGACACACACAUGUAUCUCAAUAAGAUCUACGAAAAAGUCAAUGCGCGCGUAUCUGUCAAAUGUACGGUUAAAGGGUUAUUCCGCAUUUUUUGCCGAUCCGCACACAUUGGAAUUUCGCUAACUCCUCCGAAGGCUUUCGUUCCACCGGCACCACAUUUGCUCAGGCCAAUCUACACCCCAUGGCCAUUAAAAGUUAUUCAAAUCAUGACGCUGCACCCCACGGUUUAGGUUCUAGGGGGCGCCAAAGAUAACCCUAAAAUCCACAUAUUUAAAAGUCUUAUAACUUUUUAUUUUUGUCCUCACUGGCCUCCAAGUUUUCUAGGAUGAUGCAAUGUCCAGCCAUCAACACAUUUGUGAAGGAAUUUUUACUCCCCAAAAGAGCGCCCCCCCAUGGCAGGAGAAAAAAGUCAAUUUUUUCUUGUCCCCUAAGGUGGAAAUUCACACUAUUGACUGUCACGCCUGUACGCUUUAUCAUAUUGACACAAAAAUUGACACACAUAUGUAUCUCAAUAAGAUCUACAAAAAAGUCAAUGCGCGCGUAUCUGUCAAAUGUACGGUUAAAGGGCUAUUUUGCAUUUUUUGCCGAUUCGCACACAUUGGAAUGUGGCUAACUCCUCCUAAGGCUUUCGUCCCACUGACACCAAAUUUGCUCAGGCCAAUCUACACCCCAUGGCCAUUCAAAGUUGUAAAAAUCAUGACGCUGCACCCCACGGUUUACGUUCUAGGGGGCGCCAAAGAUGACCCAAAAAUCCACAUUCUUAAAGGAAUCCACAUUCCCCCCCCCCCCCCCACAAGGCAGGAGAAAAAGUCAAGUUAACCCUGCCCAUCGCUCAAUGGCUCAAUCGCAUCGCUCUCCAGGCAACACUGUAAGGAGGAGCAACCUGCCAUUUCGAUAUAUCAUAGCUGUGUUUGUGCCCUCACUCAUGGUCCAGACUUUUUUCAAAUAGGACAUGAAGUUUGUCUGCAGCGAGUGUUUUGGUAGAAACUGCGCCUCCCAUUCAUUAUAAUGGGAAAUGACCACAGACAAGUGCGCACACCAUCUUUGGACCUUGAGUGUGACGCGAUCGGGAGGGGGAGGCGGUCGCGCUGGGGGCGGCGCGACGCGGCUCGGGCCCGACAGUGCCCCACCGGGGCCCUAGUUAUUAUUUUUCCUCCGCUUUAAACUGGAAAAUGGUCCACUUCCCACUGGCGAAAACUCAUGAAAUUUGGCAGGACGACCGGGCCUGGUGAAAAAUUCGAUAUUCUGAAGUCGCCCAAACAAGAAAAUGCAAAAUGGCUCCAUAGCGCCCCCUAAGGUGAAAAUUCACACUAUUGACUGUCACGCCUGUACGCUUUGUCAUAUUGACACAAAAAUUGACACACACAUGUAUCUCAAUAAGAUCUACAAAAAAGUCAGUGCGGGCGUAUCUGUCAAAUGUACGGUUAAAGGGUUAUUUUGCAUUUUUUGCAGAUCCGCACACAUUGGAAUUUCGCUAACUCCUCCGAAGGCUUUCGUUCCACCGGCACCACAUUUGCUCAGGCCAAUCUACACUCCAUGGCCAUUCAAAGUUGUACAAAUCAUAAUGCUGCACCCCAUGGUUUAGGUUCUAGGGGGCGCCAAAAAUAACCCAAAAAUCCACAUUCUUAAAAGUUUUAUAAAUUUUUUUUUUUGUCCUCACUGGCCUCCAAGUUUUCUAGGAUGAUGCAAUGUCCAGCCAUCAACACAUUUGUGAAGGAAUUUUUACUCCCCAAAAGAGCGCCCCCCCAUGGCAGGAAUAAAAAGUCCAUUUUUUUCUUGUCCCCUAAGGUGAAAAUACACAUUGUUGAGUGUCACGCCUGUACGCUUUGUCGUAUUGACAAAAAAUUUGACACACACGUGUAUCUCAAUAAGAUCUACGAAAAAGUCAAUGGGCGCGUAUCUGUAAAAUGUACGGCUAAAGGGCUAUUUUGCAUUUUUUGCCGAUUCGCACACAUUGGAAUGUGGCUAACUCCUCCUAAGGCUUUCGUCCCACUGACACCAAAUUUGCUCAGGCCAAUCUACACCCCAUGGCCAUUCAAAGUUGUAAAAAUCAUGCCGCUGCACCCCAUGGUUUACGUUCUAGGGGGCGCCAAAGAUGACCCAAAUAUCCACAUUCUUAAAAGUCGUUUUGGCCACUGCAGGAGUACAGAGUACUGCAGGAUACACACACACAGACACACACACACACACACACACACACACACACACACACACUCAGAGUCUGUUUUUUAGCACCUGCAAAAACAUGCUAUUUACAUAUUUGACAACAAUGCAGAGGCUUCCUUUUGCCCCUGAAAAAAAUCAAAUUUCUAACACAACUUGACUGCUCAUUUCUCCAAAAGACAACCAUGAAGCUCCAUCCAAACCUGAAGCAGGCAGUUGGUGCAUGUGUACAGUAACCUGAGGGGAGUGAGGUGACUGCUUCUGAGGAGAACAUGAGCAGUGAAGAUUCACCUUGGAGCGAGAACAGGGACGUGCACAUGAUUAUACGGGGGCAGGGGCUCAAGUUUUUUCCAGUCGUUUAUACAAUAUGGAAAUUAAUGUGAAAUUAAAAAACAAAGUAUUAAUAGAAAGGUAAUGACUGUCCUGUGUAGGUGACAGUGAUAUCCAAUAGGCUAGGCACUCACAAGGCUGGCUGUGGCAAGUGUAAGUGAAAGCAACACGCACUGGCAGGAAGAACAGCAAACGCCGAUGAAGGAAAAGGGUCUUUGCAGUGAUGGGCGUUACCAGAGAGGACGAUGGCCAGAGGACGCGAAUGGGACGGGGAGGCAGCGCGUUGGGGGGGGGGGGGGGCGACACAGCUCGGGCCCGCCAGUGCCCCAACGGGGCCCUAGUUCUUUCUUUCUUUCUUCUUUUUCCUCCCCUUUGAACUGGAAAAUGGCCCACUUCCCACUGGCGAAAACUCAUGAAAUUUGGCAGGACGACCGGGCCUGGUGAAAAAUUCGAUAUUCUGAAGUCGCCCAAACAAUAAAAUGCAAAAUGGCUCCAUAGCGCCCCCUAAGGUGAAAAUUCACACUAUUCACUGUCACGCCUGUACGCUUUGUCAAAAUGACACAAAAAUUGACACACACAUGUAUCUCAAUAAGAUCUACAAAAAAGUCAGUGCGGGCGUAUCUGUCAAAUGUACGGUUAAAGGGUUAUUUCGCAUUUUUUGCCGAUCCGCACACAUUGGAAUUUCGCUAACUCCUCCGAAGGCUUUCGUUCCACCGGCACCACAUUUGCUCAGGCCAAUCUACACCCCAUGGCCAUUAAAAGUUAUUCAAAUCAUGACGCUGCACCCCACGGUUUAGGUUCUAGGGGGCGCCAAAGAUAACCCUAAGAUCCACAUAUUUAAAAGUCUUAUAACUUUUUAUUUUUGCCCUCACUGGCCUCCAAGUUUUCUAGGAUGAUGCAAUGUCCAGCCAUCAACACAUUUGUGAAGGAAUUUUUACUCCCCAAAAGAGCGCCCCCCAUGGCAGGAGAAAAAAGUCCAUUUUUUCUUGUCCUCUAAGGUGAAAAUACACAUUGUUGAGUGUAACACCUGUACGCUUUGGCAAAAUGACACAAAAAUUGACACACACAUGUAUCUCAAUAAGAUCUACGAAAAAGUCAAUGCGCGCGUAUCUGUUACAUGUACGGUUAAAGGGUUAUUCCGCAUUUUUUGCCGAUCCGCACACAUUGGAAUUUCGCUAACUCCUCCGAAGGCUUUCGUUCCACCGGCACCACAUUUGCUCAGGCCAAUCUACACCCCAUGGCCAUUAAAAGUUAUUCAAAUCAUGACGCUGCACCCCACGGUUUAGGUUCUAGGGGGCGCCAAAGAUAACCGUAAAAUCCACAUAUUUAAAAGUCUUAUAACUUUUUAUUUUUGUCCCCACUGGCCUCCAAGUUUUCUAGGAUGAUGCAAUGUCCAGCCAUCAACACAUUUGUGAAGGAAUUUUUACUCCCCAAAAGAGCGCCCCCCCAUGGCAGGAGAAAAAAGUCAAUUUUUUCUUGUCCACUAAGGUGAAAAUACACAUUGUUGAGUGCUACGCCUGUAUGUUUUGUCGUAUUGACACAAAAUUUUACAUACACGUGUAUUUUAAUAAGAUCUUCGAAAAAGUCAAUGGCCACGUAUCUGUAAAAUGUACGGUUAAAGGGUUAUUUUGCAUUUUUUGCAGAUUCGCACACAUUGGAAUUUCGCUAACUCCUCCGAAGGCUUUUGUUCCACCGGCACCACAUUUGCUCAGGCCAAUCUACACCCCAUGGCCAUUAAAAGUUAUUCAAAUCAUGACGCUGCACCCCACGGUUUAGGUUCUAGGGGGCGCCAAAGAUAACCCUAAAAUCCACAUAUUUAAAAGUCUUAUAACUUUUUAUUUUUGUCCUCACUGGCCUCCAUGUUUUCUAGGAUGAUGCAAUGUCCAGCCAUCAACACAUUUGUGAAGGAGUUUUUUCUCGUUAAAAGAGCGCCCCCCAUGGCAGGAGAAUAAAGUCAAGUUUUUCCUGUUCAUCAUUCAAUGGCUCAAACGCACUGCUCUCUCGGCAAAAGCGAAAGGAGGAGCAACUUGCCAUUUGGAUAUAUCUUAGCUGUGUUUGUGCCCUCACUCAUGGUCCAGACUUUUUUCAAAUAGGACAUGGAGUUUUUCUGCAGCGAGCGCUUUGGUAGAAACUGCGCCUCCCGUUCAUUAUAAUGGUAAAUGACCACAAACAAGUGCGCACACCAUCUUUGGACCUUGAGUGUGACGCGAUCGGGUGGGGGAGGCGGUCGCGCUGGGGGCGGCGUGACACGGCUCGGGCCCGCCAGUGCCCCAACGGGGCCCUAGUUAGGGCCCGAGCGUAGCUGCUAAGCAGCUGCGAGAGCCCUCUUGUUCCUGCAUGUUUCCUUCUUUCGUUAUUAUUUUUCCUCCGCUUUAAACUGGAAAAUGGCCCACUUCCCACUGGCGAAAACUCAGGAAAUUUGGCAGGACGACCGGGCCUGGUGAAAAAUUCGAUAUUCUGAAGUCGCCCAAACAAUAAAAUGCAAAAUGGCUCCAUAGCGCCCCCUAAGGUGAAAAUUCACAUGACCGCUGUACGCUUUGUCAUAUUGACACAAAAAUUGACACACACAUGUAUCUCAAUAAGAUCUACAAAAAAGUCAGUGCGGGCGUAUCUGUCAAAUGUACGGUUAAUGGGUUAUUUUGCAUUUUUUGCAGAUCUGCACACAUUGGAAUUUCGCUAACUCCUCCGAAGGCUUUCAUUCGACCGGCACCACAUUUGCGCAGGUCAAUCUACCCCCCAUGGCCAUUAAAAGUUGUACAAAUCAUGAUGCUGCACCCCACGGUUUACGUUCUAGGGGGCGCCAAAGAUAACCCAAAAUCCACAUUCUUAAAAGUCUUAUAACUUUUUAUUUUUGUCCUCACUGCCCUCCAAGUUUUCUAGGAUGAUGCAAUGUCCAGCCAUCAACACAUUUGUGAAGGAAUUUUUACUCCCCAAAAGAGCGCCCCCCCAUGGCAGGAGAAAAAAGUCAAUUUUUUCAUGUCCCCUUACAUGAAAAUACACAUUGUUGAGUGUCACGCCUGAACGCUUUGUCAUAUUGACACAAAAAUUGACAAUCAUGUGUAUCUCAAUUAGAUCUACGAAAAAGUCAAAAAGCGCGUAUCUGUAUAAUGUACGGUUAAAGGGCUAUUUCGCAUUUUUUGCUGAUUCGCACACAUUGGAAUGUGGCUAUCUCCUCCUAAGGCUUUCGUCCCACCGAUACCAAAUUUGCUCAGGGCAAUCUACACCCCAUGCCCAUUCAAAGUUGUAAAAAUCAUGACGCUGCACCCCACGGUUUACGUUCUAGGGGGCGCCAAAGAUGACCCAAAAAUCCACAUUCUUAAAAGUCAUUUUGGCCACUGCAGGAGUACAGAGUACUGCAGUUCUAGGGGGCGCCAAAGAUGACCCAAAAAUCCACAUUCUUAAAAGUCUUUUUGGCCACUGCAGGAGUACAGAGUACUGCAGGAUACACACACAUACACACACACACACACACACACACACACACACACACACACACACACACACACACACACACUCAGAGUCUGUUUUUUAGCACCUGCAAAAACAUGCUGUUUACAUAUUUGACAAGAAUGCAGAGGCUUCCUUUUGCCCCUGAAAAAAAUCAGAUUUCAAACACAACUUGACUGUUCAUUUCUCCAAAAGACAACCAUGAAGCUCCAUCCAAACCUGAAGCAGAUAGUUGGUGCAUGUGUACAGUAACCUGAGGGGAGUGAGGUGACUAUUUCUGAGGAGAACAUGAGCAGUGAAGAUUCACCUUGGAGCUAGAACAGGGACGUGCACAUGAUUAUACAGGGGCAGGGGCUCAAGUUUUUUCCAGUCAUUUAUACAAUAUGGAAAUUAAUGUGAAAUUAAACCACAAAUAUGUGUGAUGAACUGUUUUUAAAACUUAAACUUCAAAUAAAAAUUGUAAACUUCAAAACAAAUGCAAAUUUUUAACAAAGAACAUAGUAAUUUACCUCUAUUUACAUCAAAAUGCAGGCAAUGGCCCAGGCGUUCUUUGUAAAAUUAUUUACAAAACACUGUAUAGUCUCACAAAUGUCACUUUUUAUUUAUGCCACUACAAAAAAACAUGAUGUAAAUGAUGCAUGAUGUAAAACAUGAUGUAAAAAACUUGUGUAGAUCCUCCUCUAUGUCAGUCCAUGUGUAAUUUUUCCAUAAUUCUUUGUUUUUUGCAGCAUUUUUGUUAGUGUAACUGCAGAUUGUGCUGACAGUCUAUGGCAAAAAAAACAAAAACUGAAAAUGCCUCAACAUGAACCCCUGGUGGUCUCUGAGGGUGAAACCUGCUAACUGCUGCAGCUCUGUCAGCUUCAGUCUCCCAUGCAGAGCUCGGAGCGCAUGUGUGGCUCUGCACCCUUAGCAGCGUUGCUAACUCCUCAGUAAGGAAAGCCUGCUUCAUGUCAGAGUCUCUAAACUCCAGAAGAAGUCGAUAAAAGUCCCUUUCUUUCUAAAAGUCGUUAGGGGGUCUGAAAAGUAAUUGAAUCUAACAACAAAGUCGCUAGGUUUGCAACUACGUGUCCCAGACUGCAUCCCUGCUGAGAGUCCCUCCCUCCCUUCUCAUGUUGCAGGAAGAACGUAAGCGCCCGCCCCUUGUCAAUCAGUCACCAUAUAAUUUUGGAUUGGUUGUUGUGGUGAAGUUUUCCACCAAUAGGAGAGAUGUUGUGGUGUGUUUUUUUUUUCUUUUGGCCAGCCUUUUCCGCCUGUAAGACCUGUCGCUAAUGUGUGCAUGCUAUGUUUUCCUGUCUCAUACAGCGCGAUCGAGCGCCGAACGUGAUCAAAAUAAGCAGAAAAAAAGUAUCGCGGACAUAAUUUAUCAUAACUCUGGUUUUAUUUGGCCUAUCAACACAAUUUAAAAACUGGUAUAUAGGUUGAGGUCCUCACUUUUGAGAUAAGUUGAAACGGAGAGUUAACGAGGCUCCGUCUUGCAGCUACAUCCGGUUAAAUAUGUAAUGUGACUUGAACGCUGGGGAGCGUCAAUCGAAUCGAAUCAAACCUAACUCUCAGAUGAAUCUUCAAAAUUCACCUCAGAAAUAUGCUUAUUAUUCUUCUCAGAGUACUGCAGGAUACACACACAGACACACACAUACACACGCACACACACACACACACUCAGAGUCUGUUUUUUAGCACCUGCAAACACAUGCUAUUUACAUAUUUGACAAGAAUGCAGAGGCUUCCUUUUGCCCCUGAAAAAAAUCAAAUUUCAAACACAACUUGACUGUUCAUUUCUCCAAAAGACAACCAUGAAGCUCCAUCCAAACCUGAAGCAGGCAGUUGGUGCAUGUGUACAGUAACCUGAGGGGAGUGAGGUGACUGCUUCUGAGGAGAACAUGAGCAGUGAAGAUUCACCUUGGAGCUAGAACAGGGACGUGCACAUGAUAAUACAGGGGCAGGGGCUCAAGUUUUUUCCAGUCGUUUAUACAAUACGGAAAUUAAUGUGAAAUUAAAAAACAAAGUAUGACUGUCCUGUGUAGGUGACAGUGAUAUCCAAUAGGCUAGGCACUCACGAGGCUGGCUGUGGCAAGUGUAAGUGAAAGCAACACGCACUGGCAGGAAGAACAGCAAACGCCGAUGAAGGAAAAGGGUCUUUGCAGUGAUGGGCGUUACCAGAGAGGGCGAUGAUGGCCAGAGGACACGAAUGGGACGGGGAGGCAGCGCGUUGGGGGGGGGGGGGUGCGACACGGCUCGGGCCCGCCAGUGCCCCAACGGGGCCCUAGUUCUUUCUUUCUUUCUUCUUUUUCCUCCCCUUUGAACUGGAAAAUGGCCCACUUCCCACUGGCGAAAACUCAUGAAAUUUGGCAGGACGACCGGGCCUGGUGAAAAAUUCGAUAUUCUGAAGUCGCCCAAACAAUAAAAUGCAAAAUGGCUCCAUAGCGCCCCCUAAGGUGGAAAUUCACACUAUUGACUGUCACGCCUGUACGCUUUGUCAUAUUGACACAAAAAUUGACACACAUAUGUAUCUCAAUAAGAUCUACAAAAAAGUCAGUGCGGCCGUAUCUGUCAAAAUUACGGUUAAAGGGUUAUUUCGCAUUUUUUGCCGAUCCGCACACAUUGGAAUUUCGCUAACUCCUCCGAAGGCUUUCGUUCCACCGGCACCACAUUUGCUCAGGCCAAUCUACACCCCGUGGCCAUUAAAAGUUAUUCAAAUCAUGACGCUGCACCCCAAGGUUUAGGUUCUAGGGGGCGCCAAAGAUAACACUAAAAUCCACAUAUUUAAAAGUUCUAUAACUUUUUAUUUUUGUCCUCACUGGCCUCCAAGUUUUCUAGGAUGAUGCAAUGUCCAGCCAUCAACACAUUUGUGAAGGAAUUUUUACUCCCCAAAAGAGCGCCCCCCCAUGGCAGGAGAAAAAAGUCCAUUUUUUCUUGUCCCCUAAGGUGAAAAUACACAUUGUUGAGUGUCACGCCUAUACGCUUUGUCAAAAUGACACAAAAAUUGACACACACAUGUAACUCAAUAAGAUCUACAAAAAAGUCAAUGCGCGCGUAUCUGUCAAAUGUACAGUUAAAGGGUUAUUCCGCAUUUUUUGCCGAUACGCACACAUUGGAAUUUCGCUAACUCCUCCGAAGGCUUUCGUUCCACCGGCACCACAUUUGCUCAGGCCAAUCUACACCCCAUGGCCAUUAAAAGUUAUUCAAAUCAUGAUGCUGCACCCCAUGGUUUAGGUUCUAGGGGGCGCCAAAAAUAACCCAAAAAUCCACAUUCUUAAAUGUUUUAUAACUUUUUAUUUUUGUCCUCACUGGCCUCCAAGUUUUCUAGGAUGAUGCAAUGUCCAGCCAUCAACACAUUUGUGAAGGAAUUUUUACUCCCCAAAAGAGCGCCCCCCCAUGGUAGGAGAAAAAAGUCAAUUUUUUCUUGUCCCCUUACAUAAAAAUACACAUUGUUGAGUGUCACGCCUGAACGCUUUGUCAUAUUGACACAAAAAUUGACAAUCAUGUGUAUCUCAAUUAGAUCUACGAAAAAGUCAAAGAGCGCGUAUCUGUAUAAUGUACGGUUAAAGGGCUAUUUUGCAUUUUUUGCCGAUUCACACACAUUGGAAUGUGGCUAUCUCCUCCUAAGGCUUUCGUCCCACCGAUACCAAAUUUGCUCAGGGCAAUCUACACCCCAUGCCCAUUCAAAGUUGUAAAAAUCAUGACGCUGCACCCCACGGUUUACGUUCUAGGGGGCGCCAAAGAUGACCCAAAAAUCCACAUUCUUAAAAGUCAUUUUGGCCACUGCAGGAGUACAGAGUACUGCAGUUCUAGGGGGCGCCAAAGAUGACCCAAAAAUCCACAUUCUUAAAAGUCUUUUUGGCCACUGCAGGAGUACAGAGUACUGCAGGAUACACACACAUAUACACACACGCCAACAUACACACACACACACACACACACACACACACACACACACACACACACACACACACACUCAGAGUCUGUUUUUUAGCACCUGCAAAAACAUGCUGUUUACAUAUUUGACAAGAAUGCAGAGGCUUCCUUUUGCCCCUGAAAAAAAUCAAAUUUCAAACACAACUUGACUGUUCAUUUCUCCAAAAGACAACCAUGAAGCUCCAUUUCAAACCUGAAGCAGAUAGUUGGUGCAUGUGUACAGUAACCUGAGGGGAGUGAGGUGACUAUUUCUGAGGAGAACAUGAGCAGUGAAGAUUCACCUUGGAGCUAGAACAGGGACGUGCACAUGAUUAUACAGGGGCAGGGGCUCAAGUUUUUUCCAGUCAUUUAUACAAUAUGGAAAUUAAUGUGAAAUUAAACCACAAAUAUGUGUGAUGAACUGUUUUUAAAACUUAAACUUCAAAUAAAAAUUGUAAACUUCAAAACAUAUGCAAAUUUUUAACAAAGAACAUAGUAAUUUACCUCUAUUUACAUCAAAAUGCAGGCAAUGGCCCAGGUGUUCUUUGUAAAAUUAUUUACAAAACACUGUAUAGUCUCACAAAUGUCACUUUUUAUUUAUGCCACUACAAAAAAACAUGAUGUAAAUGAUGCAUGAUGUAAAACAUGAUGUAAAAAACUUGUGUAGAUCCUCCUCUAUGUCAGUCCAUGUGUAAUUUUUCCAUAAUUCUUUGUUUUUUGCAGCAUUUUUGUUAGUGUAACUGCAGAUUUUGCUGACAGUGUCUAUGGCACAAAAAAAAAAAAAAAUUAAAAUGCCUCAACAUGAACCCCUGGUGGUCUCUGAGGGUGAAACCUGCUAACUGCUGCAGCUCUGUCAGCUUCAGUCUCCCAUGCAGAGCUCUGAGCGCAUGUGUGGCUCUGCACCCUUAGCAGCGUUGCUAACUCCUCAGUAAGGAAAGCCUGCUUCAUGUCAGAGUCUCUAAACUCCAGAAGAAGUCGAUAAAAGUCCCUUUCUUUCUAAAAAAAAGUCGUUAGGGUGUCUGAAAAGUCAUUGAAUCUAACAACAAAGUCGCUAGGUUUGCAACUACGUGUCCCAGACUGCAUCCCUGCUGAGAGUCCCUCCCUCCCUUCUCAUGUUGCAGGAAGAACGUAAGCGCCCGCCCCUUGUCAAUCAGUCACCAUAUAAUUUUGGAUUGGUUGUUGUGGUGAAGUUUUCCACCAAUAGGAGAGAUGUUGUGGUGUGUUUUUUUUUUCUUUUGGCAAGCCUUUUCCGCCUGUAAGACCUGUCGCUAAUGUCUGCAUGCUAUGUUUUCCUGUCUCAUACAGCGCGAUCGAGCGCCGAACGUGAUCAAAAUAAGCAGAAAAAAAGUAUCGCGGACAUAAUUUAUCAUAACUCUGGUUUUAUUUGGCCUAUCAACACAAUUUAAAAACUGGUAUAUAGGUUGAGGUCCUCACUUUUGAGAUAAGUUGAAACGGAGAGUCAACGAGGCUCCGUCUUGCAGCUACAUCAGGUUAAAUAUGUCAUGUGACUUGAACGCACACAUAGACACACACACACACACACACACGCACACACACACACACACACACACACACACACACACUCAGAGUCUGGUUUUUAGCACCUGCAAAAACAUGCUAUUUACAUAUUUGACAAGAAUGCAGAGGCUCCUUUUGCCCCUGAAAAAAAUCAAAUUUCAAACACAACUUGACUGGUCAUUUCUCCAAAAGACAACCAUGAAGCUCCAUCCAAACCUGAAGCAGGCAGUUGGUGCAUGUGUACAGUAACCUGAGGGGAGUGAGGUGAGUGCUUCUGAGGAGAACAUGAGCAGUGAAGAUUCACCUUGGAGCUAGAACAGAGACAUGCACAUGAUUAUACAGGGGCAGGGGCUCAAGUUUUUUCCAGUCGUUUAUACAAUAUGGAAAUUAAUGUGAAAUUAAAACACAAAGUAUUAAUAGAAAGGUAAUGACUGUCCUGUGUAGGUGACAGUGAUAUCCAAUAGGCUAGGCACUCACGAGGCUGGCUGUGGCAAGUGUAAGUGAAAGCAACACGCACUGGCAGGAAGAACAGCAAACGCCGAUGAAGGAAAAGGGUCUUUGCAGUGAUGGGCGUUACCAGAGAGGGCGAUGGCCAGAGGACACAAAUGGGACGGGGAGGCAGCACGUUGGGGGGGGGGGGAUGCGACACGGCUCGGGCCCGCCAGUGCCCCAACGGGGUCCUAGUUAGGGCCCGAGCGUAGCUGCUAAGCAGCUGCAAGAGCCCUAUUAUUCCCCAAGGGGUUUUUAGGGCCCGAGCCAGCUGCAGAGCAGCCGGGCGUAGGCCCUAUUAUUCCCCAAGUGGUUUUUAGGGCCCGAGCGUAGCUGCUAAGCAGCUGCGAGAGCCCUCUUGUUCCUGUAGUUUCCUUCUUUUGUUAUUAUUAUUUUUCCUCCCCUUUGAACUGGAAAAUGGCCCACUUCCCACUGGCGAAAACUCAUGAAAUUUGGCAGGACGACCGGGCCUGGUGAAAAAUUUGAUAUUCCGAAGUCGCCCAAACAAGAAAAUGCAAAAUGGCUCCAUAGCGCCCCCUAAGGUGAAAAAUUCACCUGACGCCUGUACGCUUUGUCAAAAUGACACAAAAAUUGACACACACAUGUAUCUCAAUAAGAUCUACAAAAAAGUCAGUGCGGGCGUAUCUGUCAAAUGUACGGUUAAAGGGUUAUUGCGCAUUUUUUGCCGAUCCGCACACAUUGGAAUUUCGCUAACUCCUCCGAAGGCUUUCGUUCCACCGGCACCACAUUUGCUCAGGCCAAUCUACACCCCAUGGCCAUUAAAAGUUAUUCAAAUCAUGACGCUGCACCCCACGGUUUAGGUUCUAGGGGGCGCCAAAGAUAACACUAAAAUCCACAUAUUUCAAAGUCUUAUAACUUUUUAUUUUUGUCCUCACUGGCCUCCAAGUUUUCUAGGAUGAUGCAAUGUCCAGCCAUCAACACAUUUGUGAAGGAAUUUUUACUCCCCAAAAGAGCGCCCCCCCAUGGCAGGAGAAAAAAGUCCAUUUUUUCUUGUCCCCUAAGGUGAAAAUACACAUUGUUGAGUGUCACGCCUGUACGCUUUGUCAAAAUGACACAAAAAUUGACACACACAUGUAUCUCAAUAAGAUCUACAAAAAAGUCAAUGGGCGCGUAUCUGUCAAAUGUACGGUUAAAGGGUUAUUCCGCAUUUUUUGCCGAUUCGCACACAUUGGAAUUUCGCUAACUCCUCCGAAGGCUUUCGUUCCACCGGCACCACAUUUGCUCAGGCCAAUCUACACCCCAUGGCCAUUAAAAGUUAUUCAAAUCAUGAUGCUGCACCCCAUGGUUUAGGUUCUAGGGGGCGCCAAAAAUAACCCAAAAAUCCACAUUCUUAAAUGUUUUAUAACUUUUUAUUUUUGUCCUCACUGGCCUCCAAGUUUUCUAGGAUGAUGCAAUGUCCAGCCAUCAACACAUUUGUGAAGGAAUUUUUACUCCCCAAAAGAGCGCCCCCCCAUGGUAGGAGAAAAAAGUCAAUUUUUUCUUGUCCCCUUACAUAAAAAUACACAUUGUUGAGUGUCACGCCUGAACGCUUUGUCAUAUUGACACAAAAAUUGACAAUCAUGUGUAUCUCAAUUAGAUCUACGAAAAAGUCAAAGAGCGCGUAUCUGUAUAAUGUACGGUUAAAGGGCUAUUUUGCAUUUUUUGCCGAUUCGCACACAUUGGAAUGUGGCUAUCUCCUCCUAAGGCUUUCGUCCCACCGAUACCAAAUUUGCUCAGGGCAAUCUACACCCCAUGCCCAUUCAAAGUUGUAAAAAUCAUGACGCUGCACCCCACGGUUUACGUUCUAGGGGGCGCCAAAUAUGACCCAAAAAUCCACAUUCUUAAAAGUCAUUUUGGCCACUGCAGGAGUACAGAGUACUGCAGUUCUAGGGGGCGCCAAAGAUGACCCAAAAAUCCACAUUCUUAAAAGUCUUUUUUCGGCCACUGCAGGAGUACAGAGUACUGCAGGAUACACACACAUAUACACACACGCCAACAUACACACACACACACACACACACACACACACACACAGACACACACACACACUCAGAGUCUGUUUUUUAGCACCUGCAAAAACAUGCUGUUUACAUAUUUGACAAGAAUGCAGAGGCUUCCUUUUGCCCCUGAAAAAAAUCAAAUUUCAAACACAACUUGACUGUUCAUUUCUCCAAAAGACAACCAUGAAGCUCCAUUUCAAACCUGAAGCAGAUAGUUGGUGCAUGUGUACAGUAACCUGAGGGGAGUGAGGUGACUAUUUCUGAGGAGAACAUGAGCAGUGAAGAUUCACCUUGGAGCUAGAACAGGGACGUGCACAUGAUUAUACAGGGGCAGGGGCUCAAGUUUUUUCCAGUCAUUUAUACAAUAUGGAAAUUAAUGUGAAAUUAAACCACAAAUAUGUGUGAUGAACUGUUUUUAAAACUUAAACUUCAAAUAAAAAUUGUAAACUUCAAAACAUAUGCAAAUUUUAAACAAAGAACAUAGUAAUUUACCUCUAUUUACAUCAAAAUGCAGGCAAUGGCCCAGGCGUUCUUUGUAAAAUUAUUUACAAAACACUGUAUAGUCUCACAAAUGUCACUUUUUAUUUAUGCCACUACAAAAAAACAUGAUGUAAAUGAUGCAUGAUGUAAAACAUGAUGUAAAAAACUUGUGUAGAUCCUCCUCUAUGUCAGUCCAUGUGUAAUUUUUCCAUAAUUCUUUGUUUUUUGCAGCAUUUUUGUUAGUGUAACUGCAGAUUGUGCUGACAGUGUCUAUGGCACAAAAAAAAAAAAAAUUAAAAUGCCUCAACAUGAACCCCUGGUGGUCUCUGAGGGUGAAACCUGCUAACUGCUGCAGCUCUGUCAGCUUCAGUCUCCCAUGCAGAGCUCUGAGCGCAUGUGUGGCUCUGCACCCUUAGCAGGGUUGCUAACUCCUCAGUAAGGAAAGCCUGCUUCAUGUCAGAGUCUCUAAACUCCAGAAGAAGUCGAUAAAAGUCCCUUUCUUUCUAAAAAAAAGUCGUUAGGGGGUCUGAAAAGUCAUUGAAUCUAACAACAAAGUCGCUAGGUUUGCAACUACGUGUCCCAGACUGCAUCCCUGCUGAGAGUCCCUCCCUCCCUUCUCAUGUUGCAGGAAGAACGUAAGCGCCCGGCCCUUGUCAAUCAGUCACCAUAUAAUUUUGGAUUGGUUGUUGUGGUGAAGUUUUCCAACAAUAGGAGAGAUGUUGUGGUGUGUUUUUUUUUUCUUUUGGCAAGCCUUUUCCGCCUGUAAGAGCUGUCGCUAAUGUCUGCAUGCUAUGUUUUCCUGUCUCAUACAGCGCGAUCGAGCGCCGAACGUGAUCAAAAUAAGCAGAAAAAAAGUAUCGCGGACAUAAUUUAUCAUAACUCUGGUUUUAUUUGGCCUAUCAACACAAUUUAAAAACUGGUAUAUAGGUUGAGGUCCUCACUUUUGAGAUAAGUUGAAACGGAGAGUCAACGAGGCUCCGUCUUGCAGCUACAUCCGGUUAAAUAUGUCAUGUGACUUGAACGCACACACAGACACACACACGCACACACACACACACACACACUCAGAGUCUGGUUUUUAGCACCUGCAAAAACAUGCUAUUUACAUAUUUGACAAGAAUGCAGAGGCUCCUUUUGCCCCUGAAAAAAAUCAAAUUUCAAACACAACUUGACUGGUCAUUUCUCCAAAAGACAACCAUGAAGCUCCAUCCAAACCUGAAGCAGGCAGUUGGUGCAUGUGUACAGUAACCUGAGGGGAGUGAGGUGAGUGCUUCUGAGGAGAACAUGAGCAGUGAAGAUUCACCUUGGAGCUAGAACAGAGACAUGCACAUGAUUAUACAGGGGCAGGGGCUCAAGUUUUUUCCAGUCGUUUAUACAAUAUGGAAAUUAAUGUGAAAUUAAAACACAAAGUAUUAAUAGAAAGGUAAUGACUGUCCUGUGUAGGUGACAGUGAUAUCCAAUAGGCUAGGCACUCACGAGGCUGGCUGUGGCAAGUGUAAGUGAAAGCAACACGCACUGGCAGGAAGAACAGCAAACGCCGAUGAAGGAAAAGGGUCUUUGCAGUGAUGGGCGUUAACAGAGAGGGCGAUGGCCAGAGGACACAAAUGGGACGGGGAGGCAGCACGUUGGGGGGGGGACGCGACACGGCUCGGGCCCGCCAGUGCCCCAACGGGGUCCUAGUUCUUUGUUUCUUUCUUUCUUUCUUUCUUUCUUUAGGGCCCGAGCGUAGCUGCUAAGCAGCUGCGAGAGCCCUCUUGUUCCUGUAGUUUCCUUCUUUUGUUAUUAGGGCCCGAGCGUAGCUGCUAAGCAGCUGCGAGAGCCCUCUUGUUCCUGAUGGAUUCUUCUUUCGUUAUUUUUCCUCCGCUUUAAACUGGAAAAUGGCCCACUUCCCACUGGCGAAAACUCAGGAAAUUUGGCAGGACGACCGGGCCUGGUGAAAAAUUUGAUAUUCUGAAGUCGCCCAAACAAAAAAAUGAAAAAUGGCUCCAUAGCGCCCCCUAUGGUGAAAACUCACCUGACGCCUGUACGCUUUGUCAAAAUGACACAAAAUUUGACACACAUGUGUAUCUCAAUAAGAUCUACAAAAAAGUCAGUGCGGGCGUAUCUGUCAAAUGUACGGUUAAAGGGCUAUUUCGCAUUUUUUGCCGAUCCGCACACAUUGGAAUUUCGCUAACUCCUCCGAAGGCUUUCGUUCCACCGGCACCAAAUUUGCUCAGGCCAAUCUACACCCCAUGGCCAUUAAAAGUUGUACAAAUCAUGAUGCUGCACCCCACGGUUUACGUUCUAGGGGGCGCCAAAAAUAACCCAAAAAUCCACAUUCUUAAAAGUCUUAUAACUUUUUAUUUUUGUCCUCACUGGCCUCCAAGUUUUCUAGGAUGAUGCAAUGUCCAGCCAUCAACACAUUUGUGAAGGAAUUUUUACUCGCCAAAAGAGCGCCCCCCCAUGGCAGGAGAAAAAGUCCAUUUUUUCUAGUCCCCUAAGGCGAAAAUACACAUUGUUGAAUGUCACGCCUGUACGCUUCGUCAUAUUGACACAAAAUUUGACAAUCACGUGUAUCUCAAUAAGAUCUACGAAAGAGUCAAUGCGCGCGUAUCAGUAAAAUGUACGGUUAAAGGGCUAUUUCGCAUUUUUUGCCGUUUCGCACACAUUGGAAUGUGGCUAACUCCUCCUAAGGCUUUCGUCCCACUGACACCAAAUUUGCUCAGGCCAAUCUACACUCCAUGGCCAUUCAAAGUUGUAAAAAUCAUGACGCUGCACCCCACGGUCUAUGUUCUAGGGGGCGCCAAAGAGGACCCAAAUAUCCACAUUUUUAAAAGUCUUAUAACUUUUUAUUUUUGUCCUCACUGGCCUCCAAGUUUUCUAGGAUGAUGCAAUGUCCAGCCAUCAACACAUUUGUGAAGGAAUGUUUACUCCCCAAAAGAGCGCCCCCCCAUGGCAGGAGAAAAAAGUCCAUUUUUUCUUGUCCCCUAAGGUGAAAAUACACAUUGUUGAGUGUCAUGCCUGUACGCUUUGUCAAAAUGACACAAAAUUCAACACACACGUGUAUCUCAAUAAGAUCUACGAAAAAGUAAAUGCAGGCGUAUCUGUCAAAUGUACGGUUAAAGGGCUAUUUUGCAUUUUUUGCCGAUUCGCACACAUUGGAAUGUAGCUAACUCCUCCGAAGGCUUUCGCUCCACCGGCACCAAAUUUGCUCAGGCCAAUCUACACCCCAUGGCCAUUCAAAGUUGUAAAAAUCAUGACGCUGCACCCCACGGUUUAAGUUCUAGGGGGCGCCAAAGAUGACCCAAAUAUCCAUAUUCUUAAAAGUGUUAUAACAUUUUAUUUUUGUCCUCACUGGCCUCCAUGUUUUCUAGGAUGAUGCAAUGUCCAGCCAUCAACACAUUUGUGAAGGAGUUUUUUCUCGUUAAAAGAGCGCCCCCCAUGGCAGGAGAAUAAAGUCAAGUUUUUCCUGUUCAUCGUUCAAUGGCUCAAACGCAUCGCUCUCUCGGCAAAAGCGAAAGGAGGAGCAACUUGCCAUUUGGAUAUAUCUUAGCUGUGUUUGUGCCCUCACUCAUGGUCCAGACUUUUUUCAAAUAGGACAUGGAGUUUUUCUGCAGCGAGCGUUUUGGUAGAAACUGCGCCUCCCAUUCAUUAUAAUGGUAAAUGACCACAGACAAGUGCGCACACCAUCUUUGGACCUUGAGUGUGACGCGAUUGGGUGGGGGAGGCGGUCGCGCUGGGGGCGGCGCGACACGGCUCGGGCCCGCCAGUGCCCCACCGGGGCCCUAGUUAUUAUUAUUAUUUUUCCUCCCCUUUGAACUGGAAAAUGGCCCACUUCCCACUGGCGAAAACUCAUGAAAUUUGGCAGGACGACCGGGCCUGGUGAAAAAUUUGAUAUUCCGAAGUCGCCCAAACAAGAAAAUGCAAAAUGGCUCCAUAGCGCCCCCUAAGGUGAAAAUUCACACUAUUCACUGUCACGCCGGUACGCUUUGUCAAAAUGACACAAAAAUUGACACACACAUGUAUCUCAAUAAGAUCUACAAAAAAGUCAGUGCGGGCGUAUCUGUCAAAUGUACGGUUAAAGGGUUAUUUCGCAUUUUUUGCCGAUCCGCACACAUUGGAAUUUCGCUAACUCCUCCGAAGGCUUUCGUUCCACCGGCACCACAUUUGCUCAGGCCAAUCUACACCCCAUGGCCAUUAAAAGUUAUUCAAAUCAUGACGCUGCACCCCAAGGUUUAGGUUCUAGGGGGCGCCAAAGAUAACCCUAAGAUCCACAUAUUUAAAAGUCUUAUAACUUUUUAUUUUUGCCCUCACUGGCCUCCAAGUUUUCUAGGAUGAUGCAAUGUCCAGCCAUCAACACAUUUGUGAAGGAAUUUUUACUCCCCAAAAGAGCACCCCCCCAUGGCAGGAGAAAAAAGUCCAUUUUUUCUUGUCCCCUAAGGUGAAAAUACACAUUGUUGAGUGUAACACCUGUACGCUUUGGCAAAAUGACACAAAAAUUGACACACACAUGUAUCUCAAUAAGAUCUACGAAAAAGUCAAUGCGCGCGUAUCUGUCAAAUGUACGGUUAAAGGGUUAUUCCGCAUUUUUUGCCGAUCCGCACACAUUGGAAUUUCGCUAACUCCUCCGAAGGCUUUCGUUCCACCGGCACCACAUUUGCUCAGGCCAAUCUACACCCCAUGGCCAUGAAAAGUUAUUCAAAUCAUGACGCUGCACCCCACGGUUUAGGUUCUAGGGGGAGCCAAAGAUAACCGUAAAAUCCACAUAUUUAAAAGUCUUAUAACUUUUUAUUUUUGUCCCCACUGGCCUCCAAGUUUUCUAGGAUGAUGCAAUGUCCAGCCAUCAACACAUUUGUGAAGGAAUUUUUACUCGGCAAAAGAGCCCCCCCAUGGCAGGAGACAAGAGUCAAUUUUUUCUUGUCCACUAAGGUGAAAAUACACAUUGUUGAGUGCUACGCCUGUAUGUUUUGUCGUAUUGACACAAAAUUUUACAUACACGUGUAUUUACAUAAGAUCUUCGAAAAAGUCAAUGGCCACGUAUCUGUAAAAUGUACGGUUAAAGGGUUAUUUCGCAUUUUUUGCAGAUUCGCACACAUUGGAAUUUCGCUAAUUCCUCCGAAGGCUUUUGUUCCACCGGCACCACAUUUGCUCAGGCCAAUCUACACCCCAUGGCCAUUAAAAGUUAUUCAAAUCAUGACGCUGCACCCCACGGUUUAGGUUCUAGGGGGCGCCAAAUAUAACCCUAAAAUCCACAUAUUUAAAAGUCUUAUAACUUUUUAUUUUUGUCCUCACUGGCCUCCAUGUUUUCUAGGAUGAUGCAAUGUCCAGCCAUCAACACAUUUGUGAAGGAGUUUUUUCUCUUUAAAAGAGCGCCCCCCCAUGGCAGGAGAAUAAAGUCAAGUUUUUCCUGUUCAUCAUUCAAUGGCUCAAACGCACUGCUCUCUCGGCAAAAGCGAAAGGACGAGCAACUUGCCAUUUGGAUAUAUCUUAGCUGUGUUUGUGCCCUCACUCAUGGUCCAGACUUUUUUCAAAUAGGACAUGGAGUUUUUCUGCAGCGAGCGUUUUGGUAGAAACUGCGCCUCCCGUUCAUUAUAAUGGUAAAUGACCACAAACAAGUGCGCACACCAUCUUUGGACCUUGAGUGUGACGCGAUCGGGUGGGGGAGGCGGUCGCGCUGGGGGCGGCGUGACACGGCUCGGGCCCGCCAGUGCCCCAACGGGGCCCUAGUUAUUUUUCCUCCCCUUUGAACUGGAAAAUGGCCCACUUCCCACUGGCGAAAACUCAUGAAAUUUGGCAGGACGACCGGGCCUGGUGAAAAAUUUGAUAUUCCGAAGUCGCCCAAACAAGAAAAUGCAAAAUGGCUCCAUAGCGCCCCCUAAGGUGAAAAUUCACACUAUUGACUGUCACGCCUGUACGCUUUGUCAAAAUGACACAAAAAUUGACACACACAUGUAUCUCAAUAAGAUCUACAAAAAAGUCAGUGCGGGCGUAUCUGUCAAAUGUACGGUUAAAGGGUUAUUUCGCAUUUUUUGCCGAUCCGCACACAUUGGAAUUUCGCUAACUCCUCCGAAGGCUUUCGUUCCACCGGCACCACAUUUGCUCAGGCCAAUCUACACCCCAUGGCCAUUAAAAGUUAUUCAAAUCAUGACGCUGCACCCCACGGUUUAGGUUCUAGGGGGCGCCAAAGAUAACCCUAAGAUCCACAUAUUUAAAAGUCUUAUAACUUUUUAUUUUUGCCCUCACUGGCCUCCAAGUUUUCUAGGAUGAUGCAAUGUCCAGCCAUCAACACAUUUGUGAAGGAAUUUUUACUCCCCAAAAGAGCGCCCCCCCAUGGCAGGAGAAAAAAGUCCAUUUUUUCUUGUCCCCUAAGGUGAAAAUACACAUUGUUGAGUGUAACACCUGUACGCUUUGGCAAAAUGACACAAAAAUUGACACACACAUGUAUCUCAAUAAGAUCUACGAAAAAGUCAAUGCGCGCGUAUCUGUCAAAUGUACGGUUAAAGGGUUAUUCCGCAUUUUUUGCCGAUCCGCACACAUUGGAAUUUCGCUAACUCCUCCGAAGGCUUUCGUUCCACCGGCACCACAUUUGCUCAGGCCAAUCUACACCCCGUGGCCAUUAAAAGUUAUCAAAAUCAUGACGCUGCACCCCAAGGUUUAGGUUCUAGGGGGCGCCAAUGAUAACACUAAAAUCACUUUAUUUUUGUCCUCACUGGCCUCCAAGUUUUCUAGGAUGAUGCAAUGUCCAGCCAUCAACACAUUUGUGAAGGAAUUUUUACUCGCCAAAAGAGCGCCCCCCCAUGGCAGGAGAAAAAAGUCAAUUUUUUCUUGUCCACUAAGGUGAAAAUACACAUUGUUGAGUGCUACGCCUGUAUGUUUUGUCGUAUUGACACAAAAUUUUACAUACACGUGUAUUUCAAUAAGAUCUUCGAAAAAGUCAAUGGCCACGUAUCUGUAAAAUGUACGGUUGAAGGGUUAUUUCGCAUUUUUUGCAGAUUCGCACACAUUGGAAUUUCGCUAAUUCCUCCGAAGGCUUUCGUUCCACCGGCACCACAUUUGCUCAGGCCAAUCUACACCCCAUGGCCAUUAAAAGUUAUUCAAAUCAUGACGCUGCACCCCACGGUUUAGGUUCUAGGGGGCGCCAAAGAUAACCCUAAAAUCCACAUAUUUAAAAGUCUUAUAACUUUUUAUUUUUGUCCUCACUGGCCUCCAUGUUUUCUAGGAUGAUGCAAUGUCCAGCCAUCAACACAUUUGUGAAGGAGUUUUUUCUCUUUAAAAGAGCGCCCCCCAUGGCAGGAGAAUAAAGUCAAGUUUUUCCUGUUCAUCAUUCAAUGGCUCAAACGCACUGCUCUCUCGGCAAAAGCGAAAGGAGGAGCAACUUGCCAUUUGGAUAUAUCUUAGCUGUGUUUGUGCCCUCACUCAUGGUCCAGACUUUUUUCAAAUAGGACAUGGAGUUUUUCUGCAGCGAGCGUUUUGGUAGAAACUGCACCUCCCGUUCAUUAUAAUGGUAAAUGACCACAAAAAAGUGCACACACCAUCUUUGGACCUUGAGUGUGACGCGAUCGGGUGGGGGAGGCGGUCGCGCUGGGGGCGGCGUGACACGGCUCGGGCCCGCCAGUGCCCCAACGGGGCCCUAGUUCUUUCUUUUUUCUUUUUCCUCCCCUUUGAACUGGAAAAUGGCCCACUUCCCACUGGCGAAAACUCAUGAAAUUUGGCAGGACGACCGGGCCUGGUGAAAAAUUUGAUAUUCUGAAGUCGCCAAAACAAUAAAAUGCAAAAUGGCUCCAUAGCGCCCCCUAAGGUGGAAAUUCACACUAUUGACUGUCACGACUGUACGCUUUGUCAUAUUGACACAAAAAUUGACACACAUAUGUAUCUCAAUAAGAUCUACAAAAAAGUCAGUGCGGCCGUAUCUGUCAAAAUUACGGUUAAAGGGUUAUUUCGCAUUUUUUGCCGAUCCGCACACAUUGGAAUUUCGCUAACUCCUCCGAAGGCUUUCGUUCCACCGGCACCACAUUUGCUCAGGCCAAUCUACACCCCGUGGCCAUUAAAAGUUAUCAAAAUCAUGACGCUGCACCCCAAGGUUUAGGUUCUAGGGGGCGCCAAAGAUAACACUAAAAUCCACAUAUUUAAAAGUCUUAUAACUUUUUAUUUUUGUCCUCACUGGCCUCCAAGUUUUCUAGGAUGAUGCAAUGUCCAGCCAUCAACACAUUUGUGAAGGAAUUUUUACUCCCCAAAAGAGCGCCCCCCAUGGCAGGAGAAAAAAGUCAAUUUUUUCUUGUCCCCUAAGGUGAAAAUACACAUUGUUGAGUGUCACGCCUAUACGCUUUGUCAAAAUGACACAAAAAUUGACACACACAUGUAACUCAAUAAGAUCUACAAAAAAGUCCAUGCGCGCGUAUCUGUCAAAUGUACAGUUAAAGGGUUAUUCCGCAUUAUUUGCCGACACGCACACAUUGGAAUUUCGCUAACUCCUCCGAAGGCUUUCGUUCCACCGGCACCACAUUUGCUCAGGCCAAUCUACACCCCAUGGCCAUUAAAAGUUAUUCAAAUCAUGAUGCUGCACCCCAUGGUUUAGGUUCUAGGGGGCGCCAAAAAUAACCCAAAAAUCCACAUUCUUAAAUGUUUCAUAACUUUUUAUUUUUGUCCUCACUGGCCUCCAAGUUUUCUAGGAUGAUGCAAUGUCCAGCCAUCAACACAUUUGUGAAGGAAUUUUUACUCCCCAAAAGAGCGCCCCCCCAUGGUAGGAGAAAAAAGUCAAUUUUUUCUUGUCCCCUUACAUGAAAAUACACAUUGUUGAGUGUCACGCCUGAACGCUUUGUCAUAUUGACACAAAAAUUGACAAUCAUGUGUAUCUCAAUUAGAUCUACGAAAAAGUCAAAGAGCGCGUAUCUGUAUAAUGUACGGUUAAAGGGCUAUUUUGCAUUUUUUGCCGAUUCGCACACAUUGGAAUGUGGCUAUCUCCUCCUAAGGCUUUCGUCCCACCGAUACCAAAUUUGCUCAGGGCAAUCUACACCCCAUGCCCAUUCAAAGUUGUAAAAAUCAUGACGCUGCACCCCACGGUUUACGUUCUAGGGGGCGCCAAAGAUGACCCAAAAAUCCACAUUCUUAAAAGUCAUUUUGGCCACUGCAGGAGUACAGAGUACUGCAGUUCUAGGGGGCGCCAAAGAUGACCCAAAAAUCCACAUUCUUAAAAGUCUUUUUGGCCACUGCAGGAGUACAGAGUACUGCAGGAUACACACACAUAUACACACACGCCAACAUACACACACACACACACACACACACACACACAGACACACACACACACUCAGAGUCUGUUUUUUAGCACCUGCAAAAACAUGCUGUUUACAUAUUUGACAAGAAUGCAGAGGCUUCCUUUUGCCCCUGAAAAAAAUCAAAUUUCAAACACAACUUGACUGUUCAUUUCUCCAAAAGACAACCAUGAAGCUCCAUUUCAAACCUGAAGCAGAUAGUUGGUGCAUGUGUACAGUAACCUGAGGGGAGUGAGGUGACUAUUUCUGAGGAGAACAUGAGCAGUGAAGAUUCACCUUGGAGCUAGAACAGGGACGUGCACAUGAUUAUACAGGGGCAGGGGCUCAAGUUUUUUCCAGUCGUUUAUACAAUAUGGAAAUUAAUGUGAAAUUAAACCACAAAUAUGUGUGAUGAACUGUUUUUAAAACUUAAACUUCAAAUAAAAAUUGUAAACUUCAAAACAUAUGCAAAUUUUUAACAAAGAACAUAGUGAUUUACCUCUAUUUACAUCAAAAUGCAGGCAAUGGCCCAGGCGUUCUUUGUAAAAUUAUUUACAAAACACUGUAUAGUCUCACAAAUGUCACUUUUUAUUUAUGCCACUACAAAAAAACAUGAUGUAAAUGAUGCAUGAUGUAAAACAUGAUGUAAAAAACUUGUGUAGAUCCUCCUCUAUGUCAGUCCAUGUGUAAUUUUUCCAUAAUUCUUUGUUUUUUGCAGCAUUUUUGUUAGUGUAACUGCAGAUUGUGCUGACAGUGUCUAUGGCACAAAAAAAAAAAAAAAUUAAAAUGCCUCAACAUGAACCCCUGGUGGUCUCUGAGGGUGAAACCUGCUAACUGCUGCAGCUCUGUCAGCUUCAGUCUCCCAUGCAGAGCUCUGAGCGCAUGUGUGGCUCUGCACCCUUAGCAGCGUUGCCUGCUUCAUGUCAGAGUCUCUAAACUCCAGAAGAAGUCGAUAAAAGUCACUUUCUUUCUAAAAAAAAGUCGUUAGGGGGUCUGAAAAGUCAUUGAAUCUAACAACAAAGUCGCUAGGUUUGCAACUACGUGUCCCAGACUGCAUCCCUGCUGAGAGUCCCUCCCUCGCUUCUCAUGUUGCAGGAAGAACGUAAGCGCCCGCCCCUUGUCAAUCAGUCACCAUAUAAUUUUGGAUUGGUUGUUGUGGUGAAGUUUUCCACCAAUAGGAGAGAUGUUGUGGUGUGUUUUUUUUUUCUUUUGGCAAGCCUUUUCCGCCUGUGAGACCUGUCGCUAAUGUCUGCAUGCUAUGUUUUCCUGUCUCAUACAGCGCGAUCGAGCGCCGAACGUGAUCAAAAUAAGCAGAAAAAAAGUAUCGCGGACAUAAUUUAUCAUAACUCUGGUUUUAUUUGGCCUAUCAACACAAUCUAAAAACUGGUAUAUAGGUUGAGGUCCUCACUUUUGAGAUAAGUUGAAACGGAGAGUCAACGAGGCUCCGUCUUGCAGCUACAUCCGGUUAAAUAUGUCAUGUGACUUGAACGCACACACAGACACACACACACACACACACUCAGAGUCUGGUUUUUAGCACCUGCAAAAACAUGCUAUUUACAUAUUUGACAAGAAUGCAGAGGCUCCUUUUGCCCCUGAAAAAAAUCAAAUUUCAAACACAACUUGACUGGUCAUUUCUCCAAAAGACAACCAUGAAGCUCCAUCCAAACCUGAAGCAGGCAGUUGGUGCAUGUGUACAGUAACCUGAGGGGAGUGAGGUGAGUGCUUCUGAGGAGAACAUGAGCAGUGAAGAUUCACCUUGGAGCUAGAACAGAGACAUGCACAUGAUUAUACAGGGGCAGGGGCUCAAGUUUUUUCCAGUCGUUUAUACAAUAUGGAAAUUAAUGUGAAAUUAAAACACAAAGUAUUAAUAGAAAGGUAAUGACUGUCCUGUGUAGGUGACAGUGAUAUCCAAUAGGCUAGGCACUCACGAGGCUGGCUGUGGCAAGUGUAAGUGAAAGCAACACGCACUGGCAGGAAGAACAGCAAACGCCGAUGAAGGAAAAGGGUCUUUGCAGUGAUGGGCGUUACCAGAGAGGGCGAUGGCCAGAGGACACAAAUGGGACGGGGAGGCAGCACGUUGGGGGGGGGGGGGGGGGGGCGACACGGCUCGGGCCCGCCAGUGCCCCAACGGGGUCCUAGUUAGGGCCCGAGCGUAGCUGCUAAGCAGCUGCGAGAGCCCUCUUGUUCCUGUAGUUUCCUUCUUUUGUUAUUAUUAUUAUUAUUAUUAUUAUUUUUCCUCCCCUUUGAACUGGAAAAUGGCCCACUUCCCACUGGCAAAAACUCAUGAAAUUUGGCAGGACGACCGGGCCUCGUGAAAAAUUUGAUAUUCCGAAGUCGCCCAAACAAGAAAAUGCAAAAUGGCUCCAUAGCGCCCCCUAAGGUGAAAAUUCACACUAUUCACUGUCACGCCUGUACGCUUUGUCAAAAUGACACAAAAAUUGACACACACAUGUAUCUCAAUAAGAUCUACAAAAAAGUCAGUGCGGGCGUAUCUGUCAAAUGUACGGUUAAAGGGUUAUUUCGCAUUUUUUGCCGAUCCGCACACAUUGGAAUUUCGCUAACUCCUCCGAAGGCUUUCGUUCCACCGGCACCACAUUUGCUCAGGCCAAUCUACACCCCAUGGCCAUUAAAAGUUAUUCAAAUCAUGACGCUGCACCCCACGGUUUAGGUUCUAGGGGGCGCCAAAGAUAACCCUAAGAUCCACAUAUUUAAAAGUCUUAUAACUUUUUAUUUUUGCCCUCACUGGCCUCCAAGUUUUCUAGGAUGAUGCAAUGUCCAGCCAUCAACACAUUUGUGAAGGAAUUUUUACUCCCCAAAAGAGCGCCCCCCCAUGGCAGGAGAAAAAAGUCCAUUUUUUCUUGUCCUCUAAGGUGAAAAUACACAUUGUUGAGUGUAACACCUGUACGCUUUGGCAAAAUGACACAAAAAUUGACACACACAUGUAUCUCAAUAAGAUCUACGAAAAAGUCAAUGCGCGCGUAUCUGUUACAUGUACGGUUAAAGGGUUAUUCCGCAUUUUUUGCCGAUCCGCACACAUUGGAAUUUCGCUAACUCCUCCGAAGGCUUUCGUUCCACCGGCACCACAUUUGCUCAGGCCAAUCUACACCCCAUGGCCAUUAAAAGUUAUUCAAAUCAUGACGCUGCACCCCACGGUUUAGGUUCUAGGGGGCGCCAAAGAUAACCGUAAAAUCCACAUAUUUAAAAGUCUUAUAACUUUUUAUUUUUGUCCCCACUGGCCUCCAAGUUUUCUAGGAUGAUGCAAUGUCCAGCCAUCAACACAUUUGUGAAGGAAUUUUUACUCCCCAAAAGAGCGCCCCCCCAUGGCAGGAGAAAAAAGUCAAUUUUUUCUUGUCCACUAAGGUGAAAAUACACAUUGUUGAGUGCUACGCCUGUAUGUUUUGUCGUAUUGACACAAAAUUUUACAUACACGUGUAUUUUAAUAAGAUCUUCGAAAAAGUCAAUGGCCACGUAUCUGUAAAAUGUACGGUUAAAGGGUUAUUUUGCAUUUUUUGCAGAUUCGCACACAUUGGAAUUUCGCUAACUCCUCCGAAGGCUUUUGUUCCACCGGCACCACAUUUGCUCAGGCCAAUCUACACCCCAUGGCCAUUAAAAGUUAUUCAAAUCAUGACGCUGCACCCCACGGUUUAGGUUCUAGGGGGCGCCAAAGAUAACCCUAAAAUCCACAUAUUUAAAAGUCUUAUAACUUUUUAUUUUUGUCCUCACUGGCCUCCAUGUUUUCUAGGAUGAUGCAAUGUCCAGCCAUCAACACAUUUGUGAAGGAGUUUUUUCUCGUUAAAAGAGCGCCCCCCCAUGGCAGGAGAAUAAAGUCAAGUUUUUCCUGUUCAUCAUUCAAUGGCUCAAACGCACUGCUCUCUCGGCAAAAGCGAAAGGAGGAGCAACUUGCCAUUUGGAUAUAUCUUAGCUGUGUUUGUGCCCUCACUCAUGGUCCAGACUUUUUUCAAAUAGGACAUGGAGUUUUUCUGCAGCGAGCGCUUUGGUAGAAACUGCGCCUCCCGUUCAUUAUAAUGGUAAAUGACCACAAACAAGUGCGCACACCAUCUUUGGACCUUGAGUGUGACGCGAUCGGGUGGGGGAGGCGGUCGCGCUGGGGGCGGCGUGACACGGCUCGGGCCCGCCAGUGCCCCAACGGGGCCCUAGUUCUUUCUUUCUUUCUUCUUUUUCCUCCCCUUUGAACUGGAAAAUGGCCCACUUCCCACUGGCGAAAACUCAUGAAAUUUGGCAGGACGACCGGGCCUGGUGAAAAAUUCGAUAUUCUGAAGUCGCCCAAACAAUAAAAUGCAAAAUGGCUCCAUAGCGCCCCCUAAGGUGGAAAUUCACACUAUUGACUGUCACGCCUGUACGCUUUGUCAUAUUGACACAAAAAUUGACACACAUAUGUAUCUCAAUAAGAUCUACAAAAAAGUCAGUGCGGCCGUAUCUGUCAAAAUUACGGUUAAAGGGUUAUUUCGCAUUUUUUGCCGAUCCGCACACAUUGGAAUUUCGCUAACUCCUCCGAAGGCUUUCGUUCCACCGGCACCACAUUUGCUCAGGCCAAUCUACACCCCGUGGCCAUUAAAAGUUAUUCAAAUCAUGACGCUGCACCCCAAGGUUUAGGUUCUAGGGGGCGCCAAAGAUAACACUAAAAUCCACAUAUUUAAAAGUUCUAUAACUUUUUAUUUUUGUCCUCACUGGCCUCCAAGUUUUCUAGGAUGAUGCAAUGUCCAGCCAUCAACACAUUUGUGAAGGAAUUUUUACUCCCCAAAAGAGCGCCCCCCCAUGGCAGGAGAAAAAAGUCCAUUUUUUCUUGUCCCCUAAGGUGAAAAUACACAUUGUUGAGUGUCACGCCUAUACGCUUUGUCAAAAUGACACAAAAAUUGACACACACAUGUAACUCAAUAAGAUCUACAAAAAAGUCAAUGCGCGCGUAUCUGUCAAAUGUACAGUUAAAGGGUUAUUCCGCAUUUUUUGCCGAUACGCACACAUUGGAAUUUCGCUAACUCCUCCGAAGGCUUUCGUUCCACCGGCACCACAUUUGCUCAGGCCAAUCUACACCCCAUGGCCAUUAAAAGUUAUUCAAAUCAUGAUGCUGCACCCCAUGGUUUAGGUUCUAGGGGGCGCCAAAAAUAACCCAAAAAUCCACAUUCUUAAAUGUUUUAUAACUUUUUAUUUUUGUCCUCACUGGCCUCCAAGUUUUCUAGGAUGAUGCAAUGUCCAGCCAUCAACACAUUUGUGAAGGAAUUUUUACUCCCCAAAAGAGCGCCCCCCCAUGGUAGGAGAAAAAAGUCAAUUUUUUCUUGUCCCCUUACAUAAAAAUACACAUUGUUGAGUGUCACGCCUGAACGCUUUGUCAUAUUGACACAAAAAUUGACAAUCAUGUGUAUCUCAAUUAGAUCUACGAAAAAGUCAAAGAGCGCGUAUCUGUAUAAUGUACGGUUAAAGGGCUAUUUUGCAUUUUUUGCCGAUUCACACACAUUGGAAUGUGGCUAUCUCCUCCUAAGGCUUUCGUCCCACCGAUACCAAAUUUGCUCAGGGCAAUCUACACCCCAUGCCCAUUCAAAGUUGUAAAAAUCAUGACGCUGCACCCCACGGUUUACGUUCUAGGGGGCGCCAAAGAUGACCCAAAAAUCCACAUUCUUAAAAGUCAUUUUGGCCACUGCAGGAGUACAGAGUACUGCAGUUCUAGGGGGCGCCAAAGAUGACCCAAAAAUCCACAUUCUUAAAAGUCUUUUUGGCCACUGCAGGAGUACAGAGUACUGCAGGAUACACACACAUAUACACACACGCCAACAUACACACACACACACACACACACACACACACACACACACACAGACACACACACACACUCAGAGUCUGUUUUUUAGCACCUGCAAAAACAUGCUGUUUACAUAUUUGACAAGAAUGCAGAGGCUUCCUUUUGCCCCUGAAAAAAAUCAAAUUUCAAACACAACUUGACUGUUCAUUUCUCCAAAAGACAACCAUGAAGCUCCAUUUCAAACCUGAAGCAGAUAGUUGGUGCAUGUGUACAGUAACCUGAGGGGAGUGAGGUGACUAUUUCUGAGGAGAACAUGAGCAGUGAAGAUUCACCUUGGAGCUAGAACAGGGACGUGCACAUGAUUAUACAGGGGCAGGGGCUCAAGUUUUUUCCAGUCAUUUAUACAAUAUGGAAAUUAAUGUGAAAUUAAACCACAAAUAUGUGUGAUGAACUGUUUUUAAAACUUAAACUUCAAAUAAAAAUUGUAAACUUCAAAACAUAUGCAAAUUUUUAACAAAGAACAUAGUAAUUUACCUCUAUUUACAUCAAAAUGCAGGCAAUGGCCCAGGUGUUCUUUGUAAAAUUAUUUACAAAACACUGUAUAGUCUCACAAAUGUCACUUUUUAUUUAUGCCACUACAAAAAAACAUGAUGUAAAUGAUGCAUGAUGUAAAACAUGAUGUAAAAAACUUGUGUAGAUCCUCCUCUAUGUCAGUCCAUGUGUAAUUUUUCCAUAAUUCUUUGUUUUUUGCAGCAUUUUUGUUAGUGUAACUGCAGAUUUUGCUGACAGUGUCUAUGGCACAAAAAAAAAAAAAAAUUAAAAUGCCUAAACAUGAACCCCUGGUGGUCUCUGAGGGUGAAACCUGCUAACUGCUGCAGCUCUGUCAGCUUCAGUCUCCCAUGCAGAGCUCUGAGCGCAUGUGUGGCUCUGCACCCUUAGCAGCGUUGCUAACUCCUCAGUAAGGAAAGCCUGCUUCAUGUCAGAGUCUCUAAACUCCAGAAGAAGUCGAUAAAAGUCCCUUUCUUUCUAAAAAAAAGUCGUUAGGGUGUCUGAAAAGUCAUUGAAUCUAACAACAAAGUCGCUAGGUUUGCAACUACGUGUCCCAGACUGCAUCCCUGCUGAGAGUCCCUCCCUCCCUUCUCAUGUUGCAGGAAGAACGUAAGCGCCCGCCCCUUGUCAAUCAGUCACCAUAUAAUUUUGGAUUGGUUGUUGUGGUGAAGUUUUCCACCAAUAGGAGAGAUGUUGUGGUGUGUUUUUUUUUUCUUUUGGCAAGCCUUUUCCGCCUGUAAGACCUGUCGCUAAUGUGUGCAUGCUAUGUUUUCCUGUCUCAUACAGCGCGAUCGAGCGCCGAACGUGAUCAAAAUAAGCAGAAAAAAAGUAUCGCGGACAUAAUUUAUCAUAACUCUGGUUUUAUUUGGCCUAUCAACACAAUUUAAAAACUGGUAUAUAGGUUGAGGUCCUCACUUUUGAGAUAAGUUGAAACGGAGAGUCAACGAGGCUCCGUCUUGCAGCUACAUCAGGUUAAAUAUGUCAUGUGACUUGAACGCACACAUAGACACACACACACGCACACACACACGCACACACACACACACACACACACACACACACUCAGAGUCUGGUUUUUAGCACCUGCAAAAACAUGCUAUUUACAUAUUUGACAAGAAUGCAGAGGCUCCUUUUGCCCCUGAAAAAAAUCAAAUUUCAAACACAACUUGACUGGUCAUUUCUCCAAAAGACAACCAUGAAGCUCCAUCCAAACCUGAAGCAGGCAGUUGGUGCAUGUGUACAGUAACCUGAGGGGAGUGAGGUGAGUGCUUCUGAGGAGAACAUGAGCAGUGAAGAUUCACCUUGGAGCUAGAACAGAGACAUGCACAUGAUUAUACAGGGGCAGGGGCUCAAGUUUUUUCCAGUCGUUUAUACAAUAUGGAAAUUAAUGUGAAAUUAAAACACAAAGUAUUAAUAGAAAGGUAAUUACUGUCCUGUGUAGGUGACAGUGAUAUCCAAUAGGCUAGGCACUCACGAGGCUGGCUGUGGCAAGUGUAAGUGAAAGCAACACGCACUGGCAGGAAGAACAGCAAACGCCGAUGAAGGAAAAGGGUCUUUGCAGUGAUGGGCGUUACCAGAGAGGGCGAUGGCCAGAGGACACAAAUGGGACGGGGAGGCAGCACGUUGGGGGGGGGGGGGAUGCGACACGGCUCGGGCCCGCCAGUGCCCCAACGGGGUCCUAGUUCUUUGUUUCUUUAGGGCCCGAGCGUAGCUGCUAAGCAGCUGCGAGAGCCCUCUUGUUCCUGUAGUUUCCUUCUUUUGUUAUUAGGGCCCGAGCGUAGCUGCUAAGCAGCUGCGAGAGCCCUCUUGUUCCUGUAGUUUCCUUCUUUUGUUAUUAUUAUUAUUAUUUUUCCUCCCCUUUGAACUGGAAAAUGGCCCACUUCCCACUGGCGAAAACUCAUGAAAUUUGGCAGGACGACCGGGCCUGGUGAAAAAUUUGAUAUUCCGAAGUCGCCCAAACAAGAAAAUGCAAAAUGGCUCCAUAGCGCCCCCUAAGGUGAAAAUUCACACUAUUCACUGUCACGCCGGUACGCUUUGUCAAAAUGACACAAAAAUUGACACACACAUGUAUCUCAAUAAGAUCUACAAAAAAGUCAGUGCGGGCGUAUCUGUCAAAUGUACGGUUAAAGGGUUAUUUCGCAUUUUUUGCCGAUCCGCACACAUUGGAAUUUCGCUAACUCCUCCGAAGGCUUUCGUUCCACCGGCACCACAUUUGCUCAGGCCAAUCUACACCCCAUGGCCAUUAAAAGUUAUUCAAAUCAUGACGCUGCACCCCACGGUUUAGGUUCUAGGGGGCGCCAAAGAUAACCCUAAGAUCCACAUAUUUAAAAGUCUUAUAACUUUUUAUUUUUGCCCUCACUGGCCUCCAAGUUUUCUAGGAUGAUGCAAUGUCCAGCCAUCAACACAUUUGUGAAGGAAUUUUUACUCGGCAAAAGAGCGCCCCCCCAUGGCAGGAGAAAAAAGUCCAUUUUUUCUUGUCCCCUAAGGUGAAAAUACACAUUGUUGAGUGUAACACCUGUACGCUUUGGCAAAAUGACACAAAAAUUGACACACACAUGUAUCUCAAUAAGAUCUACGAAAAAGUCAAUGGCCACGUAUCUGUAAAAUGUAUGGUUAAAGGGUUAUUCCGCAUUUUUUGCCGAUCCGCACACAUUGGAAUUUCGCUAACUCCUCCGAAGGCUUUCGUUCCACCGGCACCACAUUUGCUCAGGCCAAUCUACACCCCAUGGCCAUUAAAAGUUAUUCAAAUCAUGACGCUGCACCCCACGGUUUAGGUUCUAGGGGGCGCCAAAUAUAACCCUAAAAUCCACAUAUUUAAAAGUCUUAUAACUUUUUAUUUUUGUCCUCACUGGCCUCCAUGUUUUCUAGGAUGAUGCAAUGUCCAGCCAUCAACACAUUUGUGAAGGAGUUUUUUCUCUUUAAAAGAGCGCCCCCCCAUGGCAGGAGAAUAAAGUCAAGUUUUUCCUGUUCAUCAUUCAAUGGCUCAAACGCACUGCUCUCUCGGCAAAAGCGAAAGGAGGAGCAACUUGCCAUUUGGAUAUAUCUUAGCUGUGUUUGUGCCCUCACUCAUGGUCCAGACUUUUUUCAAAUAGGACAUGGAGUUUUUCUGCAGCGAGCGUUUUGGUAGAAACUGCGCCUCCCGUUCAUUAUAAUGGUAAAUGACCACAAACAAGUGCGCACACCAUCUUUGGACCUUGAAUGUGACGCGAUCGGGUGGGGGAGGCGGUCGCGCUGGGGGCGGCGUGACACGGCUCGGGCCCGCCAGUGCCCCAACGGGGCCCUAGUUAUUAUUUUUCCUCCCCUUUGAACUGGAAAAUGGCCCACUUCCCACUGGCGAAAACUCAUGAAAUUUGGCAGGACGACCGGGCCUGGUGAAAAAUUUGAUAUUCCGAAGUCGCCCAAACAAUAAAAUGCAAAAUGGCUCCAUAGCGCCCCCUAAGGUGAAAAUUCACACUAUUGACUGUCACGCCAGUACGCUUUGUCAAAAUGACACAAAAAUUGACACACACAUGUAUCUCAAUAAGAUCUACAAAAAAGUCAGUGCGGGCGUAUCUGUCAAAUGUACGGUUAAAGGGUUAUUUCUCAUUUUUUGCCGAUCCGCACACAUUGGAAUUUCGCUAACUCCUCCGAAGGCUUUCGUUCCACCGGCACCACAUUUGCUCAGGCCAAUCUACACCCCAUGGCCAUUAAAAGUUAUUCAAAUCAUGACGCUGCACCCCACGGUUUAGGUUCUAGGGGGCGCCAAAGAUAACCCUAAGAUCCACAUAUUUAAAAGUCUUAUAACUUUUUAUUUUUGCCCUCACUGGCCUCCAAGUUUUCUAGGAUGAUGCAAUGUCCAGCCAUCAACACAUUUGUGAAGGAAUUUUUACUCCCCAAAAGAGCGCCCCCCCAUGGCAGGAGAAAAAAGUCCAUUUUUUCUUGUCCCCUAAGGUGAAAAUACACACUAUUGACUGUCACGCCUGUACGCUUUGGCAAAAUGACACAAAAAUUGACACACACAUGUAUCUCAAUAAGAUCUACGAAAAAGUCAAUGCGCGCGUAUCUGUCAAAUGUACGGUUAAAGGGUUAUUCCGCAUUUUUUGCCGAUCCGCACACAUUGGAAUUUCGCUAACUCCUCCGAAGGCUUUCGUUCCACCGGCACCACAUUUGCUCAGGCCAAUCUACACCCCAUGGCCAUUAAAAGUUAUUCAAAUCAUGACGCUGCACCCCACGGUUUAGGUUCUAGGGGGCGCCAAAGAUAACCCUAAGAUCCACAUAUUUAAAAGUCUUAUAACUUUUUAUUUUUGCCCUCACUGGCCUCCAAGUUUUCUAGGAUGAUGCAAUGUCCAGCCAUCAACACAUUUGUGAAGGAAUUUUUACUCCCCAAAAGAGCGCCCCCCCAUGGCAGGAGAAAAAAGUCAAUUUUUUCUUGUCCCCUAAGGUGAAAAUACACACUAUUGACUGUCACGCCUGUACGCUUUGGCAAAAUGACACCAAAAUUGACACACACAUGUAUCUCAAUAAGAUCUACAAAAAAGUCAAUGCGCACGUAUCUGUCAAAUGUACGGUUAAAGGGUUAUUCCGCAUUUUUUGCCGAUCCGCACACAUUGGAAUGUGGCUAACUCCUCCGAAGGCUUUCGUUCCACCGGCACCACAUUUGCUCAGGCCAAUCUACACCCCAUGGCCAUUAAAAGUUAUUCAAAUCAUGACGCUGCACCCCACGGUUUAGGUUCUAGGGGGCGCCAAAGAUAACCCUAAGAUCCACAUAUUUAAAAGUCUUAUAACUUUUUAUUUUUGCCCUCACUGGCCUCCAAGUUUUCUAGGAUGAUGCAAUGUCCAGCCAUCAACACAUUUGUGAAGGAAUUUUUACUCCCCAAAAGAGCGCCCCCCAUGGCAGGAGAAAAAAGUCCAUUUUUUCUUGUCCCCUAAGGUGAAAAUACACAUUGUUGAGUGUAACACCUGUACGCUUUGGCAAAAUGACACAAAAAUUGACACACACAUGUAUCUCAAUAAGAUCUACGAAAAAGUCAAUGCGCGCGUAUCUGUCAAAUGUACGGUUAAAGGGUUAUUCCGCAUUUUUUGCCGAUCCGCACACAUUGGAAUUUCGCUAACUCCUCCGAAGGCUUUCGUUCCACCGGCACCACAUUUGCUCAGGCCAAUCUACACCCCAUGGCCAUUAAAAGUUAUUCAAAUCAUGACGCUGCACCCCACGGUUUAGGUUCUAGGGGGCGCCAAAGAUAACACUAAAAUCCACAUAUUUAAAAGUCUUAUAACUUUUUAUUUUUGUCCUCACUGGCCUCCAAGUUUUCUAGGAUGAUGCAAUGUCCAGCCAUCAACACAUUUGUGAAGGAAUUUUUACUCCCCAAAAGAGCGCCCCCCCAUGGCAGGAGAAAAAAGUCAAUUUUUUCUUGUCCCCUAAGGUGGAAAUUCACACUAUUGACUGUCACGCCUGUACGCUUUAUCAUAUUGACACAAAAAUUGACACACAUAUGUAUCUCAAUAAGAUCUACAAAAAAGUCAAUGCGCGCGUAUCUGUCAAAUGUACGGUUAAAGGGCUAUUUUGCAUUUUUUGCCGAUUCGCACACAUUGGAAUGUGGCUAACUCCUCCUAAGGCUUUCGUCCCACUGACACCAAAUUUGCUCAGGCCAAUAUACACCCCAUGGCCAUUCAAAGUUGUAAAAAUCAUGACGCUGCACCCCACGGUUUACGUUCUAGGGGGCGCCAAAGAUGACCCAAAAAUCCACAUUCUUAAAGGAAUCCACAUCCCCCCCCAAGGCAGGAGAAAAAGUCAAGUUAACCCUGCCCAUCGCUCAAUGGCUCAAUCGCAUCGCUCUCCAGGCAACACCGUAAGGAGGAGCAACCUGCCAUUUCGAUAUAUCAUAGCUGUGUUUGUGCCCUCACUCAUGGUCCAGACUUUUUUCAAAUAGGACAUGAAGUUUGUCUGCAGCGAGUGUUUUGGUAGAAACUGCGCCUCCCAUUCAUUAUAAUGGGAAAUGACCACAGACAAGUGCGCACACCAUCUUUGGACCUUGAGUGUGACGCGAUCGGGAGGGGGAGGCGGUCGCGCUAGGGGCGGCGCGACGCGGCUCGGGCCCGACAGUGCCCCACCGGGGCCCUAGUUAUUAUUUUUCCUCCCCUUUGAACUGGAAAAUGGCCCACUUCCCACUGGCGAAAACUCAUGAAAUUUGGCAGGACGACCGGGCCUGGUGAAAAAUUUGAUAUUCCGAAGUCGCCCAAACAAGAAAAUGCAAAAUGGCUCCAUAGCGCCCCCUAAGGUGGAAAUUCACACUAUUGACUGUCACGCCUGUACGCUUUGUCAAAAUGACACAAAAAUUGACACACACAUGUAUCUCAAUAAGAUCUACAAAAAAGUCAGUGCGGGCGUAUCUGUCAAAUGUACGGUUAAAGGGUUAUUUCGCAUUUUUUGCCGAUCCGCACACAUUGGAAUUUCGCUAACUCCUCCGAAGGCUUUCGUUCCACCGGCACCACAUUUGCUCAGGCCAAUCUACACCCCAUGGCCAUUAAAAGUUAUUCAAAUCAUGACGCUGCACCCCACGGUUUAGGUUCUAGGGGGCGCCAAAGAUAACCCUAAGAUCCACAUAUUUAAAAGUCUUAUAACUUUUUAUUUUUGCCCUCACUGGCCUCCAAGUUUUCUAGGAUGAUGCAAUGUCCAGCCAUCAACACAUUUGUGAAGGAAUUUUUACUCCCCAAAAGAGCGCCCCCCCAUGGCAGGAGAAAAAAGUCCAUUUUUUCUUGUCCCCUAAGGUGAAAAUACACAUUGUUGAGUGUAACACCUGUACGCUUUGGCAAAAUGACACAAAAAUUGACACACACAUGUAUCUCAAUAAGAUCUACGAAAAAGUCAAUGCGCGCGUAUCUGUCAAAUGUACAGUUAAAGGGUUAUUUCGCAUUUUUUGCCGAUCCGCACACAUUGGAAUUUCGCUAACUCCUCCGAAGGCUUUCAUUCCACCGGUACCACAUUUGCUCAGGCCAAUCUACACCCCAUGGCCAUUAAAAGUUAUUCAAAUCAUGACGCUGCACCCCACGGUUUAGGUUCUAGGGGGCGCCAAAGAUAACCCUAAGAUCCACAUAUUUAAAAGUCUUAUAACUUUUUAUUUUUGCCCUCACUGGCCUCCAAGUUUUCUAGGAUGAUGCAAUGUCCAGCCAUCAACACAUUUGUGAAGGAAUUUUUACUCCCCAAAAGAGCGCCCCCCCAUGGCAGGAGAAAAAAGUCAAGUUUUUCUUGUCCCCUAACGUGAAAAUACACAUUGUUGAGUGUCACGCCUAAACGCUUUGUCAUAUUGACACAAAAUUUGACAAUCACGUGUAUCUCAAUAAGAUCUACGAAAAAGUCAAAGAGCGCGUAUCUGUAUAAUGUACGGUUAAAGGGCUAUUUUGCAUUUUUUGCCGAUCUGCACACAUUGGAAUUUCGCUAACUCCUCCGAAGGCUUUCGUUCCACCGGCACCAAAUUUGCUCAGGCCAAUCUACACCCCAUGGCUAUUAAAAGUUGUACAAAUCAUGACGCUGCACCCCACGGUUUAGGUUCUAGGGGGCGCCAAAGAUAACCCAAAAAUCCACAUUCUUAAAAGUCUUAUAACUUUUUAUUUUUCUCCUCACUGGCCUCCAAGUUUUCUAGGAUGAUGCAAUGUCCAGCCAUCAACACAUUUGUGAAGGAAUUUUUACUCGCCAAAAGAGCGCCCCCCCCAUGGCAGGAGAAAAAAGUCAAUUUUUUCUUGUCCCCUAAGGCGAAAAUACACAUUGUUGAAUGUCACGCCUGUACGCUUCGUCAUAUUGACACAAAAUUUGACAAUCACGUGUAUCUCAAUAAGAUCUACAAAAGAGUCAAUGCGCGCGUAUCAGUAAAAUGUACGGUUAAAGGGCUAUUUCGCAUUUUUUGCCGUUUCGCACACAUUGGAAUGUGGCUAACUCCUCCUAAGGCUUUCGUCCCACUGACACCAAAUUAUCUCAGGCCAAUCUACACUCCAUGGCCAUUCAAAGUUGUAAAAAUCAUGACGCUGCACCCCACGGUCUACGUUCUAGGGGGCGCCAAAGAGGACCCAAAUAUCCACAUUUUUAAAAGUCUUAUAACUUUUUCUUUUUGUCCUCACUGGCCUCCAAGUUUUCUAGGAUGAUGCAAUGUCCAGCCAUCAACACAUUUGUGAAGGAAUGUUUACUCCCCAAAAGAGCGCCCCCCCAUGGCAGGAGAAUAAAGUCAAGUUUUUCCUGUUCAUCGUUCAAUGGCUCAAACGCAUCGCUCUCUCGGCAAAAGCGAAAGGAGGAGCAACUUGCCAUUUGGAUAUAUCUUAGCUGUGUUUGUGCCCUCACUCAUGGUCCAGACUUUUUUCAAAUAGGACAUGGAGUUUUUCUGCAGCGAGCGUUUUGGUAGAAACUGCGCCUCCCAUUCAUUAUAAUGGUAAAUGACCACAGACAAGUGCGCACACCAUCUUUGGACCUUGAGUGUGACGCGAUUGGGUGGGGGAGGCGGUCGCGCUGGGGGCGGCGCGACACGGCUCGGGCCCGCCAGUGCCCCACCGGGGCCCUAGUUCUUUCUUUCUUUCUUCUUUUUCCUCCCCUUUGAACUGGAAAAUGGCCCACUUCCCACUGGCGAAAACUCAGGAAAUUUGGCAGGACGACCGGGCCUGGUGAAAAAUUCGAUAUUCUGAAGUCGCCCAAACAAUAAAAUGCAAAAUGGCUCCAUAGCGCCCCCUAAGGUGGAAAUUCACACUAUUGACUGUCACGCCUGUACGCUUUGUCAUAUUGACACAAAAAUUGACACACAUAUGUAUCUCAAUAAGAUCUACAAAAAAGUCAGUGCGGCCGUAUCUGUCAAAUGUACGGUUAAAGGGUUAUUUCGCAUUUUUUUCCGAUCCGCACACAUUGGAAUUUCGCUAACUCCUCCGAAGGCUUUCGUUCCACCGGCACCACAUUUGCUCAGGCCAAUCUACACCCCGUGGCCAUUAAAAGUUAUCAAAAUCAUGACGCUGCACCCCAAGGUUUAGGUUCUAGGGGGCGCCAAAGAUAACACUAAAAUCCACAUAUUUAAAAGUCUUAUAACUUUUUAUUUUUGUCCUCACUGGCCUCCAAGUUUUCUAGGAUGAUGCAAUGUCCAGCCAUAAACACAUUUGUGAAGGAAUUUUUACUCCCCAAAAGAGCGCCCCCCCAUGGCAGGAGAAAAAAGUCCAUUUUUUCUUGUCCCCUAAGGUGAAAAUACACAUUGUUGACUGUCACGCCUUUACGCUUUGUCAAAAUGACACAAAAAUUGACACACACAUGUAACUCAAUAAGAUCUACGAAAAAGUCAACGCGCGCGUAUCUGUCAAAUGUACGGUUAAAGGGUUAUUCCGCAUUUUUUGCCGAUCCGCACACAUUGGAAUUUCGCUAACUCCUCCGAAGGCUUUCUGUCCACCGGCACCACAUUUGCUCAGGCCAAUCUACACCCCAUGGCCAUUAAAAGUUAUUCAAAUCAUGACGCUGCACCCCACGGUUUAGGUUCUAGGGGGCGCCAAAGACAACCCUAAAAUCCACAUAUUUAAAAGUCUUAUAACUUUUUAUUUUUGUCCUCACUGGCCUCCAAGUUUUCUAGGAUGAUGCGAUGUCCAGCCAUCAACACAUUUGUGAAGGAAUUUUUACUCCCCAAAAGAGCGCCCCCCCCCAUGGCAGGAGAAAAAAGUCCAUUUUUUCUUGUCCCCUAAGGUGAAAAUUCACAUUGUUGAGUGUGACACCUGUACGCUUUGUCAUAUUGACACAAAAUUUGACAAUCACGUGUAUCUCAAUAAGAUCUACGAAAAAGUCAAUGCACGCGUAUCUGUCAAAUGUACGGUUAGAGGGCUAUUUUGCAUUUUUUGCCGAUUCGCACACAUUGGAAUGUGGCUAACUCCUCCUAAGGCUUUUGUCCCACUGACACCAAAUUUCCUCAGACCAAUCUACACCCCAUGGCCAUUCAAAGUUGUAAAAAUCAUGACACUGCACCCCACGGUUAACGUUCUAGGGGGCGCCAAAGAUGACCCAAAUAUCCACAUUCUUAAAAGAAUCCACAUCCCCCCCCCAUCCCCCCCCCAUGGCAGGAGAAAAAGUCAAGUUUUUCCUGCCCAUCGCUCAAUGGCCCAUCGCAUCGCUCUCCAGGCAACACCGUAAGUAGGAGCAACCUGCAAUUUGGAUAUAUCCUAGCUGUGUUUGUGCCCUCACUCAUGGUCCAGACUUUGUUCAAAUAGGACAUGAAGUUUGUCUGCAGCGAGCGUUUUGGUAGAAACUGCGCCUCCCAUUCAUUAUAAUGGGAAAUGACCACAGACAAGUGCGCACACCAUCUUUGGACCUUGAGUGUGACGCAAUCAGGAGGGGGAGGCGGUCGCGCUGGGGGCGGCGCGACGCGGCUCGGGCCCGACAGUGCCCCACCGGGGCCCUAGUGUUAUUAUUAUUAUUAUUUUUCCUCCGCUUUAAACUGGAAAAUGGCCCACUUCCCACUGGCGAAAACUCAUGAAAUUUGGCAGGACGACCGGGCCUGGUGAAAAAUUCGAUAUUCUGAAGUCGCCCAAACAAUAAAAUGCAAAAUGGCUCCAUAGCGCCCCCUAAGGUGGAAAUUCACACUAUUGACUGUCACGUCUGUACGUUUUGUCAUAUUGACACAAAAAUUGACACACAUAUGUAUCUCAAUAAGAUCUACAAAAAAGUCAGUGCGGGCGUAUCUGUCAAAUGUACGGUUAAAGGGUUAUUUCGCAUUUUUUGCCGAUCCGCACACAUUGGAAUUUCGCUAACUCCUCCGAAGGCUUUCGUUCCACCGGCACCACAUUUGCUCAGGCCAGUCUACACCCCAUGGCGAUUCAAAGUUGUACAAAUCAUGACGCUGCACCCCACGGUUUAGGUUCUAGGGGGCGCCAAAGAUAACCCAAAAAUCAACAUUCUUAAAAGUCUUAUAACUUUUUAUUUUUGUCCUCACUGCCCUCCAAGUUUUCUAGGAUGAUGCAAUGUCCAGCCAUCAACACAUUUGUGAAGGAAUUUUUACUCCCCAAAAGAGCGUCCCCCCAUGGCAGGAGAAAAAAGUCCAUUUUUUCUUGUCCCCUUACAUGAAAAUACACAUUGUUGAGUGUCACGCCUGAACGCUUUGUCAUAUUGACACAAAAAUUGACAAUCAUGUGUAUCUCAAUUAGAUCUACGAAAAAGUCAAAGAGCGCGUAUCUGUAUAAUGUACGGUUAAAGGGCUAUUUCGCAUUUUUUGCCGAUUCGCACACAUUGGAAUGUGGCUAUCUCCUCCUAAGGCUUUCGUCCCACUGAUACCAAAUUUGCUCAGGGCAAUCUACACCCCAUGCCCAUUCAAAGUUGUAAAAAUCAUGACGCUGCACCCCACGGUUUACGUUCUAGGGGGCGCCAAAGAUGACCCAAAAAUCCACAUUCUUAAAAGUCAUUUUGGCCACUGCAGGAGUACAGAGUACUGCAGUUCUAGGGGGCGCCAAAGAUGACCCAAAAAUCCACAUUCUUAAAAGUCAUUUUGGCCACUGCAGGAGUACAGAGUACUGCAGUUCUAGGGGGCGCCAAAGAUGACCCAAAAAUCCACAUUCUUAAAAGUCUUUUUGGCCACUGCAGGAGUACAGAGUACUGCAGGAUACACACACAUAUACACACACGCCAACACACACACACACACACACACACACACACACACACACACACACUCAGAGUCUGUUUUUUAGCACCUGCAAAAACAUGCUGUUUACAUAUUUGACAAGAAUGCAGAGGCUUCCUUUUGCCCCUGAAAAAAAUCAAAUUUCAAACACAACUUGACUGUUCAUUUCUCCAAAAGACAACCAUGAAGCUCCAUCCAAACCUGAAGCAGAUAGUUGGUGCAUGUGUACAGUAACCUGAGGGGAGUGAGGUGACUAUUUCUGAGGAGAACAUGAGCAGUGAAGAUUCACCUUGGAGCUAGAACAGGGACGUGCACAUGAUUAUACAGGGGCAGGGGCUCAAGUUUUUUCCAGUCAUUUAUACAAUAUGGAAAUUAAUGUGAAAUUAAAAAACAAAGUAUUAAUAGAAAGGUAAUGACUGUCCUGUGUAGGUGACAGUGAUAUCCAAUAGGCUAGGCACUCACGAGGCUGGCUGUGGCAAGUGUAAGUGAAAGCAACACGCACUGGCAGGAAGAACAGCAAACGCCGAUGAAGGAAAGGGUCUUUGCAGUGAUGGGCGUUACCAGAGAGGACGAUGGCCAGAGGACGCGAAUGGGACAGGGAGGCAGCGCGUUGGGGGGGGCAGCGUGACACGGCUCGGGCCCGCCAGUGCCCCAACGGGGCCCUAGUUUCUUCUUUUUCCUCCCCUUUGAACUGGAAAAUGGCCCACUUCCCACUGGCGAAAACUCAUGAAAUUUGGCAGGACGACCGGGCCUGGUGAAAAAUUUGAUAUUCUGAAGUCGCCAAAACAAUAAAAUGCAAAAUGGCUCCAUAGCGCCCCCUAAGGUGGAAAUUCACACUAUUGACUGUCACGCCUGUACGCUUUGUCAUAUUGACACAAAAAUUGACACACAUAUGUAUCUCAAUAAGAUCUACAAAAAAGUCAGUGCGGCCGUAUCUGUCAAAAUUACGGUUAAAGGGUUAUUUCGCAUUUUUUGCCGAUCCGCACACAUUGGAAUUUCGCUAACUCCUCCGAAGGCUUUCGUUCCAGCGGCACCACAUUUGCUCAGGCCAAUCUACACCCCGUGGCCAUUAAAAGUUAUCAAAAUCAUGACGCUGCACCCCAAGGUUUAGGUUCUAGGGGGCGCCAAAGAUAACACUAAAAUCCACAUAUUUAAAAGUCUUAUAACUUUUUAUUUUUGUCCUCACUGGCCUCCAAGUUUUCUAGGAUGAUGCAAUGUCCAGCCAUCAACACAUUUGUGAAGGAAUUUUUACUCCCCAAAAGAGCGCCCCCCCAUGGCAGGAGAAAAAAGUCCAUUUUUUCUUGUCCCCUAAGGUGAAAAUACACAUUGUUGAGUGUCACGCCUAUACGCUUUGUCAAAAUGACACAAAAAUUGACACACACAUGUAUCUCAAUAAGAUCUACGAAAAAGUCAAUGCGCGCGUAUCUGUCAAAUGUACGGUUAAAGGGUUAUUCCGCAUUUUUUGCCGAUCCGCACACAUUGGAAUGUGGCUAACUCCUCCUAAGGCUUUCGUUCCACCGGCACCACAUUUGCUCAGGCCAAUCUACACCCCAUGGCCAUUAAAAGUUAUUCAAAUCAUGACGCUGCACCCCACGGUUUAGGUUCUAGGGGGCGCCAAAGACAACCCUAAAAUCCACAUAUUUAAAAGUCUUAUAACUUUUUAUUUUUGUCCUCACUGGCCUCCAAGUUUUCUAGGAUGAUGCAAUGUCCAGCCAUCAACACAUUUGUGAAGGAAUUUUUACUCCCCAAAAGAGCGCCCCCCCAUGGCAGGAGAAAAAAGUCCAUUUUUUCUUGUCCCCUAAGGUGAAAAUACAUAUUGUUGAGAUUCACGCCUAUAUGCUUUGUCAUAAUGACACAAAAUUUGACAAUCACGUGCCUUGCUUGGUAUCAUUUUUUUUCAGCACAACCUCACCUGUGCGAAUUUACAGUUAUUUUAUCAUGUUGACAUACUGAAUUUACACAAUGGACCCAAAUUCACACACAAAACAUAAAAUCCGAGUGGAAAAAAGUAACAUUUUUACUGUGAAAACCACAAAUAUGUGUGAUGAACUGUUUUUAAAACUUAAACUUCAAAUAAAAAUUGUAAACUUCAAAACAUAUGCAAAUUUUUAACAAAGAACAUAGUGAUUUACCUCUAUUUACAUCAAAAUGCAGGCAAUGGCCCAGGCGUUCUUUGUAAAAUUAUUUACAAAACACUGUAUAGUCUCACAAAUGUCACUUUUUAUUUAUGCCACUACAAAAAAACAUGAUGUAAAUGAUGCAUGAUGUAAAACAUGAUGUAAAAAACUUGUGUAGAUCCUCCUCUAUGUCAGUCCAUCUGUAAUUUUUCCAUAAUUCUUUGUUUUUUGCAGCAUUUUUGUUAGUGUAACUGCAGAUUGUGCUGACAGUGUCUAUGGCACAAAAAAAAAAAAAAAUUAAAAUGCCUCAACAUGAACCCCUGGUGGUCUCUGAGGGUGAAACCUGCUAACUGCUGCAGCUCUGUCAGCUUCAGUCUCCCAUGCAGAGCUCUGAGCGCAUGUGUGGCUCUGCACCCUUAGCAGCGUUGCUAACUCCUCAGUAAGGAAAGCCUGCUUCAUGUCAGAGUCUCUAAACUCCAGAAGAAGUCGAUAAAAGUCCCUUUCUUUCUAAAAAAAAGUCGUUAGGGGGUCUGAAAAGUCAUUGAAUCUAACAACAAAGUCGCUAGGUUUGCAACUACGUGUCCCAGACUGCAUCCCUGCUGAGAGUCCCUCCCUCCCUUCUCAUGUUGCAGGAAGAACGUAAGCGCCCUCCCCUUGUCAAUCAGUUACCAUAUAAUUUUGGAUUGGUUGUUGUGGUGAAGUUUUCCACCAAUAGGAGAGAUGUUGUGGUGUGUUUUUUUUUUCUUUUGGCAAGCCUUUUCCGCCUGUAAGACCUGUCGCUAAUGUCUGCAUGCUAUGUUUUCCUGUCUCAUACAGCGCGAUCGAGCGCCGAACGUGAUCAAAAUAAGCAGAAAAAAAGUAUCGCGGACAUAAUUUAUCAUAACUCUGGUUUUAUUUGGCCUAUCAACACAAUUUAAAAACUGGUAUAUAGGUUGAGGUCCUCACUUUUGAGAUAAGUUGAAACGGAGAGUCAACGAGGCUCCGUCUUGCAGCUACAUCCGGUUAAAUAUGUCAUGUGACUUGAACGCACACACAGACACACACACACGCACACACACACACACACACACACACACACACACACACACACACACACUCAGAGUCUGGUUUUUAGCACCUGCAAAAACAUGCUAUUUACAUAUUUGACAAGAAUGCAGAGGCUCCUUUUGCCCCUGAAAAAAAAAUCAAAUUUCAAACACAACUUGACUGGUCAUUUCUCCAAAAGACAACCAUGAAGCUCCAUCCAAACCUGAAGCAGGCAGUUGGUGCAUGUGUACAGUAACCUGAGGGGAGUGAGGUGAGUGCUUCUGAGGAGAACAUGAGCAGUGAAGAUUCACCUUGGAGCUAGAACAGAGACAUGCACAUGAUUAUACAGGGGCAGGGGCUCAAGUUUUUUCCAGUCGUUUAUACAAUAUGGAAAUUAAUGUGAAAUUAAAACACAAAGUAUUAAUAGAAAGGUAAUGACUGUCCUGUGUAGGUGACAGUGAUAUCGAAUAGGCUAGGCACUCACGAGGCUGGCUGUGGCAAGUGUAAGUGAAAGCAACACGCACUGGCAGGAAGAACAGCAGAACAGCAGUCUUUGCAGUGAUGGGCGUUACCAGAGAGGGCGAUGGCCAGAGGACACAAAUGGGACGGGGAGGCGGUCGCGUUGGGGGGGGGGGGGGGGAGCUCGGGCCCGCCAGUGCCCCAACGGGGUCCUAGUCUUUGUUUCUUUCUUAGGGCCCGAGCGUAGCUGCUAAGCAGCUGCGAGAGCCCUCUUGUUAGGGCCCGAGCCAGCUGCAGAGCAGCCGGGCGUAGGCCCUAUUAUUCCCCAAGUGGUUUUUCUUUGUUUCUUUCUUUCUUUCUUUCUUUAGGGCCCGAGCGUAGCUGCUAAGCAGCUGCGAGAGCCCUCUUGUUCCUGCAUGUUUCCUUCUUUCGUUAUUAUUUUUCCUCCGCUUUAAACUGGAAAAUGGCCCACUUCCCACUGGCGAAAACUCAGGAAAUUUGGCAGGACGACCGGGCCUGGUGAAAAAUUCGAUAUUCUGAAGUCGCCCAAACAAUAAAAUGCAAAAUGGCUCCAUAGCGCCCCCUAAGGUGAAAAUUCACAUGACGGCUGUACGCUUUGUCAUAUUGACACAAAAAUUGACACACACAUGUAUCUCAAUAAGAUCUACAAAAAAGUCAGUGCGGGCGUAUCUGUCAAAUGUACGGUUAAUGGGUUAUUUUGCAUUUUUUGCAGAUCUGCACACAUUGGAAUUUCGCUAACUCCUCCGAAGGCUUUCGUUCGACCGGCACCACAUUUGCGCAGGCCAAUCUACACCCCAUGGCCAUUAAAAGUUGUACAAAUCAUGACGCUGCACCCCACGGUUUACGUUCUAGGGGGCGCCAAAGAUAACCCAAAAUCCACAUUCUUAAAAGUCUUAUAACUUUUUAUUUUUGUCCUCACUGCCCUCCAAGUUUUCUAGGAUGAUGCAAUGUCCAGCCAUCAACACAUUUGUGAAGGAAUUUUUACUCCCCAAAAGAGCGCCCCCCCAUGGCAGGAGAAAAAAGUCAAUUUUUUCUUGUCCCCUUACAUGAAAAUACACAUUGUUGAGUGUCACGGCUGAACGCUUUGUCAUAUUGACACAAAAAUUGACAAUCAUGUGUAUCUCAAUUAGAUCUACGAAAAAGUCAAAAAGCGCGUAUCUGUAUAAUGUACGGUUAAAGGGCUAUUUCGCAUUUUUUGCCGAUUCACACACAUUGGAAUGUGGCUAUCUCCUCCUAAGGCUUUCGUCCCACCGAUACCAAAUUUGCUCAGGGCAAUCUACACCCCAUGCCCAUUCAAAGUUGUAAAAAUCAUGACGCUGCACCCCACGGUUUACGUUCUAGGGGGCGCCAAAGAUGACCCAAAAAUCCACAUUCUUAAAAGUCAUUUUGGCCACUGCAGGAGUACAGAGUACUGCAGUUCUAGGGGGCGCCAAAGAUGACCCAAAAAUCCACAUUCUUAAAAGUCUUUUUGGCCACUGCAGGAGUACAGAGUACUGCAGGAUACACACACAUACACACACACACACACACACACACACACACACACUCAGAGUCUGUUUUUUAGCACCUGCAAAAACAUGCUGUUUACAUAUUUGACAAGAAUGCAGAGGCUUCCUUUUGCCCCUGAAAAAAAUCAAAUUUCAAACACAACUUGACUGUUCAUUUCUCCAAAAGACAACCAUGAAGCUCCAUCCAAACCUGAAGCAGAUAGUUGGUGCAUGUGUACAGUAACCUGAGGGGAGUGAGGUGACUAUUUCUGAGGAGAACAUGAGCAGUGAAGAUUCACCUUGGAGCUAGAACAGGGACGUGCACAUGAUUAUACAGGGGCAGGGGCUCAAGUUUUUUCCAGUCAUUUAUACAAUAUGGAAAUUAAUGUGAAAUUAAACCACAAAUAUGUGUGAUGAACUGUUUUUAAAACUUAAACUUCAAAUAAAAAUUGUAAACUUCAAAACAUAUGCAAAUUUUUAACAAAGAACAUAGUAAUUUACCUCUAUUUACAUCAAAAUGCAGGCAAUGGCCCAGCAAUCUUUGUAAAAUUAUUUACAAAACACUGUAUAGUCUCACAAAUGUCACUUUUUAUUUAUGCCACUACAAAAAAACAUGAUGUAAAUGAUGCAUGAUGUAAAACAUGAUGUAAAAAACUUGUGUAGAUCCUCCUCUAUGUCAGUCCAUGUGUAAUUUUUCCAUAAUUCUUUGUUUUUUGCAGCAUUUUUGUUAGUGUAACUGCAGAUUGUGCUGACAGUCUAUGGCAAAAAAACAAAAACUGAAAAUGCCUCAACAUGAACCCCUGGUGGUCUCUGAGGGUGAAACCUGCUAACUGCUGCAGCUCUGUCAGCUUCAGUCUCCCAUGCAGAGCUCUGAGCGCAUGUGUGGCUCUGCACCCUUAGCAGCGUUGCUAACUCCUCAGUAAGGAAAGCCUGCUUCAUGUCAGAGUCUCUAAACUCCAGAAGAAGUCGAUAAAAGUCCCUUUCUUUCUAAAAAAAGUCGUUAGGGGGUCUGAAAAGUAAUUGAAUCUAACAACAAAGUCGCUAGGUUUGCAACUACGUGUCCCAGACUGCAUCCCUGCUGAGAGUCCCUCCCUCCCUUCUCAUGUUGCAGGAAGAACGUAAGCGCCCGCCCCUUGUCAAUCAGUCACCAUAUAAUUUUGGAUUGGUUGUUGUGGUGAAGUUUUCCACCAAUAGGAGAGAUGUUGUGGUGUGUUUUUUUUUUCUUUUGGCAAGCCUUUUCCGCCUGUAAGACCUGUCGCUAAUGUGUGCAUGCUAUGUUUUCCUGUCUCAUACAGCGCGAUCGAGCGCCGAACGUGAUCAAAAUAAGCAGAAAAAAAGUAUCGCGGACAUAAUUUAUCAUAACUCUGGUUUUAUUUGGCCUAUCAACACAAUUUAAAAACUGGUAUAUAGGUUGAGGUCCUCACUUUUGAGAUAAGUUGAAACGGAGAGUUAACGAGGCUCCGUCUUGCAGCUACAUCCGGUUAAAUAUGUCAUGUGACUUGAACGCUGGGGAGCGUCAAUCGAAUCGAAUCAAACCUAACUCUCAGAUGAAUCUUCAAAAUUCACCUCAGAAAUAUGAUUAUUAUUCUUCUCAGAGUACUGCAGGAUACACACACACACACACAGACACACACACACACACGCACACACACACUCAGAGUCUGUUUUUUAGCACCUGCAAAAACAUGCUAUUUACAUAUUUGACAAGAAUGCAGAGGCGACACGGCUCGGGCCCGCCAGUGCCCCAACGGGGCCCUAGUUCUUUCUUUCUUUCUUCUUUUUCCUCCCCUUUGAACUGGAAAAUGGCCCACUUCCCACUGGCGAAAACUCAUGAAAUUUGGCAGGACGACCGGGCCUGGUGAAAAAUUCGAUAUUCUGAAGUCGCCCAAACAAUAAAAUGCAAAAUGGCUCCAUAGCGCCCCCUAAGGUGGAAAUUCACACUAUUGACUGUCACGCCUGUACGCUUUGUCAUAUUGACACAAAAAUUGACACACAUAUGUAUCUCAAUAAGAUCUACAAAAAAGUCAGUGCGGCCGUAUCUGUCAAAAUUACGGUUAAAGGGUUAUUUCGCAUUUUUUGCCGAUCCGCACACAUUGGAAUUUCGCUAACUCCUCCGAAGGCUUUCGUUCCACCGGCACCACAUUUGCUCAGGCCAAUCUACACCCCGUGGCCAUUAAAAGUUAUUCAAAUCAUGACGCUGCACCCCAAGGUUUAGGUUCUAGGGGGCGCCAAAGAUAACACUAAAAUCCACAUAUUUAAAAGUUCUAUAACUUUUUAUUUUUGUCCUCACUGGCCUCCAAGUUUUCUAGGAUGAUGCAAUGUCCAGCCAUCAACACAUUUGUGAAGGAAUUUUUACUCCCCAAAAGAGCGCCCCCCCAUGGCAGGAGAAAAAAGUCCAUUUUUUCUUGUCCCCUAAGGUGAAAAUACACAUUGUUGAGUGUCACGCCUAUACGCUUUGUCAAAAUGACACAAAAAUUGACACACACAUGUAACUCAAUAAGAUCUACAAAAAAGUCAAUGCGCGCGUAUCUGUCAAAUGUACAGUUAAAGGGUUAUUCCGCAUUUUUUGCCGAUACGCACACAUUGGAAUUUCGCUAACUCCUCCGAAGGCUUUCGUUCCACCGGCACCACAUUUGCUCAGGCCAAUCUACACCCCAUGGCCAUUAAAAGUUAUUCAAAUCAUGAUGCUGCACCCCAUGGUUUAGGUUCUAGGGGGCGCCAAAAAUAACCCAAAAAUCCACAUUCUUAAAUGUUUUAUAACUUUUUAUUUUUGUCCUCACUGGCCUCCAAGUUUUCUAGGAUGAUGCAAUGUCCAGCCAUCAACACAUUUGUGAAGGAAUUUUUACUCCCCAAAAGAGCGCCCCCCAUGGUAGGAGAAAAAAGUCAAUUUUUUCUUGUCCCCUUACAUAAAAAUACACAUUGUUGAGUGUCACGCCUGAACGCUUUGUCAUAUUGACACAAAAAUUGACAAUCAUGUGUAUCUCAAUUAGAUCUACGAAAAAGUCAAAGAGCGCGUAUCUGUAUAAUGUACGGUUAAAGGGCUAUUUUGCAUUUUUUGCCGAUUCACACACAUUGGAAUGUGGCUAUCUCCUCCUAAGGCUUUCGUCCCACCGAUACCAAAUUUGCUCAGGGCAAUCUACACCCCAUGCCCAUUCAAAGUUGUAAAAAUCAUGACGCUGCACCCCACGGUUUACGUUCUAGGGGGCGCCAAAGAUGACCCAAAAAUCCACAUUCUUAAAAGUCAUUUUGGCCACUGCAGGAGUACAGAGUACUGCAGUUCUAGGGGGCGCCAAAGAUGACCCAAAAAUCCACAUUCUUAAAAGUCUUUUUGGCCACUGCAGGAGUACAGAGUACUGCAGGAUACACACACAUAUACACACACGCCAACAUACACACACACACACACACACACACACACACACACACACACACACACACACACACACACUCAGAGUCUGUUUUUUAGCACCUGCAAAAACAUGCUGUUUACAUAUUUGACAAGAAUGCAGAGGCUUCCUUUUGCCCCUGAAAAAAAUCAAAUUUCAAACACAACUUGACUGUUCAUUUCUCCAAAAGACAACCAUGAAGCUCCAUUUCAAACCUGAAGCAGAUAGUUGGUGCAUGUGUACAGUAACCUGAGGGGAGUGAGGUGACUAUUUCUGAGGAGAACAUGAGCAGUGAAGAUUCACCUUGGAGCUAGAACAGGGACGUGCACAUGAUUAUACAGGGGCAGGGGCUCAAGUUUUUUCCAGUCAUUUAUACAAUAUGGAAAUUAAUGUGAAAUUAAACCACAAAUAUGUGUGAUGAACUGUUUUUAAAACUUAAACUUCAAAUAAAAAUUGUAAACUUCAAAACAUAUGCAAAUUUUUAACAAAGAACAUAGUAAUUUACCUCUAUUUACAUCAAAAUGCAGGCAAUGGCCCAGGUGUUCUUUGUAAAAUUAUUUACAAAACACUGUAUAGUCUCACAAAUGUCACUUUUUAUUUAUGCCACUACAAAAAAACAUGAUGUAAAUGAUGCAUGAUGUAAAACAUGAUGUAAAAAACUUGUGUAGAUCCUCCUCUAUGUCAGUCCAUGUGUAAUUUUUCCAUAAUUCUUUGUUUUUUGCAGCAUUUUUGUUAGUGUAACUGCAGAUUUUGCUGACAGUGUCUAUGGCACAAAAAAAAAAAAAAAUUAAAAUGCCUCAACAUGAACCCCUGGUGGUCUCUGAGGGUGAAACCUGCUAACUGCUGCAGCUCUGUCAGCUUCAGUCUCCCAUGCAGAGCUCUGAGCGCAUGUGUGGCUCUGCACCCUUAGCAGCGUUGCUAACUCCUCAGUAAGGAAAGCCUGCUUCAUGUCAGAGUCUCUAAACUCCAGAAGAAGUCGAUAAAAGUCCCUUUCUUUCUAAAAAAAAGUCGUUAGGGUGUCUGAAAAGUCAUUGAAUCUAACAACAAAGUCGCUAGGUUUGCAACUACGUGUCCCAGACUGCAUCCCUGCUGAGAGUCCCUCCCUCCCUUCUCAUGUUGCAGGAAGAACGUAAGCGCCCGCCCCUUGUCAAUCAGUCACCAUAUAAUUUUGGAUUGGUUGUUGUGGUGAAGUUUUCCACCAAUAGGAGAGAUGUUGUGGUGUGUUUUUUUUUUCUUUUGGCAAGCCUUUUCCGCCUGUAAGACCUGUCGCUAAUGUCUGCAUGCUAUGUUUUCCUGUCUCAUACAGCGCGAUCGAGCGCCGAACGUGAUCAAAAUAAGCAGAAAAAAAGUAUCGCGGACAUAAUUUAUCAUAACUCUGGUUUUAUUUGGCCUAUCAACACAAUUUAAAAACUGGUAUAUAGGUUGAGGUCCUCACUUUUGAGAUAAGUUGAAACGGAGAGUCAACGAGGCUCCGUCUUGCAGCUACAUCAGGUUAAAUAUGUCAUGUGACUUGAACGCACACAUAGACACACACACACGCACACACACACGCACACACACACACACACACACACACACACACUCAGAGUCUGGUUUUUAGCACCUGCAAAAACAUGCUAUUUACAUAUUUGACAAGAAUGCAGAGGCUCCUUUUGCCCCUGAAAAAAAUCAAAUUUCAAACACAACUUGACUGGUCAUUUCUCCAAAAGACAACCAUGAAGCUCCAUCCAAACCUGAAGCAGGCAGUUGGUGCAUGUGUACAGUAACCUGAGGGGAGUGAGGUGAGUGCUUCUGAGGAGAACAUGAGCAGUGAAGAUUCACCUUGGAGCUAGAACAGAGACAUGCACAUGAUUAUACAGGGGCAGGGGCUCAAGUUUUUUCCAGUCGUUUAUACAAUAUGGAAAUUAAUGUGAAAUUAAAACACAAAGUAUUAAUAGAAAGGUAAUUACUGUCCUGUGUAGGUGACAGUGAUAUCCAAUAGGCUAGGCACUCACGAGGCUGGCUGUGGCAAGUGUAAGUGAAAGCAACACGCACUGGCAGGAAGAACAGCAAACGCCGAUGAAGGAAAAGGGUCUUUGCAGUGAUGGGCGUUACCAGAGAGGGCGAUGGCCAGAGGACACAAAUGGGACGGGGAGGCAGCACGUUGGGGGGGGGGGGAUGCGACACGGCUCGGGCCCGCCAGUGCCCCAACGGGGUCCUAGUUCCUGAUGGAUUCUUCUUUCGUUAUUUUUCCUCCGCUUUAAACUGGAAAAUGGCCCACUUCCCACUGGCGAAAACUCAGGAAAUUUGGCAGGACGACCGGGCCUGGUGAAAAAUUCGAUAUUCUGAAGUCGCCCAAACAAAAAAAUGAAAAAUGGCUCCAUAGCGCCCCCUAUGGUGAAAACUCACCUGACGCCUGUACGCUUUGUCAAAAUGACACAAAAUUUGACACACAUGUGUAUCUCAAUAAGAUCUACAAAGAAGUCAGUGCGGGCGUAUCUGUCAAAUGUACCGUUAAAGGGCUAUUUCGCAUUUUUUGACAAUCCGCACACAUUGGAAUUUCGCUAACUCCUCCGAAGGCUUUCGUUCCACCGGCACCAAAUUUGCUCAGGACAAUCUAGACCCCAUGGCCAUUAAAAGUUGUACAAAUCAUGACACUGCACCCCACGGUUUACAUUCUAGGGGGCGCCAAAGAUAACCCAAAAAUCCACAUAUUUAAAACUCUUAUAACUUUUUAUUUUUGUCCUCACUGGCCUCCAAGUUUUCUAGGAUGAUGCAAUGUCCAGCCAUCAACACAUUUGUGAAGAAAUUUUUACUCCCCAAAAGAGCGCCCCCCCAUGGCAGGAGAAAAAAGUCCAUUUUUUCUUGUCCCAUAAGGUGAAAAUACACAUUGUUGACUGUCAUACCUGUACGCUUUGUCAUAUUGACACAAAAUUUGACAAUCACAUGUUUCUCAAUAAGAUCUACGAAAAAGUCAAUGCGCGCGUAUCUGUAAAAUGUACGGUUAAAGGGCUAUUUUGCAUUUUUUGCCGAUUCGCACACAUUGGAAUGUGGCUAACUCCUCCUAAGGCUUUCGUCCCACUGACACCAAAUUUGCUCAGGCCAAUCUACACCCCAUGGCCAUUUAAAGUUGUAAAAAUCAUGACGCUGCACCCCACGGUUUAGGUUCUAGGGGGCGCCAAAGAUAACCCAAAAAUCCACAUAUUUAAAAGUCUUAUAACUUUUUAUUUUUGUCCUCACUCGCCUCCAAGUUUUCUAAGAUGAUGCAAUGUCCAGCCAUCAACACAUUUGUGAAGGAAUUUUUACUCCCCAAAAGAGCGCCCCCCCAUGGCAGGAGAAAAAAGUCCAUUUUUUCUUGUCCCAUAAGGUGAAAAUACACAUUGUUGAGUGUCACGCCUGUACGCUUUGUCAAAUUGACCCAAAAUUUGACAAUCACGUGUAUCUCAAUAAGAUCUAUGAAAAAGUCAAUGCGCAAAUAUCUGUAAAAUGUACGGUUAAAGGGCUAUUUUGCAUUUUUUGCCGAUUCGCACACAUUGGAAUGUGGCUAACUCCUCCUAAGGCUUUCGUCCCACUGACACCAAAUUUGCUCAGGCCAAUCUACACCCCAUGGCCAUUAAAAGUUGUACAAAUCAUGACGCUGCACCCCACGGUUUACGUUCUAGGGGGCGCCAAAGAUGACCCAAAUAUCCACAUUCUUAAAAGAAUCCACAUCCCCCCCCUCCCCCCAUGGCAGGAGAAAAAGUCAAGUUUUUCCUUCCCAUCGCUCAAUGGCUCAAUCGCAUCGCUCUCUCGGCAAAAGCGAAAGGUGGAUCCAUUUGGAUAUAACCUAGCUGUGUUUGUGCCCUCACUCAUGGUCCAGACUUUUUUCAAAUAGGACAUGUAGUUUGUCUGCAGCGAGUGUUUUGGUAGAAACUGCGCCUCCCAUUCAUUAUAAUGGGAAAUGACCACAGACAAGUGCGCACUCCAUCUUUGGACCUUGAGUGUGACGCGAUCGGGAGGUGGAGGCGGUCGCGCUGGGGGCGGCACGACACGGCUCGGGCCCGACAGUGCCCCACCGGGGCCCUAGUUAUUAUUUUUCCUCCGCUUUAAACUGGAAAAUGGCCCACUUCCCACUGGCGAAAACUCAGGAAAUUUGGCAGGACGACCGGGCCUGGUGAAAAAUUCGAUAUUCUGAAGUCGCCCAAACAAUAAAAUGCAAAAUGGCUCCAUAGCGCCCCCUAAGGUGAAAAUUCACACUAUUGACUGUCACGCCUGUACGCUUUGUCAUAUUGACACAAAAAUUGACACACACAUGUAUCUCAAUAAGAUCUAAAAAAAAGUCAGUGCGGGCGUAUCUGUCAAAUGUACGGUUAAAGGGUUAUUGCGCAUUUUUUGCCGAUCCGCACACAUUGGAAUUUCGCUAACUCCUCCGAAGGCUUUCGUUCCACCGGCACCACAUUUGCUCAGGCCAAUCUACACUCCAUGGCCAUUCAAAGUUGUACAAAUCAUGACGCUGCACCCCACGGUUUAGGUUCUAGGGGGCGCCAAAAAUAACCCAAAAAUCCACAUUCUUAAAAGUUUUAUAACUUUUUUUUUUUGUCCUCACUGGCCUCCAAGUUUUCUAGGAUGAUGCAAUGUCCAGCCAUCAACACAUUUGUGAAGGAAUUUUUACUCCCCAAAAGAGCGCCCCCCCAUGGCAGGACAAAAAAGUCAAUUUUUUCUUGUCCCCUAAGGUGAAAAUACACAUUGUUGAGAUUCACGCCUGUACGCUUUGUCAUAUUGACAAAAAAUUUGACACACACGUGUAUCUCAAUAAGAUCUACGAAAAAGUCAAUGCACGCGUAUCUGUAAACUGUACGGCUAAAGGGCUAUUUUGCAUUUUUUGCCGAUUCGCACACAUUGGAAUGUGGCUUACUCCUCCUAAGGAUUUCGUCCCACUGACAACAAAUUUGCUCAGGCCAAUCUACACCCCAUGGCCAUUAAAAGUUGUAAAAAUCAUGACGCUGCACCCCACGGUUUACGUUCUAGGGGGCGCCAAAGAGGACCCAAAAAUCCACAUUCUUAAAAGUCUUAGAACUUUUUAUUUUUGUCCUCACUGGCCUCCAAGUUUUCUAGGAUGAUGCAAUGUCUAGCCAUCAACACAUUUGUGAAGGAAUUUUUACUCCCCAAAACAGCGCCCCCCCAUGGCCGGAGAAAAAGUCAAGUUUUUCCUGCCCAUCGCUCAAUGGCUCAAUCGCAUCGCUCUCCAGGCAACACCGUAAGGAGGAGCAACCUGCCAUUUGGAUAUAUCCUAGCUGUGUUUGUGCCCUCACUCAUGGUCCAGACUUUUUUCAAAUAGGACAUGUAGUUUGUCUGCAGCGAGCGUUUUGGUAGAAACUGCGCCUCCCAUUCAUUAUAAUGGUAAAUGACCACAGACAAGUGCGAACACCAUCUUUGGACCUUGAGUGUGACGCGAUCGGGAGGGAGAGGCGGUCGUGUUGGGGGCGGCGCGACACAGCUCGGGCCCGCCAGUGCCCCAACGGGGCCCUAGUUAUUUUUGUCCUCACUGGCCUCCAAGUUCUCUAGGAUGAUGCAAUGUCCAGCCAUCAACACAUUUGUGAAGGAAUUUUUACUCGCCAAAAGAGCGCCCCCCCCAUGGCAGGAGAAAAAAGUCCAUUUUUUCUUGUCUCCUAAGGCAAAAAUACACAUUGUUGACUGUCACGCCUUUACGCUUUGUCAAAAUGACACAAAAUUUGACACACACAUGUAUCUCAAUAAGAUCUACAAAAAAGUCAGUGCGGGCGUAUCUGUCAAAUGUACGGUUAAAGGGUUAUUUCGCAUUUUUUGCCGAUCCGCACACAUUGGAAUUUCGCUAACUCCUCCUAAAUCUUUUGUCCCAUCGGCUUCAAAUUUGCUCAGGUCAAUCUACACCCCAUGGCCAUUCAAAGUUGUACAAAUCAUGACGCUGCACCCCACAGUUUACGUUCUAGGGGGCGCCAAAGAGGACCCAAAUAUCCACAUUUUUAAAAGUCUUAUAACUUUUUAUUUUUGUCCUCACUGGCCUCCAAGUUUUCUAGGAUGAUGCAAUGUCCAGCCAUCAACACAUUUGUGAAGGAAUUUUUCUCCCCAAAAGAGCGCCCCCCAUGGCAGGAGAAAAAGUCAAGUUUUUCCUGCCCAUUGCUCAAUGGCUCAAACGCAUCGCUCUCUCUGCAAAACCGAAAGGAGGAGCAACUUGCCAUUUGGAUAUAUACUAGCUGUGUUUGUGCCCUCACUCAUGGUCCAGACUUUUUUCAAAUAGGACAUGUAGUUUGUCUGCAGCGAGCGUUUUGGUAGAAACUGCGCCUCCCAUUCAUUAUAAUGGGAAAUGACCACAGACAAGUGCGCACACCAUCUUUGGACCUUGAGUGUGACGCGAUCGGGAGGGGGAGGCGGUCGCGCUGGGGGCGGCGCGACGCGGCUCGGGCCCGACAGUGCCCCACCGGGGCCCUAGUUAUUAUUUUUCCUCCCCUUUGAACUGGAAAAUGGCCCACUUCCCACUGGCGAAAACUCAUGAAAUUUGGCAGGACGACCGGGCCUGGUGAAAAAUUUGAUAUUCCGAAGUCGCCCAAACAAGAAAAUGCAAAAUGGCUCCAUAGCGCCCCCUAAGGUGAAAAUUCACACUAUUCACUGUCACGCCGGUACGCUUUGUCAAAAUGACACAAAAAUUGACACACACAUGUAUCUCAAUAAGAUCUACAAAAAAGUCAGUGCGGGCGUAUCUGUCAAAUGUACGGUUAAAGGGUUAUUUCGCAUUUUUUGCCGAUCCGCACACAUUGGAAUUUCGCUAACUCCUCCGAAGGCUUUCGUUCCACCGGCACCACAUUUGCUCAGGCCAAUCUACACCCCAUGGCCAUUAAAAGUUAUUCAAAUCAUGACGCUGCACCCCACGGUUUAGGUUCUAGGGGGCGCCAAAGAUAACCCUAAGAUCCACAUAUUUAAAAGUCUUAUAACUUUUUAUUUUUGCCCUCACUGGCCUCCAAGUUUUCUAGGAUGAUGCAAUGUCCAGCCAUCAACACAUUUGUGAAGGAAUUUUUACUCCCCAAAAGAGCGCCCCCCCAUGGCAGGAGAAAAAAGUCAAUUUUUUCUUGUCCCCUAAGGUGAAAAUACACAUUGUUGAGUGUAACACCUGUACGCUUUGGCAAAAUGACACAAAAAUUGACACACACAUGUAUCUCAAUAAGAUCUACGAAAAAGUCAAUGCGCGCGUAUCUGUCAAAUGUACGGUUAAAGGGUUAUUCCGCAUUUUUUGCCGAUCCGCACACAUUGGAAUUUCGCUAACUCCUCCGAAGGCUUUCGUUCCACCGGCACCACAUUUGCUCAGGCCAAUCUACACCCCAUGGCCAUUAAAAGUUAUUCAAAUCAUGACGCUGCACCCCACGGUUUAGGUUCUAGGGGGAGCCAAAGAUAACCGUAAAAUCCACAUAUUUAAAAGUCUUAUAACUUUUUAUUUUUGUCCCCACUGGCCUCCAAGUUUUCUAGGAUGAUGCAAUGUCCAGCCAUCAACACAUUUGUGAAGGAAUUUUUACUCGGCAAAAGAGCGCCCCCCCCCAUGGCAGGAGAAAAAAGUCAAUUUUUUCUUGUCCACUAAGGUGAAAAUACACAUUGUUGAGUGCUACGCCUGUAUGUUUUGUCGUAUUGACACAAAAUUUUACAUACACGUGUAUUUCAAUAAGAUCUUCGAAAAAGUCAAUGGCCACGUAUCUUUAAAAUGUACGGUUAAAGGGUUAUUUCGCAUUUUUUGCAGAUUCGCACACAUUGGAAUUUCGCUAAUUCCUCCGAAGGCUUUCGUUCCACCGGCACCACAUUUGCUCAGGCCAAUCUACACCCCAUGGCCAUUAAAAGUUAUUCAAAUCAUGACGCUGCACCCCACGGUUUAGGUUCUAGGGGGCGCCAAAUAUAACCCUAAAAUCCACAUAUUUAAAAGUCUUAUAACUUUUUAUUUUUGUCCUCACUGGCCUCCAUGUUUUCUAGGAUGAUGCAAUGUCCAGCCAUCAACACAUUUGUGAAGGAGUUUUUUCUCUUUAAAAGAGCGCCCCCCAUGGCAGGAGAAUAAAGUCAAGUUUUUCCUGUUCAUCAUUCAAUGGCUCAAACGCACUGCUCUCUCGGCAAAAGCGAAAGGAGGAGCAACUUGCCAUUUGGAUAUAUCUUAACUGUGUUUGUGCCCUCACUCAUGGUCCAGACUUUUUUCAAAUAGGACAUGGAGUUUUUCUGCAGCGAGCGUUUUGGUAGAAACUGCGCCUUCCGUUCAUUAUAAUGGUAAAUGACCACAAACAAGUGCGCACACCAUCUUUGGACCUUGAGUGUGACGCGAUCGGGUGGGGGAGGCGGUCGCGCUGGGGGCGGCGUGACACGGCUCGGGCCCGCCAGUGCCCCAACGGGGCCCUAGUUUCUUCUUUUUCCUCCCCUUUGAACUGGAAAAUGGCCCACUUCCCACUGGCGAAAACUCAUGAAAUUUGGCAGGAUGACCGGGCCUGGUGAAAAAUUUGAUAUUCCGAAGUCGCCCAAACAAGAAAAUGCAAAAUGGCUCCAUAGCGCCCCCUAAGGUGAAAAUUCACACUAUUGACUGUCACGCCUUUACGCUUUGUCAUAUUGACACAAAAAUUGACACACACAUGUAUCUCAAUAAGAUCUACAAAAAAGUCAGUGCAGGCGUAUCUGUCAAAUGUACGGUUAAAGGGUUAUUGCGCAUUUUUUGCCGACCCGCACACAUUGGAAUUUCGCUAACUCCUCCGAAGGCUUUCGUUCCACCGGCACCACAUUUGCUCAGGCCAAUCUACACCCCAUGGCCAUUAAAAGUUAUUCAAAUCAUGACGCUGCACCCCACGGUUUAGGUUCUAGGGGGCGCCAAAGAUAACCCUAAAAUCCACAUAUUUAAAAGUCUUAUAACUUUUUAUUUUUGACCUCACUGGCCUCCAGGUUUUCUAGGAUGAUGCAAUGUCCAGCCAUCAACACAUUUGUGAAGGAAUUUUUAAUCCCCAAAAGAGCGCCCCCCCAUGGCAGGAGAAAAAAGUCCAUUUUUUCUUGUCCCCUAAGGUGAAAAUACACAUUGUUGAGUGUCACGCCUGUACGCUUUGUCAUAUUGACACAAAAUUUGACACACACAUGUAUCUCAAUAAGAUCUACGAAAAAGUCAAUGCGCGCGUAUCUGUCAAAUGUACGGUUAAAGGGUUAUUCCGCAUUUUUUGCUGAUCCGCACACAUUGGAAUUUCGCUAACUCCUCCUAAGGCUGGCGUUCCACCGGCACCACAUUUGCUCAGGCCAAUCUACACCCCAUGGCCAUUAAAAGUUAUUCAAAUCAUGACGCUGCACCCCACGGUUUAGGUUCUAGGGGGCGCCAAAGAUAACCCUAAAAUCCACAUAUUUCAAAGUCUUAUAACUUUUUAUUUUUGUCCUCACUGGCCUCCAAGUUUUCUAGGAUGAUGCAAUGUCCAGCCAUCAACACAUUUGUGAAGGAAUUUUUACUCCCCAAAAGAGCGCCCCCCCAUGGCAGGAGAAAAAAGUCAAUUUUUUCUUGUCCCAUAAGGUGAAAAAACACAUUGUUGACUGUCAUACCUGUACGCUUUGUCAUAUUGACACAAAAUUUGACAAUCACAUGUAUCUCAAUAAGAUCUACGAAAAAGUCAAUGCGCGCGUAUCUGUAAAAUGUACGGUUAAAGGGCUAUUUUGCAUUUUUUGCCGAUUCGCACACAUUGGAAUGUGGCUAACUCCUCCUAAGGCUUUCGUCUCACUGACACCAAAUUUGCUCAGGCCAAUCUACACCCCAUGGCCAUUCAAAGUUGUAAAAAUCAUGACGCUGCACCCCACGGUUUACGUUCUAGGGGGCGCCAAAGAUGACCCAAAUAUCCACAUUCUUAAAAGAAUCCACAUCCCCCCCAUCCCCCAACCCCCAUGGCAGGAGAAACAGUCAAGUUUUUCCUGCCCAUCACUCAAUGGCUCAAUCGCAUCACUCUCCCGGCAACACCGUAACAAGGAGCAACUUGCCGUUUGGAUAUAUCCUAGCUGUGUUUGUGCCCUCACUCAUGGUCCAGACUUUUUUCAAAUAGGACAUGUAGUAUGUCUGCAGCGAGUGUUUUGGUAGAAACUGCGCCUCCCAUUCAUUAUAAUGGGAAAUGACCACAGACAAGUGCGCACACCAUCUUUGGACCUUGAGUGUGACGCGAUCGGGAGGGGGAGGCGGUCGCGCUGGGGGCGGCGCAACGCGGCUCGGGCCCGACAGUGCCCCACCGGGGCCCUAGUUAGGGCCCGAGCGUAGCUGCUAAGCAGCUGCGAGAGCCCUCUUGUUCCUGAUGGAUUCUUCUUUCGUUAUUUUUCCUCCGCUUUAAACUGGAAAAUGGCCCAUUUCCCACUGGCGAAAACUCAGGAAAUUUGGCAGGACGACCGGGCCUGGUGAAAAAUUCGAUAUUCUGAAGUCGCCCAAACAAAAAAAUGAAAAAUGGCUCCAUAGCGCCCCCUAUGGUGAAAACUCACCUGACGCCUGUACGCUUUGUCAAAAUUACACAAAAUUUGACACACAUGUGUAUCUCAAUAAGAUCUACAAAAAAGUCAGUGCGGGCGUAUCUGUCAAAUGUACGGUUAAAGGGCUAUUUCGCAUUUUUUGCCGAUCCGCACACAUUGGAAUUUCGCUAACUCCUCCGAAGGCUUUCGUUCCACCGGCAACAAAUUUGCUCAGGCCAAUCUACACCCCAUGGCCAUUAAAAGUUGUACAAAUCAUGACGCUGCACCCCACGGUUUACAUUCUAGGGGGCGCCAAAGAUAACCCAAAAAUCCACAGUCUUAAAAGUCUUAUAACUUUUUAUUUUUGUCCUCACUGGCCUCCAAGUUUUCUAGGAUGAUGCAAUGUCCAGCCAUCAACACAUUUGUGAAGAAAUUUUUACUCCCCAAAAGAGCGCCCCCCCAUGGCAGGAGAAAAAAGUCCAUUUUUUCUUGUCCCCUAAGGUGAAAAUACACAUUGUUGAGUGUCAUGCCUGAACGCUUUGUCAUAUUGACACAAAAUUUGACACACACGUGUAUCUCAAUAAGAUCUACGAAAAAGUCAAUGAGCGCGUAUCUGUAUAAUGUACGGUUAAAGGGCUAUUUCGCAUUUUUUGCCGAUCCGCACACAUUGGAAUUUCGCUAACUCCUCCGAAGGCUUUCGUUCCACCGGCACCAAAUUUGCUCAGGCCAAUCUACACCACAUGGCCAUUAAAAGUUAUUCAAAUCAUGACGCUGCACCCCACGGUUUAGGUUCUAGGGGGCGCCAAAGAUAACCCUAAAAUCCACAUAUUUCAAAGUCUUAUAACUUUUUAUUUUUGUCCUCACUGGCCUCCAAGUUUUCUAGGAUGAUGCAAUGUCCAGCCAUCAAAACAUUUGUGAAGGAAUUUUUACUCCCCAAAAGAGCGCCCCCCCAUGGCAGGAGAAAAAAGUCCAUUUUUUCUUGUCCCAUAAGGUGAAAAUACACAUUGUUGAGUGUCACGCCUGUACGCUUUGUCAAAAUGACACAAAAUUUGACAAUCACGUGUAUCUCAAUAAGAUCUAUGAAAAAGUCAUGCGCAAAUAUCUGUAAAAUGUACGGUUAAAGGGCUAUUUUGCAUUUUUUGCCGAUUCGCACACAUUGGAAUGUGGCUAACUCCUCCUAAGGCUUUCGUCCCACUGACACCAAAUUUGCUCAGGCCAAUCUAUUCCCCAUGGCGAUUCAAAGUUGUAAAAAUCAUGACGCUGCACCCCACGGUUUACGUUCUAGGGGGUGCCAAAGAUGACCCAAAUAUCCACAUUCUUAAAAGAAUCCACAUCCCCCCCCUCCCCCCAUGGCAGGAGAAAAAGUCAAGUUUUUCCUGCCCAUCACUCAAUGGCUCAAUCGCAUCGCUCUCUCGGCAAAAGCGAAAGGAGGAGCAACUUGCCAUUUGGAUAUAUCCUAGCUGUGUUUGUGCCCUCACUCAUGGUCCAGACUUUUUUCAAAUAGGACAUGUAGUUUGUCUGCAGCGAGUGUUUUGGUAGAAACUGCGCCUCCCAUUCAUUAUAAUGGGAAAUGACCACAGACAAGUGCGCACUCCAUCUUUGGACCUAGAGUGUGACGCGAUCGGGAGGUGGAGGCGGUCGCGCUGGGGGCGGCGCGACACGGCUCGGGCCCGACAGUGCCCCACCGGGGCCCUAGUUAGGGCCCGAGCGUAGCUGCUAAGCAGCUGCGAGAGCCCUAUUAUUCCCCAAGUGGUUUUUCUUUGUUUCUUUUUUCUUUUUCCUCCCCUUUGAACUGGAAAAUGGCCCACUUCCCACUGGCGAAAACUCAUGAAAUUUGGCAGGACGACCGGGCCUGGUGAAAAAUUUGAUAUUCCGAAGUCGCCCAAACAAGAAAAUGCAAAAUGGCUCCAUAGCGCCCCCUAAGGUGAAAAUUCACACUAUUGACUGUCACGCCUGUACGCUUUGUCAAAAUGACACAAAAAUUGACACACACAUGUAUCUCAAUAAGAUCUACAAAAAAGUCAGUGCGGGCGUAUCUGUCAAAUGUACGGUUAAAGGGUUAUUUCGCAUUUUUUGCCGAUCCGCACACAUUGGAAUUUCGCUAACUCCUCCGAAGGCUUUCGUUCCACCGGCACCACAUUUGCUCAGGCCAAUCUACACCCCAUGGCCAUUAAAAGUUAUUCAAAUCAUGACGCUGCACCCCACGGUUUAGGUUCUAGGGGGCGCCAAAGAUAACCCUAAAAUCCACAUAUUUAAAAGUCUUAUAACUUUUUAUUUUUGCCCUCACUGGCCUCCAAGUUUUCUAGGAUGAUGCAAUGUCCAGCCAUCAACACAUUUGUGAAGGAAUUUUUACUCCCCAAAAGAGCGCCCCCCCAUGGCAGGAGAAAAAAGUCCAUUUUUUCUUGUCCCCUAAGGUGAAAAUACACAUUGUUGAGUGUCACGCCUGUACGCUUUGUCAAAAUGACACAAAAAUUGACACACACAUGUAUCUCAAUAAGAUCUACAAAAAAGUCCAUGCGCGCGUAUCUGUCAAAUGUAAGGUUAAAGGGUUAUUCCGCAUUUUUUGCCGAUUCGCACACAUUGGAAUUUCGCUAACUCCUCCGAAGGCUUUCGUUCCACCGGCACCACAUUUGCUCAGGCCAAUCUACACCCCAUGGCCAUUAAAAGUUAUUCAAAUCAUGACGCUGAACCCCACGGUUUACGUUCUAGGGGGCGCCAAAGAUAACCCAAAAAUCCACAUUUUUAAAAGUCUUAUAACUUUUUAUUUUUGUCCUCACUGGCCUCCAAGUUUUCUAGGAUGAUGCAAUGUCCAGCCAUCAACACAUUUGUGAAGGAAUUUUUACUCCCUAAAAGAGCGCCCCCCCAUGGCAGGAGAAAAAAGUCCAUUUUUUCUUGUCCCCUAAGGUGAAAAUACACAUUGUUGACUGUCACGCCUGUACGCUUUGGCAAAAUGACACAAAAAUUGACAAUCAUGUGUAUCUCAAUUAGAUCUACGAAAAAGUCAAAGAGCGCGUAUCUGUAUAAUGUACGGUAAAAGGGCUAUUUUGCAUUUUUUGCCGAUUCGCACACAUUGGAAUUUUGCUAACUCCUCCUAAGGCUUUCGUCCCACUGACACCAAAUUUGCUCAGGCCAAUCUACACUCCAUGGCCAUUCAAAGUUGUAAAAAUCAUGACGCUGCACCCCACGGUUUACGUUUUAGGGGGCGCCAAAGAUGACCCAAAUAUACAUUACAGUAGACAAAGUAGUUUUGCCCACUGAGUGGCGCCAAAGGGACUUGUCUGUGGAGUCUGUGAGUCACUAUUGGCCGUUUUUGACUACUUUAGAUUUUACCUUUAUAUUUCCUCUUACAAAAUUUUUACCUUGCCUUGCCUGGUAUCAUUUUUUUCAGCACAACCUCACCUGUGUCAAUUUACAGUUAUUUUAUCAUUUUGACAUACUAUAUUUACACAUUGGACCCAAAUUCACACACAAAACAUAAAAUCCGAGUGGAAAAAAGUAACGUUUUUACUGUGAAAACCACAAAUAUGUGUGAUGAACUGUUUUUAAAACUUAAACUUCAAAUAAAAAUUGUAAACUUCAAAACAUAUGCAAAUUUUUAACAAAGAACAUAGUAAUUUACCUCUAUUUACAUCAAAAUGCAGGCAAUGGCCCAGGUGUUCUUUGUAAAAUUAUUUACAAAACACUGUAUAGUCUCACAAAUGUCACUUUUUAUUUAUGCCACUACAAAAAAACAUGAUGUAAAUGAUGCAUGAUGUAAAACAUGAUGUAAAAAACUUGUGUAGAUCCUCCUCUAUGUUAGUCCAUGUGUAAUUUUUCCAUAAUUCUUUGUUUUUUGCAGCAUUUUUGUUAGUGUAACUGCAGAUUGUGCUGACAGUGUCUAUGGCACAACAAAAAAAAAAAAACUGAAAAUGCCUCAACAUGAACCCCUGGUGGUCUCUGAGGGUGAAACCUGAUAACUGCUGCAGCUCUGUCAGCUUCAGUCUCCCAUGCAGAACUCGGAGCGCAUGUGUGGCUCUGCACCCUUAGCAGCGUUGCUAACUCCUCAGUAAGGAAAGCCUGCUUCAUGUCAGAGUCUCUAAACUCCAGAAGAAGUCUAUAAAAGUCACUUUCUUUCUAAAAAAAAAGUCGUUAGGGGGUCUGAAAAGUCAUUGAAUCUAACAACAAAGUCGCUAGGUUUGCAACUACGUGUCCCAGACUGCAUCCCUGCUGAGAGUCCCUCCCUCCCUUCUCAUAUUGCAGGAAGAACGUAAGCGCCCGCCCCUUGUCAAUCAGUCACCAUAUAAUUUUGGAUUGGUUGUUGUGGUGAAGUUUUCCACCAAUAGGAGAGAUGUUGUGGUGUGUUUUUUUUUUUCCUUUGGCAAGCCUUUUCCGCCUGUAAGACCUGUCGCUAAUGUCUGCAUGCUAUGUUUUCCUGUCUCAUACAGCGCGAUCGAGCGCCGAACGUGAUCAAAAUAAGCAGAAAACAAGUAUCGCGGACAUAAUUUAUCAUAACUCUGGUUUUAUUUGGCCUAUCAACACAAUUUAAAAACUGGUAUAUAGGUUGAGGUCCUCACUUUUGAGAUAAGUUGAAACGGAGUCAACGAGGCUCCGUCUUGCAGCUACAUCCGGUUAAAUAUGUCAUGUGACUUGAACGCACACACACACACACACACACACACACACACACAGACACACACACACACGCACACACACACACUCAGAGUCUGGUUUUUAGCACCUGCAAAAACAUGCUAUUUACAUAUUUGACAAGAAUGCAGAGGCUCCUUUUGCCCCUGAAAAAAAUCAAAUUUCAAACACAACUUGACUGGUCAUUUCUCCAAAAGACAACCAUGAAGCUCCAUCCAAACCUGAAGCAGGCAGUUGGUGCAUGUGUACAGUAACCUGAGGGGAGUGAGGUGACUGCUUCUGAGGAGAACAUGAGCAGUGAAGAUUCACCUUAGAGCUAGAACAGAGACGUGCACAUGAUUAUACAGGGGCAGGGGCUCAAGUUUUUUCCAGUUGUUUAUACAAUAUGGAAAUUAAUGUGAAAUUAAAAAACAAAGUAUUAAUAGAAAGGUAAUGACUGUCCUGAGUAGGUGACAGUGAUAUCCAAUAGGCUAGGCACUCAAGAGGCUGGCUGUGGCAAGUGUAAGUGAAAGCAACACGCACUGGCAGGAAGAACAGCAAACGCCGAUGAAGGAAAAGGGUCUUUGCAGUGAUGGGCGUUACCAGAGAGGGCGAUGGCCAGAGGACACAAAUGGGACGGGGAGGCAGCGCGUUGGGGGGGGGGGUGCGACACAGCUCGGGCCCGCCAGUGCCCCAACGGGGUCCUAGUUCUUCUUUUUCCUCCCCUUUGAACUGGAAAAUGGCCCACUUCCCACUGGCGAAAACUCAGGAAAUUUGGCAGGACGACCGGGCCUGGUGAAAAAUUUGAUAUUCCGAAGUCGCCCAAACAAGAAAAUGCAAAAUGGCUCCAUAGCGCCCCCUAAGGUGAAAAUUCACACUAUUGACUGUCACGCCUGUACGCUUUGUCAAAAUGACACAAAAAUUGACACACACAUGUAUCUCAAUAAGAUCUACAAAAAAGUCAGUGCGGGCGUAUCUGUCAAAUGUACGGUUAAAGGGUUAUUGCGCAUUUUUUGCCGAUCCGCACACAUUGGAAUUUCGCUAACUCCUCCGAAGGCUUUCGUUCCACCGGCACCACAUUUGCUCAGGCCAAUCUACACCCCAUGGCCAUUAAAAGUUAUUCAAAUCAUGACGCUGCACCCCACGGUUUAGGUUCUAGGGGGCGCCAAAGAUAACCCUAAAAUCCACAUAUUUAAAAGUCUUAUAACUUUUUAUUUUUGCCCUCACUGGCCUCCAAGUUUUCUAGGAUGAUGCAAUGUCCAGCCAUCAACACAUUUGUGAAGGAAUUUUUACUCCCCAAAAGAGCGCCCCCCCAUGGCAGGAGAAAAAAGUCCAUUUUUUUCUUGUCCCCUAAGGUGAAAAUACACAUUGUUGAGUGUCACGCCUGUACGCUUUGUCAAAAUGACACAAAAAUUGACACACACAUGUAUCUCAAUAAGAUCUACAAAAAAGUCCAUGCGCGCGUAUCUGUCUAAUGUACGGUUAAAGGGUUAUUCCGCAUUUUUUGCCGAUUCGCACACAUUGGAAUUUCGCUAACUCCUCCGAAGGCUUUCGUUCCACCGGCACCACAUUUGCUCAGGCCAAAUUACACCCCAUGGCCAUUAAAAGUUAUUCAAAUCAUGACGCUGCACCCCACGGUUUACGUUCUAGGGGGCGCCAAAGAUAACCCAAAAAUCCACAUUUUUAAAAGUCUUAUAACUUUUUAUUUUUGUCCUCACUGGCCUCCAAGUUUUCUAGGAUGAUGCAAUGUCCAGCCAUCAACACAUUUGUGAAGGAAUUUUUACUCCCCAAAAGAGCGCCCCCCCGUGGCAGGAGAAAAAAGGCCAUUUUUUCUUGUCCCCUAAGGUGAAAAUACACAUUGUUGACUGUCACGCCUGUACGCUUUGGCAAAAUGACACAAAAAUUGACAAUCAUGUGUAUCUCAAUUAGAUCUACGAAAAAGUCAAAGAGCGCGUAUCUGUAUAAUGUACGGUAAAAGGGCUAUUUUGCAUUUUUGGCCGAUUCGCACACAUUGGAAUUUCGCUAACUCCUCCUAAGGCUUUCGUCCCACUGACACCAAAUUUGCUCAGGCCAAUCUACACUCCAUGGCCAUUCAAAGUUGUAAAAAUCAUGACGCUGCACCCCACGGUUUACGUUUUAGGGGGCGCCAAAGAUGACCCAAAUAUACAUUACAGUAGACAAAGUAGUUUUGCCCACUGAGUGGCGCCAAAGGGACUUGUCUGUGGAGUCUGUGAGUCACUAUUGGCCGUUUUUGACUACUUUAGAUUUUACCUUUAUAUUUCCUCUUACAAAAUUUUUACCUUGCCUUGCCUGGUAUCAUUUUUUUCAGCACAACCUCACCUGUGUCAAUUUACAGUUAUUUUAUCAUUUUGACAUACUAUAUUUACACAUUGGACCCAAAUUCACACACAAAACAUAAAAUCCGAGUGGAAAAAAGUAACGUUUUUACUGUGAAAACCACAAAUAUGUGUGAUGAACUGUUUUUAAAACUUAAAAAUUUGCAUAUGUUUUGAAGUUUACAAUUUUUAUUUGAAGUUUAACAAAGAACAUAGUAAUUUACCUCUAUUGACAUCAAAAUGCAGGCAAUGGCCCAGGUGUUCUUUGUAAAAUUAUUUACAAAACACUGUAUAGUCUCACAAAUGUCACUUUUUAUUUAUGCCACUACAAAAAAACAUGAUGUAAAUGAUGCAUGAUGUAAAACAUGAUGUAAAAAACUUGUGUAGAUCCUCCUCUAUGUUAGUCCAUGUGUAAUUUUUCCAUAAUUCUUUGUUUUUUGCAGCAUUUUUGUUAGUGUAACUGCAGAUUGUGCUGACAGUGUCUUUGGCAAAAAAAAAAAAAAAAAACUGAAAAUGCCUCAACAUGAACCCCUGGUGGUCUCUGAGGGUGAAACCUGCUAACUGCUGCAGCUCUGUCAGCUUCAGUCUCCCAUGCAGAGCUCGGAGCGCAUGUGUGGCUCUGCACCCUUAGCAGCGUUGCUAACUCUUCAGUAAGGAAAGCCUGCUUCAUGUCAGAGUCUCUAAACUCCAGAAGAAGUCGAUAAAAGUCACUUUCUUUCUAAAAAAAAAGUCGUUAGGGGGUCUGAAAAGUCAUUGAAUCUAACAACAAAGUCGCUAGGUUUGCAACUACGUGUCCCAGACUGCAUCCCUGCUGAGAGUCCCUCCCUCCCUUCUCAUAUUGCAGGAAGAACGUAAGUUCCCGCCCCUUGUCAAUCAGUCACCAUAUAAUUUUGGAUUGGUUGUUGUGGUGAAGUUUUCCACCAAUAGGAGAGAUGUUGUGGUGUGUUUUUUUUUUCCUUUGGCAAGCCUUUUCCGCCUGUAAGACCUGUCGCUAAUGUCUGCAUGCUAUGUUUUCCUGUCUCAUACAGCGCGAUCGAGCGCCGAACGUGAUCAAAAUAAGGAGAAAACAAGUAUCGUGGACAUAAUUUAUCAUAACUCUGGUUUUAUUUGGCCUAUCAACACAAUUUAAAAACUGGUAUAUAGGUUGAGGUCCUCACUUUUGAGAUAAAUUGAAACGGAGAGUCAACGAGGCUCCGUCUUGCAGCUACAUCCGGUUAAAUAUGUCAUGUGACUUGAACGCACACACACACACACACACACACACACACACACACACACACACACACACACAGACACACACACACACACGCACACACACACACUCAGAGUCUGGUUUUUAGCACCUGCAAAAACAUGCUAUUUACAUAUUUGACAAGAAUGCAGAGGCUCCUUUUGCCCCUGAAAAAAAUCAAAUUUCAAACACAACUUGACUGGUCAUUUCUCCAAAAGACAACCAUGAAGCUCCAUCCAAACCUGAAGCAGGCAGUUGGUGCAUGUGUACAGUAACCUGAGGGGAGUGAGGUGACUGCUUCUGAGGAGAACAUGAGCAGUGAAGAUUCACCUUAGAGCUAGAACAGAGACGUGCACAUGAUUAUACAGGGGCAGGGGCUCAAGUUUUUUCCAGUUGUUUAUACAAUAUGGAAAUUAAUGUGAAAUUAAAAAACAAAGUAUUAAUAGAAAGGCAAUGACUGUCCUGUGUAGGUGACAGUGAUAUCCAAUAGGCUAGGCACUCACGAGGCUGGCUGUGGCAAGUGUAAGUGAAAGCAACACGCACUGGCAGGAAGAACAGCAAACGCCGAUGAAGGAAAAGGGUCUUUGCAGUGAUGGGCGUUACCAGAGAGGGCGAUGGCCAGAGGACACAAAUGGGACGGGGAGGCAGCGCGUUGGGGGGGGGACGCGACACAGCUCGGGCCCGCCAGUGCCCCAACGGGGUCCUAGUUUUUUUUUGUUACUACUUAAAGUGAUCUCAGUGGUCUUUAAAUUGUGAUCAUGAAGUUUUUACCAAAAAUCGCGUUACCUGUGUCAUUUUCAAGCGCUUCUCUUCUGCAGAGCUCCAGUCUAUCAUCAGCAAUUCGCUCCUGAGUCGUGGGAGGAGACAGCGCUGCUCUGGACACUCAUCUUCACAUUAGCUUGCAGCCUAACAUUGUCAGUGUAGUAGAAGUGGCAGGUAACAGAAGAGCUAUUCAGCUCUCAGACACUAAUGUCUUUAGGAGCAUAAUGAAAGCCAAUAUCAUAAUCAGCUUUCUUACAAGAAUUGCAGUCCACUAACGCACACACUUGUUCCAUGAUCAUCCUCUCUAUUUCUCCUCUGUAUGCAGAGUGUGGUCUGCAUAGUGGGGCUUUGGGGGCGGAGCUUGGGUUGGUUACAUAAGAAAUCUCACUGUUUCUGAACCCGCCGUUUGGGUCUGCCAGAGAUUCACAGAGAUUUGAAUGAAGAAAUACUCAGAAAAGCAAUUUCGCAUUUAGUUUUCUCAUGAUAUGUCCUGUAGCAUCAUAACAAUGCCAUAUAAGCAUAUAAAAAAACAAGAAAAACUUGAUUUUCAUUUGAGUGGGUCUUUGUGAGGAGCCAGUUGGUUUUAAAAUGAAAAGAGAUGCUUCUUUAUGACCUAAAACAGCAAAUAAGACCAUCUGCUACAAGACACGCAAUUCCUGUCUGUAAUUUCAAAGUCUGUGACAGCUGUAAGAGGUAGGAGUCAGAUCAGACAACUAACAGCAUGCUGAAGAAAAAGCCUUUGCCACUUCAACCAAAGCAUAUGUUUGAAGUCAGGAAUAAAUUUGACUGUUUGAAGACAGCUGGAGGGGAUCCUUGUCAGGAAAAAAAUGGACAAACAGAAAUUUCUCUCACAGUAUUGAUGAGAAAAUGUUCAAAAGAGAAACCGAUCAAUCGUGAAUUACUUCAAAAAUAUCAUGACUGGAGAUACUUUCAUGCAGAAGUAACAGUGAAAACUUUGAUGUUUGAGCUAUAAACCUUCCCAUAGCCCAGAAGUAAACCUGCCUUCACCAACACAUUAGCACAAUACCACCCUGCACAGAAUACAUAACACAUAUACAUACAUACAAAUGUGUUUUUCCAGGUCCAAAUCCAUAUCUGGCAAAUCGACAAAGAGGUACAGGUAAUCGCUAUUAAAAGGCUAACAUUGUUCUGUAAGUUAAUGCCACAUAUGCAUAUAUUGUGGAUGAAUAAAUAUAAGACAUUUUCAUUAUUGUAUUUAUUUAAGUUUUUUGUGAAUAGCUUUGGUCUCUUUGUAUUUCUGUUGUUGGUGUGUGUGAAAAUGUGGAAUUUUUUGACAGCAGAAGAAAAUGACUGCAGAAACAUUUUUCAGUUUGCAUUAUUAUUAUUUAGCUUUCGUUCACCUUACAGCAUUAUAGCAAAGAUGUUUAAAAAUACAUUUGUGGAGUUUUCACAAUCAUUUUGUUCCCAUAAGCACUGUUCUACUUUCACUGAGCUAAUCCAGUAUCAAGAUUGAAUUGCUAUUCCUAGUCACAGUCAUUCAUUUUUUUUAUUUUUUUUUUUAUUUAGCCUACAAACACUGUAAAUGACAAGAAAAAAAACAUACUAAGUUUUAAAUUCUUUACUGCUCAGAUUUUUUAUUUUGUUCAGCUAAAAUAGCUAUUGUUAAAGACGUUUAAAAAAAAGAGCAGGUAAAACGAAUGACCUAUUUCGAGGUGAGCCAGUAGUUGACGCUAUUGCUUAUGCUGUUGAUUGAUUCUGCACUAAAGAGCAGAGAAGAAGAAGGAGGCAGUCUGAGAAGCACGUUAGUUUGUGGUCAUUAGUAGCAGCUAGUCUUCCCUUCACUUCAGACAAGCAGGCAAGUGUCAGCGUUUUAAUUCACCACAAUGAACGGUUUAGACGAACAGAUGGCCCCGCAGACCUUUCUUUACGGUGAGAGAUGAUAAAUCCAUGUAUCCUGUUUGAGCUAAAUACGUGUAAUGUUACAUUUUUGUGUUCUUGUGAAGACGACUGAUAGCAGAGAAAACGAGGUCAGACAGCAGCUGAACUGGACCUAUAAUGAAAGUUUAUAUUUUAGUUAGUGUAUCAGAUGUUUCAAGGUGUAAUGUCACGGUCUGUUUUUAAUUCUGACAUUAUAUCGAGGGGGUUAAACGAGUUCACGAGAGCAGCACUGCUUCAAGAAGACUACACGUGUUUGACUAUCAACAUGGCGGCGCCCAUGAUUUUCGAACAGUGUUGAAAUUUAAGCAUCUUCCUUUCAAUUGAGGUUGAAAAUACUUUAACAUUAAUCAAAAAGACUGCUGUCCUUGUGUAGGUAACUAAAGCUGGUAACUUAGCGGUCAGGGUUUGGCUUGUGGGGAGCACGCAUGUCAACGUGGUUGCGAACACAUGUGGGUCCACGCUGGCUCCAGAGACCCCCAAUUUUUUAACGUGGAUGAAGGUUUUUAAGUGGAUUUCCUGCUAUCACAGUUUAGCAUUCCGAUGUUUUUAACAAUUAGAUAAUACUACUUUAGCUGAAUUUAGUAUCUUUUGACAUAAUACUUUCUCUGGACUACAUCCAGAUUGUCUCUGUGUGCCCUCACCUGAUUUAACCUUCCUCCUCUGAGAUAUGGAGACUUUACACAUGUUUGUUUUUAUUAACAGAAAAGAGACACUUUUUGAAAACCUUAGGUGGACUUUAUGGAUAUAUCUUUCAUGUUCAUGAGGACCUACAGGCAGAUGGAAUAAGUGCCCUUUAACUAACAGUUAAAAAUGCAAAUAUAUUUGUCAGGAUGUGUUGCAGACACUCAAAUAUAUUGUUAAAUAUGUACCAAACAAUGAUCAUUGAUUUUAGAUAUUAAAGUUAUAUUCCAAAAUGAAGAGAUUCCCUCAGCACCAGUCAUAGGGAUAUAUUCAUUUCAGUAGUCUGAGUGUGGCUCCCCCUUGUGUGCAUUUAAAACAUUGCAAUAUGUAUUGCUUGAUUGAAGUUUAUUUGAACAUAUAAAAAAGAAAUAAUAUAAUACAACAACAAAUGACAGAAAGUUAUUCGAGUUCAUAAAGGAGUGGGAAGAAGUCGAGACUUAUCUAGUCCCACCCCUUAUCUACUCUAAUGGUUUAAAUAUAUAUCAUGUAUAUCAUUAUAUAAUAUUAAUCAUCAUAGUAAUAAUAGCAAUAAAAAAAAUCACCACAGUGAAAAUAAUAAAUAACAACAACAAAACAAUGAUGAUAACGAUAAUAGUUACUGUGAAUGUACAUCCCUGUAUCCCGUGAAAACAUAUUCUCUAAUUUUGUUUUAAACUGUUUUAUGUUUGGACAUUGUUUUAACUCCUCACCCAUACCAUUCCACAGUCUCACCCCACAGAGUAAAAUGCAAAAUUGUUUUCUACUUGUACGGAUUUUAUCAAUUUUGAAGUUAUACUUCCCUCUUAAUUGAUAACCCCCCCUCUCAAUCCCCAAAGAAAUUGUGUAUAUUUUGUGGUAGAAGGUUAUUUUUAGCUUCAUGCAUAAUUUGUGCGGUUUGGAAUUUCACAAUGUCUGUAAGUUUAAGUAACCUUUUUUUGAAGAAUAAUCAGUGAAUUGAUUGAAUUCAUACAUAGUUAUUGCCCCAAAUCUCUGCACAGUAAUUUAAGUAUGGUAAGACAAUGGAACAGUAUAGGAUACGGAGUCAUUUAAGAUCUAGAACCUGUUUUGCUUUGUUUAAAACUGUUUAAAUGUAGCCUGCCACCCUCACUUUGAAACAAAGAACUGAACUGUGUCAAGUUUAAAUCCAGUAUUUAUUUGUUUGCACCUGAAAACUACUGCUUUUGGUUUGUAAUGCACAAACUGUUGGCUGAUUAUUGAACGCCUUUUCAUCAGGGUGCCUGCUGGAAGCUGGAAAGGAAGUGAUAUUCAAUCCUGAGGAUGAUGACUUGGAGCAUCAGCUAGAUCUGAGGAUGGUGAGUAACCUGAGACCGAAGUUGUUUAGAAAAAAAAAACACAUUAAAAAUAUAUUUAAAGGGAUAUUCCGGCGUAAAAUUAGGUUAAGGUCAAACACAACGUAACACCGAGUUAGACACCCUGUCGAGAGAUUAAUGUUGCCGACCGCUCGUUUCUGUAGUUAUACCAACUCUAGUAAUGUCAGAGACAUAAUACCGCAUCUGACUUGCAGCCAGCUGAGAAGAACGACAGAGAUAGUGGACUUAUUUUUCUUGGAUAUCUUUUACUUGCAAGGAGUCAGCAGCUUACAACAAAGGCAGCUUCCUCUCACUGAGGAAUUCAGAUUUUUGCACAUCCUUUAUACAGUGAAGACACAGACACCCCCGCCCACUAACAUCAUCUCACAAGUGACAUGACAUUAAAAUGGUAUCCAAAUAUGGCACAGGUUACAGCUGUGGUCUGUACUGGGAAGACAAAGACAGCUUAGUUCAUCACCAGGUUCCUGCUUAUCAGUUCUAUGUCACACUGUUGGGAAAACAACCUGUGAGUGAAAUUGUAGCCUUCAUCUAGUUGCAUGGUUUCAGCCGAAAAGUAUCAGUCCCAACUCCAAGGCCAUACUUCUCCUUUCCCAUGCUCAUUAAAAAGAAACAGAUAUGACUCUGCAUGCAUUCACACCAAGCGAGUUUCAGUAAAUGAUGAUUAACAUACUUGUAUAAUGAUAAAAUACACAUGUGAUAGCAUAUAUAUACAAUUUUUCUUUCAAGUAACGACCGCAGAUAGCAAUACAGAGAGCUGCAUGCUCCACCAAAAAGCCCACUCUAUAGCCGCAAAUAAUGUUCAGAACAGCACCUUACUUCAUCAACUGUACAUAUUGGGGUCCCAGACAUAGCACUAGCCACCAAACAUGUUUUUAACUUUACCUAGUUUCUUUAGCAAAGAGACUAAACACAACUCACCCACUCUCUUCCAGCAGCCGUUUGUUUGUAAGGAGACCCCGACUGCAGCAGGGUGGCGCAGCUCAAGGAAAAACAUUUAUGAUCAUUACUUCAUCAUCAUAUUAAUUAUUUUGCACUGCAGACGAGGUAGUUCUUCUGCCUUAGCGUCUUGGUCUGAUUGCAUUUCCAUGAGGAAAUGAUCAUAAAUGUUCUUCCUUGAGCUGCGUCACCCUGCAGCAGUUAAUGGACUCGCCGGGACGUCUCCUUAUAAACAAGCGGCUGCUGGAAGAGAGUGGGUGAGUUGUGUUUCGUCUCCUUGCUGAAGAAACCAGGCAAAGCUAAAAAGAUGUUUGGUGGCUAGUGCUAUGGCUGGGACCCUAUAUGUACUGUUAAUGAAGUUAGGUGCUGUUCUGAACAUUAUUUGUGGCUAUAGAGUGGCGUUUUGGUUGAGCGCGUGGCUCUCUGUAUUGCUAUCUGCGGUCGUUACUAAAGUUGGUAUAGCUAGAGAAGCAAGUGGUCAGCAACAUUCAUCUCUCGACGGGGUGUCUAACUCGGUGUUACUGUGUUUUUGACCCUAACUUAAUUUUACGCCAGAAUAUCCCUUUUUAAGUAUGUCAUUCCCUCUGAUAAAAAUGUAAUUGAUUAACUUUUAUUCACCACGAUGUAUGACCUGUAUCAUGUCUGAAUACUGGACAAAUAGGGGCGCAUAUGUCUUCUUUCUUGUCACACUAAAUCAUUCAGUUUUACUUAAUCUAGUUUUAAGCAGACCCUGUGCAAAAGCAUCUCAUGGGUUUACAGGCAGAUCUAAUGUCAAGUGUUUUCUUGUCCUCUCUAGGCCUGUGUGGACCUGAACACAAAAGAUGAACUUCACACUGUGGAGGUGGAAGGACAAGACACAGAAGGGCAGAAAGUCAAAGCAGUGCUGGUUUCACUGAAACCCUCCACCCUGCCAAGCGUAAGAGAACGAUUAUAUUUUCAUCAUUGUGUUAAAGACCAUUGUGUUGAGUAAUCCUUUUGGGAAUCUUCUAGGUGUGUAACAUGGAUGUUCAUGCGUUUCUUUGUUUCAGGUGUGUCUCGGCGGUUUCACAAUCACAUCCCCAGCAAUUUUCCGUCUGAAGUCAGGUUCUGGUCCAAUCCACCUCAGUGGACAGCACCUUGUCAGUAAGUAUUCAUCACCACAGUGUGUGGACGCUUAAGCUGUCGAGAAAGGAAGUACUACAACAGGUUAAAACCCUUACAGGGUGAACAGGGCUCUGACUUGAUGCAGUGGCAUGCUGUUAAAGGAAAUUCCCAUAGAGUAUUGACCAAUCAGUGUCAUGUAUCCAACUCAGCCGUCUCAGUUCUCAGUGUCUGAUUAUAGCACUGUUGUUCUCAAUAUCCAUGGAGUUUAUUUUAAAUCUCUUAAAUUUCUAAUUUGCUCUUCCAGUGAUGGAGGCUGACCAGUCUUUUGAUGAAGAGGAGGAUGAGGAAGAAGAAGAGGAGGAGGACAACGUCAGAACAUCAAAGAAAAGACCUGCCACCUCCCCUGCCGUCAAGUCUCAGGUUUGUUCCAGUCUUCUCUCCCCUGUUUUCUUGGUUUGUGCUGACAUGAAUUUCCAGUCUAACUCUGAUGUUUGAUAUUUGUGCAGAAAAAAAUGAAAAUGGACAUGGACGAGGAGGAUGACGAUGAUGAGGACGAUGAUGAGGAUAUGGAUGAUGAGUGAGUUUAGCUGUCAUUCUUCAUACCCUAUAUUUAUUGUUUCUGUCUUUAAUCACAUCCCACUCAAUCUUAGAUAAUUAAGCCGACAGCUUCAUGCAAAAUUUGAGAAUCCACAUUUUUCUAUCGUUGGACAUCUGGCUGACUGUGAUCUGGUAUCACAUGUUCUGCAGGUCCUCCUUUUUAAAGGUCUGAAAAACUGAAGGUUUGUAGUGCUGCUAACUAAACAGCAAACAUCGUGUGCACCAGCCGGUUUCUUUCUUUCACCCGGACUUUGAGCGAGCACAGCCUCGGUGCGUGGUUGGCUGGCUGUUCUCUGUCUCAUUUUAAAGCCAGCUGGCAUCAUUUCAGAGCAGAGAUGUUAUGACAGUCGAGUUCGGUAGUUAAUAGGUAGGUAGUUUUUUUUUAAAUGUUCUUCACUCGCUUCUAUCCCUGCUUACCAGGGAUUCCCAAUGCUCCCCAGAGAAAUGGAGAUAGAGGUCUGCUUGUUCAUGUAAUAAUCGAUUGGCCUUUUAGGAAAAUGAUUACUUCUUCAAGUAGUUGAGACACAGCUGCUUUUCCUCCAGCAGACUGACUGUAAAUGUGUUUCUGACUUUAGUGGUGGGUGUUAUUACCUGAUUGUAUUUUUGAUGGUAAAGCAGUUUCAGGAUGUUUCAGCUGCCUGUGUUUUUUGGAAUAAUUGAUCCUGAGAUGUGUUAGUACCUUAGUGAACAGUUGAGCUGGUUUCAGGCACUGAGAUGAUGUUUUAGUGAGAACAGUUAAGACUAUUUGGCAUAGUUGUUGUCAGUGAGGUGGAUUUUUACAUUUUCAGUUGAAGUCUUAACAAUGAGAGUGCUCUGACAGACUGGGGUGCCAGUUGAGUCCAGCGGUCAAUAUACAGAGGUGCCCUAAAAUAACUUAGAAAAAGAAUUAUUUUAGAAAGCACAUAAGCACAUUGAACUGCUUAGUAGGAUCUGAAAAGUCACCUUCUUGUGUUUUUUAUCCUUGUUUUCGUGUCAACAUUGACCUUGUAAAGAGAGUGCAGUCUUAACUGUUUGCAUCAGUGAGUCUACUCUGUAGAUGUACCACAAAGAAACUUGAUAAGCAUCAUUUGGCCAAAUGAUAAGGACCCAGACAAAGUAUAAUGAUACUCUGAUGCAGUUUGGUCGUCUCAGUCUGCUACAGGCUCUAAUGUCACCAAGGCCCACACUUAAGUAAUUAUUCCAUGAUUAAAAACCUUGAUGAGUCCAUAUAAUCAUGACAUUGGGUUUCUUUGAGCGCAGACUUAUGCUAGUACCCGUGGUAAUUAGACGCUUUUUGUCGCUCUGAAACUCUUUAAGUCUUCAUUUUUUUUAAGCAUGAUUUAAGUAAGGUUCUUGUUGGAUUCAAUACUUUUUUCUUUGUUAGAAAUUUGUUUUUCACAUAUAACCAGACUCAAACUGCAGUAAAGCUGCAUAAAUCUACUGCUGAAAUUGUGCUCAAGGGUCAGUGGUUCAUUGAAGAUGAAUUAACUUCUGAUGAAUUGCUCCAAUACAGAGGUCGCUUGUAAAAGAGAGACAUAAAGAAGAAAAACAAGGAAAUUAACAUCAGAAAAUAUUACAGAAAAGGCAAAAAUUGGUGCUGAAUAAUUCAGCAAAUGGCAGAAAUUAGUUUUUACCGUAAUAAUUUUUUGAAUGCAGCUACUGUCGCACUGUCAGUGCUGUGCCCUUGCCUUUGUUUAUUUUCCUUUUCUUGAUGUACAUAAAAAAAUUUGUGUUUUAUUUUAAUUCUGAUUUUUGUUUGUUAGUGAUGAUGAAGAAGACGAGGAGGAUGAGGAAGAGUCACCUGUCAAGGUAAGCACCUAGACAGUUUCAGCAGAUCUAUAUGAGUGAACUUGUAGUCCGAUUUCACUAACAGUACCCUUUUUCCAGGCAAAGCCAGCACCAUCCAAACAGAAGUCUCCUGCUCAGAACGGGAAAAACUCCAAACCAGAAACUCCAGCCAAAAAACAGGUGACAAAAAACUCCUGUUAAACUUUAUAAUUCACGUGCUGGCCAUUUUUUUUUGCACCUUUUCCCCAAUUUGUAACAUUCACACAAAAAAUCUUCUAACAGUAUCUCAAAUUCUUGUUUCCACGAAAAGACCCCUAAAGGAAAGGGUGAGAAGUCCCCUAAAACUCCACCAACUCCCAAAGCGGCCUUGACGGUUCCUGAAAUGAAAGCCAAGAUGAUGGAGUCUGUCAAAAAGGUUGGUGUCCUAACACAGUGUUUGUUUUCCUCUCCUCUUUUACCAUUCAUUUUGAAAGAUUGUACAGGAUAUCUUGACGUUUAAUACAAUCCUUCAUGUUUUACAGGGGAUAUCAUUACCUAAAGCCCAGCUCAAGUUUGAGAACUAUGUGAAGAACAGUUAUAGAGUCUCUGAUGCAAAGGUACAGUACACCCCUACAGUAUAAAUCAACCACCAGUUGAAUGUGAUUAUUUUUUUAAUUGCUUGUCUGGAGAUUGAAUAGUACAGUCACAAAAAAGAGCCUCUUCCAAGCUCAAAUUCUCAAUAUUUAUUUUAUCCUCGCAAAUGAAUAAAUGUUUUCUGAUUGGACCAAAAAUCAUUUACAAAGUGACAGUAAAGACAGAAGAAAUCAAUGCUGCACACUUGAAAAAUAAAAAAGAGGAUUUGUUUUUGUCUCGCCUUUUUUAAGUUAAUGUUUUUAAAGCUUUUCUUUGCGUUGUGCUUGUUCCACCGUAAUAACAGACUGUUUUGUUUUGUUUUGUUUUGUUUUGUUCUGUUUAGGAGGUGGCUGAGCUCUGGAAGUGGAGGCAGACUGUGAAGGAUGCUAAAUAACUGUCUUAGUCGUUUUAUUAUCUACUUUUUAUGACUCAGUUGUUCCCAUAACACCUCUGCAACCCUCUGAAGCUCCACCCUGUGCCUCACAUCCUUGUUCUUUCCUAGUCUAGUCCAGCACCACCCGCCCUUUUUAUGAGUAGACGGUGAUGUCGUAGAAGGACGUACUCUGCAUUGUUCCUCCUUCAUCAGCCACUCAUUUUGGGCAAAUCAAUUACUGGUUUGUUGAAUAAACUUACAAAUUUGCAUAUUUGUAAAUGUGUAAAUAAAACUCUUGCUAGGCUGUUGGCGUUCAAGUCUAGAGGGCAUGUUAUGUUUUUUUAUGUAAAUUUAUUGGAACAUUUGAUUUGGUGUCAUACAGAAAGCAUCAAGUGCAACAUCAAUACACAAAUUACAUCUAGGACUAGCAGCUGAGGCUCCAAUCAAUAUUUAACACAGAUUAUCAUCACCGGUAGUGACUUAGUGCUGAACAUAAACGUGAAAAACUUUGCACUUUCUGAAAUGUUGUGAGAUUCCUAAGAUCAAGUUCCCACCACAAAAAUCUGUCAUUUUAGUUUGGAACAUCAGAAAUCCGGUUUCUUUGUUUUUGAGUUCACCGUCCGCUGCAGCAAUCCUUGUCCUAAAGUGGCAUUAGUUGGGGAAAUUAUCUCUUUAGAGUUUCCAACUCAUAAAACCCUCUCAAGUCAGGAGUUUGAGUUUCGUCUACUUGUACUGUGAUAGCUGAAUUUUUGUGAGUUGCCUAUAACUUUCCAAACCAGAAUUUUGAAGUGUUAUAACAUCCUGAAAAAUUACCCACUAAGAACGUAAUAAAAAGAAUAAUUAUGUUCCCGUUCAGCUAGACAAAGGAAUAUUAAAAAUAUAUGGUGUUGAAUUAUGAGGCCUGCUUUAGUAGAAAACCAUUUCGUGUUCGCAAGAAAUGAGUUUCACUGUAGGACAUGCCAAGUUUAAUUAAAUUAAAAAAAUUGAAUAUGAAUAAAUUGUUCACUGAGAUUAAUAAUUUUGCACAUUUUAAGUUCAAUGAAGUUAUUUGUUGUGCAUCAAUCUGCUUUUUAAUAAAGAUUCAAGCUUGUGAAACUU